AGUCUGUUUCCCACAAUGCAGCUGGCAUAGCUUUGCUCUGGGGCAUUGUGGGAAAUUCAGCUGUUGACAAUACUCAGAGACCUUGGGAUGCUACCAGAUAAGUCUGAAGGGUCUCACAGACCAAGGAAGAGGCCUACCAGGAUUCAGUUGGCCUAAGUCCCCCUCAGACCUGGAAUCGACCCCAAACCAACCUAGUAGGGAUCACCCCACAUUGCCUAUCCGUGAAUUGAGAGUAUACCCUUCAACUCCGACUACGUGUUGUGGGGAAGGCGGACACUGACGGAUCAUGUUUUUAAAAGCCAGGUAGGUUUAAACACCACUGAUUUUCUCAACAAGAAAUCCCCUCACAAGCCCCAGUACUCUUAGGAACAUGGCUUGAAAACCACUGCUUUGAGGAAACCAUGGGAGUAUUUGUGUAGCUUUUAAAAAAAGGGGUGUGUGGAGUCAAGGUGGACAGAAAUUUAAAGUUCCUCAUUCCCUUUGUGGCAUUCCCCCUGCAUUUUGCUUUGAAAGAUUAAAGGUCUUUAAAGGAUGGUGCUCCCUUCCUGCCUCUGAAUUUCACAUCUCGCUCGAUUCUUUUGAAUAUGUAGGAAACACAAGUGCGGCCAGGCUUUCUUCUCCAUUAUGUGGGGUGUGUGAAAGCGCACAAUUGGUGCAGGAUUGUUCAUAUAAUCGUACACAUUAAUAUAAGGAAGGUCCCUGCCCCAAAGGAGCUUACAAUCUGUAUUCACUCAAGAUAACAUCCAGAGUUUCUUUUUUAAAGGGCAGUCCCAUGUACGCCUUCUCAAAAAUUCAGUGGAUCACUCACUCCUGGGAAAUGUGAGUAUAGGACUGCAGCCUAAAAUAAUCCAAACAUUGUGUGAUAUACCUAUGUUUUUCACCCUACUAAUCUGGAUUGAGAUCACAGUACAGUAGUCACAUUUUCAACAGAAAGCAUUUUUUUAAAGUUGGUCCACAGUGUUCACUGGUAACUGAGAACUGUUAUUAUAAAAGCCACAACCUUAUUUCUGGUGUUCAGAACAUUACUGAAGUAAUUUCUUUGUAAAUUUGGUAUUAUGUUGUUCGGAAUGGCGUAGUUUUCUUUCUUAAUUUCCCCCCGGCUUUCAGAAAACCAAAGCAGCUUAGGAAAACAUUCAAAAUGCUGAGCAUACACACAUAAGCGAAAUAUUUUAAUGUCAGUUCAUAUUCAUAAAAGUUACAUUGUUUACAUAGGGUUCAUUUGUAUAUAAUAAAAUUUCAUUUGAAUGAAAAGGGAUUAUUUUUUCCUUCUUCUUUUUUGGCAAGCCUGUUAAACAAAUUAACAUAUGCUUUGGAUGUACAGCUUAAGAGGAAUAUAGUUAUCCAAAAAUCUUUUGCAAGAGAGGUUGCCUUUGAACAAUUUCAAGGCUUUCGUUUCUGAAGUAGUAAUAGCAUUUUAACCUUCAUAGCUGAAAUUCAGCUAUGGGUUGGAUGGCGCACAGAUCAAGUCUUCUAUUAUUAUUAUUUUAAAAAUUGUGAAGUGAAUUUCCUCAUUGCAUAGUGAACAUGUAAACUUAUUAGGGAUCGUUAGGUUAACACCUUUAAUGGUGUUAUAUGCUGUAUUAUGUUAGCCUUCCUAAAAUGAUGGAUAAAAUAAUGUAGCAGGAGGGUAAAAAUCCAUUAGCCAUUGCCACCUUAAAUACUGGCAAGGAACAAGGGUGUAUUCCUCAUCCACAACUCUCUCUGGCUGCUAGAAAAUCUUGCUGGCUCCAAAAUUUGGGAGAAAGAAUUACACCACUAUAUCAAAUGUUUUUUUUAAGCCAUUGGAGAACAAUCCAGCCAAAUUAAUCAUUCUACAGUCCCAUAGAUUUCAAUGGCAGAAAUGCAAGCUGAAAGUUGGCUGGAUCAUGCCCAUAAUUCAUGAUGGAUAUUGUCAGUUGUGAAGAAGAAAAUGGGAGAAGAAAAUGAAAAGCAGGAAAAAAUUCCAAGGAAGUCAUUUUACAUUGUGCAACAUCCUUUGUUUGCUAUCUAAAAUGGUUCCCACACCCUUUGUUUUGGUGGGAGGGAAAUGUACUGUUGCACCAUUUUUGUUAAAUUAAAUUAAUUCCAACAGUUAUGUCUGUGUUAACUAGGUUUGCAUCAAGUAAAAUAUUUAUUAAUGAAACUACUGUACAAGAAACAUCAAAGCGAAAUGCAUCAUACAGAAAAAGUACACUCUAGGUGACAGAUGAAAAAGUGCAUGCAGAUUGCUUUAAUUUUAUUUAUUUUUAAGUCAGAAAACAGAAUACUAAUCUUGAUCCCUAUUGUCUUGAAUUGGUGAGAAUUUUCUUCUCUGAAUUUACAAAAUGUCAUUGAACAUAUAUGACUAAUACACAUUGGCAAGCAAGAUGAAUGAAUUUCAAUUUUUGGAUUUUAUUUUACAGGUAUUUUUGCUUGACAAUUGUGAGUUCUUUUAAAUAUUGUGUUUGUUUGUUUUUUAAGAAAGGAAGAAUCUUCUCAUAUUGGACUGGGUGGUACUGCCAGGUUGCUCUGAUGCCAUACACAGCCUUCAGGUUUUUAGUUAGACACCGUCAAAUAACAUAUGUUGUGUUAACAUUCAGGAAAUGACAUUGAGUCUAUUUUUAAAAAAAUUAUUUUUGGCUCAAUAAAUUUUAAAUGUAUGGUUUAUCAUAACCUAAUAUUGUCUUUGUCUUCACUGCAGUGGAUAUCCGAUCAAACUUUCCCCUUCUUUUAAUACUUUAGGGAAUUUUCAAACGUCGGGAUGUUUGGCUGUAAUGCCCCAAGAUUUGUUCUCCCUGAAAGAAAUCAUAGUGACAAUUUAUUAAACUACAGAGCAACCUGGCUUUUAGGGGUCUGUACUUUUAGAUUGUGCUCAAUAUACCUAGCAACUAAAUUGUGAUGCAUUUCAUCAUCAUUAUUUGUUAUAUUUUUCAUGCAAUUACUUCCGCUUCUAAAGUGCCUGGGGUUGGGGGUUUGGUUUAUAUAUAUAUUUUACUUUUAAAAGAACAUGGUCAACCUGACCCUAAACACAAAAGGCCACAAUCCAGUACGAGUUGCUUGUGAUUUACAGCAUAAUCCUAUACACAUUAACUCAAAAGUAAGCCCCCCUGAGUUUAGUGGGGCUUACUGCCAAGUAAGUGGGUAUAGGAACGCAGCCUAAGUCCCACUAAAUGCAAUGGCAUCCAUUGAUUUCAAUAAUGCUUCAUUUUCACUAACAUUUUGGAUUGUACCCCACAAUAGCUUAGAAGUAGGUCCCACUGAUUUUCAAUGAAACAUAAACUUCCAAGCAACUGACCCAAUCCACUUAAAGUUAGUUGCAUUUGCUUUCAGUGGGACUUGACAUAGGCUAGUUGCAACUACUUUAUCCAAUUCAUUUCAAUUGGAUUUAAGCACAACUAAUGUUCAUUGCAUCAAAGCCAUUGUGUUUAGCAUUGCAGCCUAAGACAGGGUUAUAAUAUCAAAUCAGUGGGGCAUUACUUUUCUUUUUUAAAUAAAAAAUAAAGCCUCUGAAAUUUCAUCAUGGAUAUGUACUAGGAAGCAAAAACUUAAAAAUAAAUCCUGUUUUAAUAUAGCACUAAGAUUACUGUGUCCACCAUCACACACUCACACAUACAGUAAAAGCAACACAACACACUGCCAUGGGUAAGACUCCAUUAAAAAAAAAGAUGAAGACAAAAAUUGAUGGUAAAUAAAACUCCUUCAAUUCAAAAUGGUUUAUUCACACAAAUUUAAUAGGAUAUAUCACAAUUGUUUGGUCCAUAAAUAUUUAGGGGAAAUAGUUUCUAUACAAUGCAUUUCUCAAUAAAACAAAGAAACAUGGACAAGUUUGCUAGACCACUUAACUGUACUAGAAACACGAAGCUCAAUAUAUAAGAUUAUUGAAUUUAUCAACUAUAUCCGAAAGAGUGCACAACUGCUUUCUAUGACAUGUUUGUCCCCUCUACCAGGAUAUACACCAUAAAAAGAGUUUCAGAAAUAAGAGGUAAAACAGUACAAAACUAGUGAGGUGUCAAAAGGGCUUAAAACAGUUAAUUUAACAAACAACACAUAUAUAUCCUGAUUUUUUCCCCCACAAGCUUACUCCCAAGUUAUCGCAUAAGGCACAUUGUAGAACUGAGUUAUAAUUAGUCUACUUAAUAAAGUAGAUCUAUAGUACCAUAUAGUUGUUCUGUCAAAGAACAAAAUUUAUAAGUAUCAAUAUUUUUAUUUUUUUUGUACCUGUAAAAGUGUAUUAAUAAAGAUCUCAGCCUCUCCAAGGUUGUUUGGUCUGGUUAGUGGUAAAUGCCCAUAAGGUAAGAGAAACAGGAAACGUCCAAGGUUGGCACCUCAAUCCUAAAUGUAUCAACUUGGAAGUAAAUUCCACUCAAGUCAUUUGAACUUACUUCCAUCUAAACACGCUUCAGGUCAGCAAGCCUUAAGCGUUCUAGAAGAUGAUGACCACACUUGCUAAAUAUAUAACGACAAAGACACAUUUUCCUCUGUUACAGUGUUAACAUCUCUUCCAUUGUUUUUUUUUUAAAAAUAAGCUACUUUUCUGUGCUAAUUUUCUAAAAACCCUGAGCAAAAGUUACAAUAAUGCACUUUAAUGUGGGCAGUGAAGUGUCAGUAUGUAUCCACGCAUUAGUAGAAAACAACAAAAAGAAUUCCUUUUUUUUAAUACCAAAAAAUAAAAUUUAAAAUGAAAAAGGAGUUUCUACCGAAGGGAGGUUCGGAGGAGGAGGAGGAGGAAGGGGUAAAAUCCAAAGUACUUGUGCAAAAGUUAAUCUUAACAAUCCACCCAAAGCAAUAUCUUCUUGGCGGAUUUUGGUUUGGUUCUGGAGUGUCUCCCGUGUCUAAUUAGGGGGUUACUGGAAUAAAGGAUACAAAUGAACAUUCACCACUGCCCAGACCAUUCAGACUUUUAGCUUAAAUUAAAAAAAUAAAAUAAAAACAAACACUUGCAAAUGUAAACUAGGAAAGGUAUUUCCAAUUAGCAAUGCAUCCACAAGGCUUCUGAGUUUGGCAGCUUCAAUGAUUGCCAGCUUUAAAUCCCUAGGGGUUCCCACCACCCCAAUGCAUUUUCUCUUCUUCUACAUUAUUUUUUAAGGGGAAACGCUAGAUUUAGCACAGAGCCCUUUAAUUUAAAUGGGUUCACCAUGCUUGGAUAUGUAGCCAGUGUGUCUAUCAAUGUACAUGGUAGUGUGUUUAUUAUAUAAAUACAAGUAUACACACGCAUAGAUAGAGAUAUGAACUGACGAUUUGUAGAGGGCACCGUUUAGCAAAAGUUUGCCUUGAUUCUCGCUCCUUUAGAAGCCAUGGAACAGAACUUGGUAACAGCUAGCAGAAGUUCUGUUGAUUUUAAUGGGCCUUGUUUAACCAGGUCUGGUGCAUGUUUACUUGGAAGUAAGCUCCACUAAGUUCAAGUGGGCUGACUUCUAGGCAAGCAUACAGCUGCAGUCUUACAUUUGCUGGUUUGUGCCUUUUGAAGUUAAUACAUUAACGUGGCAGACAGACACCAUCUCAUGGGAAAAAAAUCAGAAGGAUGCUCAAAACAGCAAUGAAUACAAGAUACUGGAAUCAGCUUUUAAACGUCUUAAGAAAUUAUAUUUUGCUUAUUUCCAUCUGUUACCUUAAUAGUGGGUAGGAACACUCGAGCCAGAAUUGUGUUUGUGAUUUUGUAAAAGAAAAACCAACAGCACCUCCUCCCUGAUCUCAGGUAUGUUCCACCCAGUCCCAUUAGGACUUAAAAGUGUUUCAUGUAUGCUGGAUUUCAGCAGCAGGAGAAAAACCCCAGCUCAGAAACGUUUCAAUCUUCAAUUGUUUAGCCACCAUCCCCAAGCCUCUUAACCCAGAGCAAUCUAAUUCAUUUCAAUGGAACUAGCCCAAAGCAAGCAUAUAGAGGACUAUAGCCCUUUUUAUAAUACCCAGGCUUGCUAUGAAGAAAUAUUGUCCUCAAACUACCCAGAUGAUGCAAGCUCUAUUCACUGGCCCUCCAAUUUUAAACACUUUAGGAGUGAUCCAGCCAAAGCUAAACCUAAUGAAGACUCCUAGUAGUUCUAAGGGAGACAGAUUUAACUCUCUUGCUGAAAUCAAUGGGACCCAAAGUGUUUAGUUUUGUGUGGAGUGCGCCAAAUACUUGUUCCAUUCUAAAUAAAUGAAAUAUUGAUUGGAUAUUUGUUUGCUCCGAACAGGGGUGCCAACUUGAAUAAAAUAUUGGGGGGGGGGUUAGCCCCGCCCAGAAUAAUUGAUCACAUGCCACAGUGCACACACACCAUUUGAAUGGCCCAUCAAUUGGGGGGCGUGGCCCCCUCAAAUAUUUUAGGGGGGGCGAAGACACACACACACUGCCCCCUAGGAGUUUGCUCAUGUGGCUCCGAAGUAAAACCCACUCAUCUGAAUUAGGAUUAUUCCCAAGUGUGCAUAGAAUCAGGGGGUUGCAUCUAAAAUGGGUAUGUUAGAAGAAAGUCAAGUUGGUGCUGUCUAAGCAGUAGGAACUUCACAGCUAUGAAGUGCGUAAACUCAGCUGGGGUUCUAAACAUACCAAAGAGUUGUAUAAUUGAACUGUGGAGUCUUUCUCACACAGACACAACUUCUGAAAACAAAUUGUCACUUCCUUCUAGGGAAACUCUGGGGAAACUUUCUACAAAUUCUUGAUGAAAAUGUGGUAGUAGGAAGUUGGAUCUGGCCUUCAAGUCACUAGCUAGUGACCUGAGCUGGACCCAACCAUCCAUCUAAGAAAGUCUGUAGGACUUCCCACCAGUGACUGCUAAUAUGUGAAGACUUGAUUUCGUAGUUUCUUGGAUUUAUACUCCACCCUACCCAGGACACACUUUCCCCAUCUGAUUUCCUAACUCACCUACAUUAGGCCUGAUAAUAACUGUGCAAACUUCAAUUAAACAAAAAAACAACAACAAAAAAACCCUACUGUUAUGCAUUAACAAAAAUCUUACAAGGGUUUUGUCUGCAUAGAAAAUAAAAAGGAACAAAAUUUAAAUGUCCUGAUCAUAAAAUAAUAGCCAGCAUUGGUGACCUAUAGAUGCUUUUGGACCCCAACUCCCAUCAACUGAUGGUGUCUGAUGUUGUCCCAUUAAUCUCUGGAGGGCAUCACUUAAGUUGCCUCUGCUACAAAAUGAAGAUUAGGAACCUAAAACCUAAAGUUGUUCCCAUACAAUCUUUCAGUGGUGAUAUACUGGUGUUGAUUGAAAAUGGCCACAGUGUUUUAUACUAAAAAAAACUGACUGGCCACAGAAGACUAGGCCAGAGUGAGAUCAUACUGACCUCAGGAUAUUAAAAGCACCAGACCAUCUACAAGUCAAGGUGCAGAUGGUGGUAUUUGAAGGGUUGAGACCCAUGUUUACUUGCAAAUCAGCCCUACCUCCAAGAUUCUUGAUAUCCCCAUGGUUGAGGGGGAAGGCAGACGCAGAUCUCUUACCAUACCCCUAUACCUGAGGCGGGGUGGAAGGAAUCAUUAUUCCAAGUAAUAUGGAGAUGACCUCAGGGUGAAAGAACUCUCUGUGAGUAUUGACUCUCUAGUACCUAGUCAUCUGUCUGCACCCCAGUUCACAUCCUAUGCAGUAGCUACUUUCCCCUUCCGCCUUUGGUGGCUCUCUUUGGACAGCACCAUCAGUCAGCUGCCUGCCGGGCUGGCAAUUCACACACACCACCACUCUGGUACAACUGGCAAAUGAGUUGGAAAAGUGAGCCACCAUGGACCAAAGAGGAAAGAGGAGAAUAUCUGACAUAAGCUCAGCAGUCACACAUGUCCUUGUGACUUGCAAACUGUUAAGAGGUAUAUACUCCUGACAUCUAUUUUAAUCGCAGGAGCUACCUGUCUGCACUUUUGUAAAUGAGUUGGAACUACAACUCCCAUCAGACCUAGCUGCAGUCCAAACAACAUCUGGAGGGCCACAGGUUUCCUAUCUCCAGUUCAGAGGCAGCUUUUAAGGCUGCAAGUUGGACCGCGUGCAUACCAUACAUUGAAAGCACAUUUAUACUACUGUAACAGUCACGGUUCCCCUCCACCGCAAGAAACCUGGGAACUGCAAUUUACCUCUCACAGAGCUACAGUUCCCAGCACCUUUAAUGAAUUACAGUCUCCAGGAUUCUCUGGGGGAAAGGCAUGUGCUUUAAAUGGAGGGUGUGACCUAUCCUCAUUUACAUAGAAUUAUGUUCAGCUGAUGUCAAUGGGAGGCCUAGCCCUGUUAUGUGGCAGAAGGGAACAACUGCCUCAGGUGGCAGAUUUGGGGGUGCUGAAUUUGCUGACCUUUACUGCCAGACUUUCUUUCUCAGGCAUCAAAACACCUCAACCUUAUUUGACCGACAGGAAUUUCUGACAUGUUUAUAUGUUCUUUAAGAAUAAGCUUGAGGAUAACAAUCCAUGCCUUUUUUAAAAAUAACACAAUUUUCUGACUUCCAUGGUAACCAUUCACCCACCCCCAUAAAAAUAAAAAAAUCUGGAAAUAAGGAACAUACAAUUUUAAGAGGCACUUAAUAGAAUGAUUCAAUAGUUUCCCUUUAAUUAGGCAGUGGUUUAAAAAAAAAUUCCAAAGACAAUUUAGAGACAAAGAAUACGUAGUUGUAGAACAGAAGUCUGUUACUGCAAACUCAUUUACCAAGUGGCUGCAGAUGCUACUGACCAAGCUGGUUUUCCCCAAACAUUUUGUGGGUUUGUUUUUCUUUCAAAAAAUAAAAAGUCUUGCAAAUAAUAUUAUUAAUAAUAUAAUUAUAAUAAUAAUGGAGAAAGAAGAAGAAGAAGAAGAAAAAAGUAAGAAUAUUUCUCUUUUUUAAAAGUCAAAUGUUAGAAAAGGUUUGUUAAGGUAGUUUGUGAGGGGCUUCCGGAAUCGUGGCUGUCCAAGUUAGAGGUCACUGAUGACACUACAGUGAUAGUGGGAUUGGUCAGGUCUGUUAAAGUGGUCGCAGUGCCGGGUGGAGUGAGAGCGCCGCUGUCUGCUGAGGGCGGGGCCGGAAGCGACGUGCCAUCAGCUUUAUCAACACCCCCAUUCUCCUGCCGCAAAAGGUUCCUUCUGAAUUUGGCUCGUGCGUUUUGGAACCAAACCUGCAAACCAAUCCCAGUUGAUUUCUUUACCAAUGUUUGCCUUUUGAUUUUGAUGGUUUUCAUAGAAAUCAUAGAAUUGUAGGGUUGGAAGGGACCCCGAGGGUCAUCUAAGUCCAACCCCCUGCAUUGCAGGAAUCUCUCCGUUUCUCUCUCUUUCGUAGCAGCUUAAUGCAUUUUAAGGGGUGUUUCGGUGGCCCUUUUAUAAUUAUUAUUGGCAAAUCCUCUCUUCCAGGCUUUCCACCCAUCAGUUAACUCUUUUGAUACCAACUUGUCUUAUGGGAAAUGCCUUCAGGCCCUGUAUGUUGUGGGUGAUCCUAGGGCAUGAUCACUUCAGGCACAGCACUACCGAGGCGGCUGUGGCGCCUUCGUUGCUUCGUCUGAACUGAGAGGGCAGUGCUCAGACUACAUGGGGGGAGGGCCUUGAUGAAAUCUAUAAUCCACACCCACUCAUCCACCCACUUUUAAGCUUAGCUAAAAGCUCAGGCCGCCUGUAUCAUUUUUACAUCGUAAAAAUGUCCCUCAAAACACACCAACACACAAUACUUUCCUGCAACUGUGCAUUGCAGAGAGAGUUUGAUAGAGGCAGGCAAGCAACCUUUCAGAAAAGCUUGCUUGCCAUUACUGACCUUCUCCCUAAGGAACCUCUGAUGUGUUCCUACGAAGUCCCAGCUUCCCUGGGACACAGCUGGAAAACCACCGAUCCACAUCAUAAUUGGAGUCAUUAUUUUUUGGCUUAGAUUUGUUCUGUUUAGAAUGCUAAGCCAAAAUCUAUAGCUACUAAUCCAUGUCUUUCUCCAGGAUACGGUGAAGCACUUCUGGAAACUGACCUGAGAAGUUCUGCUCAACUAUUCAUGCUAGAAGAUCAUUGCUUUGAUGGGUAUGUAACUUAGCUCUUUUCUCAUCUCUGCUACAGUAUCUGGGUUUGCUACCCCAAACACAAUUCUUAGGGUGGAAUUCAGUGUCACAUUAUGGUGAUUCUCCUGUCAUCCCAAGCAUUCCUGCUUGCCAGAUGGAACUCCCCUCUCCUCCCACCCCAAACCCCCCACAAACUGUUCUGGGGGUUCUCUAGAACUCAUUGCGCGGGUUCACAUUCAUGCAACUAUUUAGUUGAAUCCAGCCCUCAGUGUUUUAUCCACCAAAGUGGUCCCAUCAGUGCAAGGACUUCCACCUGCACAAUGGUGCUUUCCCUCCUCUCCUACCCCCCCCCCAACUCUCCCAAAUUAUUUCUGGGGGUCUGAAGAACCCUCAGAACAGAGGAGUGGGGUACAGGGAAGGGAAUUUAUUUUGUGCAAGCGGAAGUCCUUGUGCUAACUGGUUAACUUUUUUGGACACAGCCCUAAAAGUUGCAUUUGGGGUGGUUAACUUACACAGACAUUUUAAAACAUGAAGAAGAAAUGCAAAGAGAAAGAAACUAUCUCCCAAUAAUGAACUACUUUUCUUACACUCUUUGUAUUCUGUUUCACUAUCAGGUGAGUUACUGCUUUUGCUCAGACACUACUUUGCAUAUACUUUGCUUAAUUUUAUUUAAAUAUCUUCCAUUCAUUGGUGGUGGUGGUGGUGGUUGAUGGUUUCUACGAAGCUGGCUUACAACAUACGAUAAACUAUGGGCAAUUUAAAGGUAUGAUUAAUUUAUUUUUUACAAAUGGGGGAAAGCCGCCAUGAGUCUAAUUAUCAUUCUUGCAUGGUGAUCAUUUAUUUUCACUGAGUAACUCAGUAGACAGACCUCAGAUCUAUCAUAUUCCCAAGAAUAACCCAAAGUUGAUCAAUGGGAAACAUUCCUAAGAAAUGCUCAGUUUGUGGGAAAAGUCAGGUUAAAGGUGGAUUUUCCCCCCUACAUAAUCAGCAAACCUGUGAGAUUUAUCUCUUGCUGGAUUACACUACUAUGGGCUUCAGGAGUAGCAGAGUCAAAUGUUUGAAUGCGCCCCAAGCAGAGUGAAAAUUAGCAUGUAAGGGAGAAGACCAAGCUAGCACCUCCUCCCUGACAUGCUAGCUCUAUAUGUGGAGACAAGUUAUUUUUUUCUGGAAGGACAUUGCGGAAAUCUAUCCCCUGCCCACAUUCUAAAAUGGUACAAUCCAGCAACAGAUGUGUCACAUGGGGCUGCUGAUCAUGCAUAGCAGCCCUCCAUUCUGUUUAAUAGGGAGGCCCCUUAACGGACCAAAAAAAAAAUGGGGAACUUCCAUAAUGAAAAAUUACUACAGGGGGAAACAAAAGUUUGCACUCAAUGGCUUGACUGGAUGCCCAAGGAUUGUAACUUUCAUUUGCCUUCAACAAGCCUACUAGUUCUUGUUUCGGUUAAGAAGGACGCUACAUGAAGGUCCUACCCUGAUGAGAGCAGAAGAUCUGCUCUUCUGAGGGCUGGAUGCUCCUUCUGCGCUGGCAGGUGUUGGCCCUGCAGGGUAGCAUCAUGCUUCCCUUGAGCAUUCCCUCAGUGCAUUUGGAUCUGAAGGUAUACAUGUUUAGCCCUGAACCCUCUGUAUCUUUGGAGGGACACAACUCAAUGAAGCCUAGCACAAGGGCGAUGGAAGGCAUUGAAAGUAAGGGAUGUGCUAUUUUGAAGUGGAGGGGGGACGUUUUGUAAUGAAAGGCUCUUACCUGCAGAACUCUCUUAGUUAGGCCCGUCUUCUGGGCAAGCUGCUUGAGGUCCUUGGCAUCUGGGUUGUGGUUAAUAGCAAAGUAGGACUUCAUGGUGCGGAGCUGGUGGUGCUUGAAAGAAGUGCGCAUGCGCUUGGUCUUCUGAGAUGGGGGAUAAGGCUGCUGGUCUCUGUCCAGGUGGUCUGCCUCGUUCUCAUUGCAACCUGUUUGGAGAAGCCACAGAAAACGCCCAAAGAGUUGGGUGGAGAUCCUACAUGAACAUCUCAAGCAAUCAGGUGUCAUGGAAGGGAAGGGCCAUAGCUCACUGGGAGAGCAUCUGUUUUGCAUGCAGAAGGUCCCAGGUUCAAGCUCUGGCACUUGCAGGUAGGGCUGGGAAAAGACCCUUGCCUGAAACUCUGGACAGCUGCUGUCAGUCAGUGUAGACAAUAAUGACGUACAUGGGCCAAUUGUCAGACUCAAUAUAAGGCAGCUUCCUAUGUUCCUAAACCUUUUUUAGAAAAUAAGGGAGAAGAGACGGCAAAUAUAUUUCCCCUAAGUAUGGGAUUAGAUGUUUACCAGGCCCAUAUAAUACUGUGGUGUGUUACAUUGCCUGAAUGCAGUCAUAUUACUACCCUCUGCAAAGAGCACACCUAUAUGUCACACCAGAUAAGGUGGUACAGUAUUGGACUACCACACUUCAGACAACAGGUAAGGGGAAGUGCAUUUUUGAAUGCUCUUGCAGGAUUAAAAUAGGAAUAAAGGUGGUGCCUGAAUGUAAUAUACUAAUGUAUCCGAGAGAAAGAUUUAAUAUAGCAUACCCUGCAACAUUUCUCCAAUGAAAAUAGGGACAUCCUAUUUAUUAUUAUUAUUAUUAUUAUUAAUACCCCACCCAUCUGACUGUGUUGCCCCAGCCACUCUGGGCGGCUUCCAACAUAUAUAAAAACAAAAUGAAAUGUUAAACAUUAAAAAAACUUCCCUAUACAGGGCUGCUUUCAGAUGUCUUCUAAAGGUUGUAUAGUUAUUCAUCUCCUUGGCUCAGGGGUCGCCUACAUCCAUACCCUCCAAGAUUUCUCUGGUGAAAAUAGGAACUUCCUAAGGAAAAGUGGGACACUCCAGGAUCAAAUCAGAAACCAGGACAGCUUCUGUAAAUCUGUGGCUGUCUCUAGAAAAUAGGGACAUGUGGAUGGUCUGACAUAGACCUCUCCCUGAUGCAUUAGCUUACAAUAUGCAGGGAAGUGUUUUGUUUUAUUCUUAACAUGGGGAAGCAUUAAGAAAUAUGACACGGCCAUUUUCAUUCCAUGGACAUAGCUAGGGGAGUGCAGGGGGGCAGCUGCCUCUCCCAAAUCAAGUAAACAUAUAAAAAUACUUAACAGAACUGACCAACUGCAUCACAGAUAACUCAGUUCUGCCCCCCCCCCAACAUAAAGCCUGUCCCCCUAAAAUAAAUCCUGGCUACGCCCAUGUUUCGUACCUUGCAUUUAAAUCACCAUGAUACCACUUUAAACAGUCAUGGCUUCCCCCAAAGAAUUCUGGGAGCUAUAGACUCCUAUUCCCCACACAGAACUGCAACUCACAGAGUGAUUUAUCAGACAGUUUCUGUUCUCAGGGAAUUCUGGGAAUUGCAACUCUGAGGAAACGGGUCUCCUAACAACUCUCAGCACCCUUAACAAACUACAUCUCCCAGAAUUCCUUGAGCGAAGUCAUGGCUGUUUAAAGUGGUAUCAUGGUGCUUUAAAUGUGUGGUGUGAUAGUGGCCAGGGAGAGAGAGAGGCUCCACCAGCAAAAUGCUGAGACAGAAGUGGUACAGUCCACAAUUCUCCCAUUUCAUUUCACAUUAAACCCCAGAAUAGUAAGCGAAAUCACUUGUGGGUGCAGGGGGAGAAGUGCUGUUUAGGCAGAAGUGCCAAAGGGUCCACCUUGGCCUUUUCCUGUUUUAAACCUUUAUUAUGUUCACUGCUUCCACAUCUGUUAAGGGAGCUGGUGUUUUGAGAACAAGCCUGCCAGGUUUCACUCCUUUUGCAUUAUUAUUUAAGGGAAGCCUCUUCCCCGGGGGCAAGGAAGAGCUUUGCAGCGUGUUCCCAAGGAAUUGUUUAAAAUCUCGCUCAACAUUUUGAACAGCAAAAGGGAGGAAAAAUUCACUCACAGAAAUCGGCCAACUGUGGCAAGAACUGAACGCUGCACAGCCCUCUCAUGUGCCGCUGACAUCCUGAGACCCACUUCUCUACCUGGCACAGGAGGGGGCAAUUUGCACCAGAGAAGGAGGAGGCAGUUAACCUCCCCACAACCACCACCGCUCCCCAGAAGUUUGCCCAACAUUUCUCUGAUUAAAAUAGGGAUGUCCUAUUCAAAUAAUAAUAAUAAAUAAAUAAAUAUAAUAAUAAUAAUAAUAAUAAUAAUAAUAAUAAUAAUAAUAAUAAUAAUAAUAGGGUUACUCCAGCACCAGCACAGAGCCUUAAACAUGACCUCUGCCCUGUCUCUCCCUUUAGUUCUCUUAAAUUCUCCUCCCCUUGGCCUCAGAAAUGAAGGAGGUGUCAACAAGCACCCAGUUUCUCCUCUUCCAUGCAUGAGACUCUUAAUCUCAUGGCUGUGAGUUUGAGCUCCACGUUGGGCAAAGGAUUCCCACAUUGCAGGGGUUUAGACUAGAUGAUCCUCGUGGUCCCUUCCAACUGUGAUUCUAUGAUUCCUUGCCUCCCAGAACUAGAGCAAAAGCCCGGACUGUAUCUUCCUCCCACCUGCACCUGCCAUACGUAGGACUACAAGCAUUGCAAUCUGACAAGCAUUCCCUGGAUGGAUGCUUACACAAGAGCUUUUGCACUGCAACUCUGAUAAUGCAUCUUGCUUGUCUGAGUGGAGGACAGAGGAGCUGUACAUGAGGGGAGCACGCACAGAAACCUGUGAUUUGCGUGCGGCUGGAAUGUAGCCCUGCCAGUGUUGCACCCAUUGCUCGGCCCACGUUUGCCUUUGGCUGCACGCCCGCUGGCAUGUGCCUCCUCUCAAAUGUGGCAGAUGAGGGAAUGUGACCUUCAGGAAGGGUUCCCCAUCCAUCCCUCACACACACAAACAUUACCAGCAAGUUUGAGCAGCAGCUUCAAGAAACUGGCAUGUAGACUCCCACAUCCUGGGAUAGUUAGUUGGUACAACGUGAGACUCUUAAUCUCAGCAUUGUGGGUUCAAAAGAUUCCUGCAUUGCAUGGGCUUGGACUAGAUGACCCUUGUGGCCAACUCUACAAUUCUAUGUCUUUAGGAUUAAAAAUGUGGUUGGUCGGUUUCGUGUACACGCGAUGAGCUGUGACUCCCGGCAUGUGUGCAUUCUAAGUAAAACAGCCUGCAUCUCAGAUUACCAUGCAAGUUGCAUCCUAAACCUAUACUGACAUGGUGGCAAGAGGAAUUCUGCACUGUGUAAUGAUGCUGUAUACCAGGCCUGUGCAAAUUACAAGCCUGGAUAUCAAGUGCAGACUGGCUGCCAUUAAGGGCAGCCUAUCAGGAGCUGGGCACAUCUUUUUGUUUCACUGCCUUCCAGAGAUUUUUUUUGGGGAGAGACCAGUAAUCUUACUCAGUUUGACAGAUCCCAGUUCUGUAAGCCUGGCCUACAUGCAUACUAAACCAGGUCAGAUUAUGAAGUGAUGAAGAGUUGUUUUGUAUAGUAUAGGAUUCUAGGGUGGAAUUAACCCUGUAAGCAAUUCACACACAGCUGUGGCAUUGAAAGUCCUGUGUGGGGUAAGAAACAGACAUGAGUUGUUGGCUCAUGCCUGCCACCACAACACUUAGGAAACUAGAUCACACCAAGUCAGAUCAUUAGCACAGUAUUACCUACACCAACGGAGGAAAGGUUAUUCAGGGUUUCAGGCAUAAGAGUCUUUCCCAAGGCUGGUUCAUACGCAACCACAGUAUGUAGCACCUGCACAGAAGUAACCUUCUGAUUGGUGGCUCCUCCCUGCCACAUAUGGAACACAAAUGUGUGCCACAAGGUCCACAUAUACCCACAAGCCUCAUUCACCCUUGCCCAUCCCUUGCCCGUCCUUUUCCCGACAGCAAUUGGCCUGAUGGGUCAAUCCUACACACACACAUGCAUGGAUUCUCUCUCACUGUAUGCUCUCAUGCACCCAUCCCUGAUAGUCUAGUGCAGAGCUUUCCAAACUGUGUGUCGCGACACGUUAGUGUGUCGGCUGCAGUGUGUAAGUGUGUCGCGCGAACAUUCCCCAUGCUCCUCCCGGGGCUGGAAAGGGGUUAGUUUAACCUCCGGUUUGCUAGCAAAACUGAAUUCCCAUGUCGCGAAAUGAUGCAUGUCUAAAAAGUGUGUCACCAACAUGAAAAGUUUGUACAGCUCUGUCUAUUGCCUAGGAUUAGUCACUUUCGCAGCUAUGACUCACUCUUUGAGGAAGGGGUGGAACUCCAUGGCAGCGUAUGUGAUUUGCGUAAGAAACAUCUCCAGGGCUGGAAUGGGGAAUGGGUGCUCCUCAUGCAUGCACCUUUAUUUCCUUUUUUGCAAGGUCCACGCAAAAUUAUUGUCAUUAAAAAUUACCAGCCUGUUUUUUCUUCUUCUCAUUUUAAUCCAGAUUUACACUUCCCAAGGGAAACUUGCAAUAUCUCAGCAAUCCAUUUACAGUAUUAAGUCCCCAUCUCAAAGCACCUACAGUUUGGAUUCACAAAUGAAUAGGUGGUAGUACUAGAGAAAAAGUCCAGUGUGGAAGCUCCUGCUUCAGUUUCCAGCACUGAUAAAACAGGAAGAAGAAUAACCAGUGUCACAGGAAGCUCCUUCACACUUCCUCUUGUUCUGCUGCUUUCCCCGGGAAGCCCACUCCUUACUGAUGAAUUGGAGCAAACGCCAAUAGUGUUUCCCACAGGUUGACGUUGGCUCUGAUUCAGCGGCAAAGAGCAGGCUUCCCCAGGAAUAGCAGCAGGGGGAACAGAAAACCGUUCAGCUUUCUAGGCAUGGGACAAGCAAAGUGGAUGAACUCAGGGCGUCUGAGAAAUUUGGUUGUGCACUAACAGCACAAAUCUGUGCAUGCAUACCCAGACGUAGGCUCAACUGAGUUCGGUGAGACUUAACUCCUGGGUAAGUGUGCAUGAACUGCAGCCCCAAACUGAUACAUAUAUUAAUUAGAAACCAUGGAAAAACUGACUGCAAAGAGAUAGCAUUGUCAACUUUAAUGUAACAUAAUGGUUCUUAAACUUUGUACUGGGGAUCACUAUAUUCCAGCUUGCUUUCUCUCUGUGAACCACCUUCUGUGUGAAGGUGCAACAAAGGUCAGCUUUCCUCAGUUGCUUACAGCUACCAAACCUGAUUCUGCCCACUUGGUUCCUUUUCUUAAACAUCCUUCAGAUAUAUAUAUAUAUAUAUAUAUAUAUAUAUAUAUAAACUUUCCCACUAUACUGCUGAAGAAGCAAACAGUUUCAAGUUUAGAUUUUUACAAUUAAAAAAAUGCCUUGCCUCUUCAUGUAGUGAAAGCUUCUUUAAAAGCUCUGGCUCUUCUGUAUUUUCUUUAACAAUUUUUUCCUGGUCUCAGGGAUUAUUUGAAUGCAUGGGGCACUUGAGCCAGCCUUUCACAGUGGCGCUGAGAAAAUCAGCUUUAAAAUGCUGCAGGUUAUUUUUUUUUCCUUUUGGAAGGAGAGGGUAAAUGCAGAUGUGAGAUGCUUUUGCCUCUUUUUAAUAUAUAAACUGUAAAAUCUAAGUCUCCAUGGACUGAUGUAAUGUGCAGAGUAUAAUGUAUGCUUUUCCAGCUUUUUCUCAGGGGUUGGGGGUUGGCUUAAGCUUUGUGAAUAAAUCCAGCCAACUGUUGGGAAGCAGUCCAAGGUGUCUCUCUGUGUGCAAAUCAGAUGAUACACACACACUCACACAUGCUUUAAACAUGGACUAAUUAAAUUCCUUUAGAGCCAAUCAUUUCAAUUAAACUUAAUUCGCAUUGUUUGCUCUGUGACAUAAGCAGGACCAUUGAAGUCUCUCUAGCUGUUCCCACAUUGAACAGAUCCUGAAAAGUGAUCUAAUUUUUCAUGCUAAAUAGUUAAAACAAAUCUGCUUCCCCCACUCCUUCCUAAAUGCAUUGCAUGAUAUCAAGUCCUGUUGAUCUCUACAGGGAAUCUUUCCACAUAAUAGGAUCAGGGUGUUAGAAGACGGCUAAUUUUGUAGGUUACCAGCUCGUUUUAUUCAUUUUUUAGCGGUGCAAGAUAAGCUAAAAUGUCUGUAGCAACUAAAGACCCAUGAAACAAUGGACUGCGAUAGACUGUUUUUCCCAAAGACCUAACCCUUUUGAGAAUAUUGUUUUAGGUUUCAUGAUGCAGUGGCUGGUUUUGUACAGAAUGAAAAUCGACUAUCCGUUCUAAACCAGUUCCUCUCAUUUCUCCAGAUGGUUGUGUGACUUAUUCUUAGCAUGUUUGGGGCUUUCCAUAGACAAAAUAGUUGAGGUCAGAGCUAAUGUGACACUAUCGCCCCACUUAAUUUGUUUGUAGAGUUCCAGUCAUGCUCAGUCAGUAGAGCAUGAGACUCUUAAUCUCAGGAUUGUGUGACCAAGCCCCACAUUGCGCAGAAGAAUCCUGUGUUGCAGGGGGUUGGACUAGAUGACCCCUGUGGUCCCUUCUAACUCUACAAUUCUAUGAUUCUAUGAAAAGGAGUAUAAUCUCAACCCAUUUCUACUACCUGUCUGUCCCUUCCUCUAUGUUGCACAUCCUAGAGAUGAAACUAGAGCAUUUCUCUCUACAGAUUCACCAAGGGAUGAGGAAUACAUUUUAAAAAAACACUAUUUUCAGUUCAGAUGUUUCAAGUGUAGGUUGCUGAAAAUAUUUCAUUUUAAUUUGAUGAGCUGUAAGACACCUUGGGAAUCAUAUGGUCAAAUGGCAGCGUAAAAAUAUUGCAAAUACUAUGGACUAAUCUCCUGCCAACCUAACAGUUCGAAAGCACGUAAAAAUGCAAGUAGAUAAAUAGGUACCGCGUCGGCGGGAAGGUAAACGGUGUUUCCGUGCACUGCUCUGGUUCGCCAGAAGCGGCUCAGUCAUGCUGGCCACAUGACCAGGAAGCUGUACGCUGGCUCCCUCGGCCAAUAAAGCGAGAUGAGCGCUGCAACCCCAGAGUCGUUCGCGACUGGACCUAAUGGUCAGGGGUCCCUUUACCUUUACUAUGGACUAAUAGCAAACUCAUUGGAUAGCCAAAAGGGCACCCUCCAUUCUCAAGACAAGAGGGUGGUUAUCAGCAGACUCAAGAAAAAACCCCAGGUUUCAGAAGUACAACAUUGUUUUUGAAAAGACACUUGGGGGAGUAGGUGGGGGGAACAGCCCAGUGCAGACUCAGUAUGCUCAUUGCCCAUGGAUUGCUGCUUGAAUGUUGGAGGGGAGAAUAGAAAACCAGGAGUAUUGGCAGGGAUGGGAAAAAUCUGCCCAUUUCAGCUCCUCUCCAUUUCUUAUACUUCCACUCAGUUUUCUGCAUUUCCAUGUUGGUUUCCAGGGGCGGUGGGCAGGCAAGAAUGGUUUAAGUCUUCACAAAAAAUUAAAAAGAACCUAGCUGGCUACAAGGGCUCUUAUCCUGCUUGGUUCUCUUGCCUGCUGUGUUUCCAAGACAGGACUGUGGCUGAUGCCAGGUUAGAGCUCCCUCUUGCACAGGCACACCCUGAGUUGGCUGCUUGGUGGAUGCCUUUCAUUCGAAAGCAUCUCUGAUUGGCACUGAAUGGGCCAGAUUAAGCAUCCGCAAUGGCACUGUCUGGAACGGAGAAGCCUUUUGUAUUAUUUGGGAGCAAGUUCCCUUCCGGGAAUCCUGUUUCCAGAUUGUUCCUAUCCAAAUCCCACCGCUUAGAAGAUGGCAUCUGUUCUCUUCCCAAGACAGGCAGAGGCAGUGGUCUCCCCUACCUACCCCUUUCUUUGGAGGCAACACUACUUUAAAUAGAGAUGCCCUGGCCAGGAGAAGAAAUGGAAUACCUUCUGUACCAGAGAAGGACUUGCAGGGGGUUGGAUUCGAUGACCCUUUGGGUCCCUUCGAACUCUAGAGUUCCCUUAUUCUAACCCAGGAGCUUUCUCCUCUCCAGAGAAGCAGCAAUAGCAGAACUGUGAUGAGAAGGCACAGCACCAGGUUGCAUGUUCUGCAAGUAGGCUAGGGAUGCCUGCGGCCUUCUGUUGUUGGACUCAAACUCACAUUUUCAUCAUCGUCACCAGCAUCCCUCACUGGGGCUAAAGGAAGUUGGAGUCCCAAACAUCUGGAGGGCACCAGGUUGAGGAAAGUUGGCCUUCACCCUAUUGGUUCCCUUCCAAAACUAUUUUAAGAACAACACCUUGUCCUCCGUAUAUUUCCUUUUCAGCCUAGAAGAGCAGAGCAUUUGGUAAAGGGAUCACGGGUUCAAAUUCAGAGCUAGAGACAUUCACAUAUCUUUUGAAAUCCCAAUGUGGCAGGCAAGGAGGCUCUGACAUGCAUCUCCCCCUCCUGCUUGCUGUGUGGCACACCUGGAAGUCUGUGAAGGGGGAAGAAAACAAGGCUGGGUAGGGAAUGGGCAAGAAAAGAAGCUGUGGCCAACCAGAAGAGUUGACCAAUAGGAACAUUGGGAAGCUGCCUUCUACCGUGUCAAAGCACUGAUCCAUCCAGCUCAGUAUUGCCUACACUGACUGGCCGCAGCUCUCCUGGGUUUCCAAUUGGCAACAUUCCCAGUCCUACCUGGAAUUGCUAUUGGGGGUUGAACCUGGAACCUUCUGGCUCCAAAGCAGAGGCUCUGCCACUGAGCUAUGGAUGUUCUCUAGAUUUAAAUCUGGCACCCCAAGUUCUAGCGCCAAUCCAUCAAUAUCCAGCCAUGUGUCCCCUGCAGGCUCAAGCAACCUGCUCUUUUUCCUCCUGCGCAGGACUGCAAGGACAGAGGAGAUGUCGAACCACAUGAUGCAGCUGGUGUGCUGCAUUUGAUUGAGGAGGGCCACAUAUUGAGCCAGCCUCCCCUAGAAUAUGAGAAAACAAGGUGCCGUUCUCCCGCUUCCCCAUCUACAAAACAUUCUGUAAUUCUACAAACAGAAAUGUCAUGCAUUUGCUUUCUUGAAGUCCUGUAGGCAGGGAUGAGGGACCUGUCCCAGAUCCUUCUAGACUCCAUCUCCCACCAUCCAGAGCCAGGAAGUCUGCCAGUCAUGGAUGAUGAGAUCUGAAGUCCAACAACAUCUGGAGGACCACAGGUUCUUUGGCCUGUAACAUUUGUAACAAACAGCCUGUUGAUCAUGGGUUAGGGAGGUCUCUCUGCCACACCACAUAUUCCACUGCCAUCUUUUGCUACUUUGCAUCAGGAUUAGACGCUUGAUACCAGCUCAGACUGUUUGUAUAUCUAGACCACUAAUGUCUACUCUUACGGACAUUGGCUCUAUAGUCUUAGGCAGAUCCCUGCAACUUUUGUCCCGCCUAAUGAAGAUGUAGUGGUUCCACCUGAGACCUUCUGCAGGUCACUUAACUAUAGUCUCUCUCUCAAGUUCUUCUGCAGCUUUUGGUGCCAUAUAUUCUUUUGGCAGAGGGACGUGGGUAGCGUUGUGGGUUAAACCACAGAGCCUAGGACUUGCCGAUCAGAAGGUCGGCAGUUCGAAUCCCCGCGACGGGGUGAGCUCCCGUUGCUCAGUCCCUGCUCCUGCCAACCUAGCAGUUCAAAAGCACAUCAAAGUGCAAGUAGAUAAAUAGGUACCGCUCUGGUGGGAAGGUAAACGGCGUUUCCGUGCGCUGCUCCAGUUCACCAGAAGCGGCUUAGUCAUGCUGGCCACAUGACCUGGAAGCUGUACACCAGCUCCCUCGGCCAAUAAAGCGAGAUGAGCGCCGCAACCCCAGAGUCGGCCACGACUGGACCUAAUGGUCAGGGGUCCCUUUACCUUUUUUUUUUUUUGGCAUUUGCACAAUCUUCUCAGGUUUCAGCUACGAAGUUACUGCACUCUCAAUUAAAAGGAGACUUCUAAAGCAAUGCCUUUGUAACACCUUGUCAGGAAAAGGAAAUUGCCUGGACUUUGGAGAAAUUCUGAUAGGCACUUGCCUUUGUGAUAUUUGUCAGCUCUGGACAAUAUAUUGUCACAAAUAGUCUCCAAGUAAAAACACUACAUAUAAUACACAUCACAUAAUAUGGCAAAGGCCUUAAAUUUAUGCUUAAGGUUCCCACAACAUGCCCCCCACUUGCUAUAUCACAGAAAUAACUAACAUUGACUGCACAAGUGUACAAUAAAAUAUUACUAUAGUGCAAGAUCACAAUCUAUUGCAGAGUUAAGCCUAGCUGAAUGCAUUGAUUUUUGCAGGCAGAGUAUGACAAAGAAGGCAGAGUGACUUUCUCCUUGCCCCUGAAGACGUUCACUAUUCAAUUUAAGUUUCCUACUGACCACGCACACUAGAGGAGUGGGGGGUUGGCCAGACCUGCUCUUGUGCCUUUAACAGCUGUUAUAAGCUGCAAAAAUCAGCAGCUGGAGCCUUUUUGUAGAAUGGAGAUCAGCAGCAUCAUUUGCUAUGUUUGCCGUUGAAGCUAUGGUUGAUGUCAAAAGCAAAGGGGCUGGCAGAAAAGUUGGCAAUCCUUCCUUGCUAUAGAAUUUGAACUCUGCCUUGCACAACAGAGACUGGCACCGCAGGGAGCAAUUUAAAGUCACCUCCGUGUAAUAUGUUUUUCAUUCAUCCCAACCCUUCCUUGGAAGCACAAGGUGGACAUAAUCUGAGGCUGCUGUCCUAAGCAGACACAUUCUCUGAGCAAAGCAUUUAGGAUCAAACUUCAUGAAACUAUAUAGGACUUACCCACACUUCCUCUUGUCCUGCUGCUUCCCCCCACCCUGGGGAAACCACUCUUUAGCACUUAAUCAGAGCCCCUCAACCGUGUCCCCUCCCAUUGCCAUUUGUUCUGACCUAUCGCUAAGAAGCAGAUUUCCCCUUCGGAAAGGAGCUGGUCAAGAGGAAAACCACUCUGACCCGUGCUUUCCAGGCAUGGCACAAGAGGAAGUAUGGACGAGCCCAUAGUCCUGCCUUCACACGUGUGCGUGCACACACUUCCCUCCCCCUCAUAAUUAUAAUAUUUUGCUCCUCGGAUCAACGUGUUGCAUUCCUUUUUUAAAAAGAAAAGGUUGGGAUGACAGCAGUAUGAGUUUAUUAAAUCCAGGUAUCAUGAUGAGUAGAAUCUUUUCCAGUUUUGUUGAAUGGCUUUCAACUUCCCCCUCCCUAUAUUAAAUCUAUUUUAAACCACUUGGUAUCCCUUUUUAGAACAAACCAGCUCACUUGGACUGCGGUCCUAAAAAAUUAUAUUCAGGAGUCUACAAUCCUAUACACAUUUCCGUACAUUCAUGCAGGCAUGCCUGCAAACUGGACUGCAGGUCCUCUUUUCACAUACCUUUUUAAAAAGGUCCUCUUUUUAAAAAACAUAGAACUAAAGCAGAAAAUGGAGAAAACCCUAAUUUAAAAAUAACUCCAUCUACAAUGUUUGCCACCUGAUUGCGUGUGUGUUUACUCAGAAUUAAGGCCCACAAGUGAGACCUGCAACAAAUUAUUGCAGUGCAGAGUGUUACUAUUCAGGCUUCCAAUCCGGCUUUAUUUCGGGACACUCCAUUUUGUUCCCUCCCCCCCCCCCCAGUAGCUCAGCACUGCUGAGCAUUAUCAUAAUGUGCUGGUCUACACUUGCACACUUAGGGUUCCCCCCACCCAAAAACCUUUGUUCUACUUUUACAAACAUUAGGAUUCUCUCAAGCAUGCUGAUAACUUCCCUCUCAUGUGUGGCUGUGGCUGUUUUUGACUACGAAAUAGCCUGCACUUAGAGAAUGAGCUCAGUAUUAACAUGGAGGGUUGAGCCCAGUGAAUAUGACCUCCAAAGCUGCUCAGAUCAGGACAAUAAAAUGGGGUGGGCUAGAGUUUGCUCUGUUAUUCUCUGUUUUCCCCCCAGAUGUGAAAGCCAUUGGUGAACAAAGGCCAGGUGAGACAGACCUGUUAUUGUCCUGCAGAGGUGACAUCAGCAGGUGUGGCUUUUGCAUGACAAGCUAUCCCACUGGAAUCCCCUCUUCCAUACAACUAUUAAAGGUUCAGGAAUCCUGGCAUCUUUGGCAUCAACCCGCCUUACUUAAAGCCUUUUCAGCCUCCUGCAAUUCCCUACCUAGGAAAAAUCAACCAAGCUGCUACUUCCUUACUUGAUUCCUCCCAAAACCAGGUGAAAACAUUCAUAAACAAUCAGCUUUGCUGUUCAUUUUUUAGCUGGCAUGUUAAUUGUUUUAACUUACAUAUUAUAUGGUGUGCGCGCCAUAUUUAACUAAGAUGACUAGAUGAAAUAGAAACCUUUUUUUCUGUCUUUGUAGCAGAAGGAAUUUCAGUAGGUGCAGCCUGUCAAUCAAGAUGCACCAAUGGGAAUUACUUCUGCCCCACAACCAUCAAAGGGGUAGGAGCCCAGUUUCCUUUUUCAUCUAGCCACCCUACUUUGAAAACUUAUUUUCAUGAGAAAAGAGAUCAGCUACGCGAACCUAAGCCAUACCUACCCAGAAAUUAAAUCAUAUUGGCUUCAAUGGGGCUUACUUCCAGGUAAGCAGAUCUGCAGGCUAAUAGUUUUGUUAGCAUGAUGAAUAAGUGAUCACAGGGCUGCAGCUAUGCAGCCCGAUAUGUUAGAUGAGAGCUUGUCUGAGUUCAAUGGGAUUUACUCCCAGCCAAGUAGGCAUGCUUACACAGGACUGUAAUACCCCAACCAUGUUUUCACAUGUGAUGCUUUCAUACAAGGAAGCACCCUAGAGCUAUUCUUGUGCUUGUUACUCAUAGUUUGCAUACGAAGGCUGUUUGUGUGGAAUUAAAAGCAGAAAAAGGACCCUUUUUAAAACCCCAAUGGAUAUUCUAGCUGUAGGUUAGGCUUUAUCCCUGUGACUUCAUAUUUAUGUACGGAUUAUAGUCACAUCAUGUAGGAUUGGCAGCUUUUAAAUCCGGCUGCCCCUUUACAACAAAAAUUUGAUAUGUGGCAAGUAAAAAUAUUUUUUCUCCACACCUUAAGCAGUUUCACAUCAAUCCGCGGUUUAAAAGACACAUGAACAGACCACUGCACUUGACAAACCUCACGUCAUGGGUGGAAAUGCUCUUGGAACCUGAACCAUCAUGCAAGUUGAUGCUGUAUAAAAACAGCACUCCAGCUCACAGGCUCUAGGCCAGGGAGAUCUCUUAUUCACAAAGCAGCCAGGUGGUAAAUCAUGACAUCUAGAUGGGGAACUAACAAAACAUGGCAGAAGUGUUGUCAGGGAAUUAUAGGCACCGUUCCCAAAGAUUGUAGGAAAGUGUACCAUCUCAAAUGGGACAGAGCCUUUUGCUAGCUUUUCCCUCUGCCUCCUCAACUCACACUUCUCUUCUUUAAAAAUAAAUAAUUCAAAUAUUCACAUCCUAAAGGAGUGCCUCAGGAAGGAUAUUGGUUGUUGUCCUUGUUAUAUCAUAAAAAUGUUCUUUAAAAAAAAAAUUCACAUCCUAGAACCAGAGGUAACCAGUGACGUAGCGUGGGUUGUCAGCACCCGGGGCAAGGCAAGUAAUUUGCGCCCCCUAACCCGGUAGGGGCAGAGAGCUGCGAGUGCGAGCGCGCGCCCCCAGAUGUUGCGCCCGGUGCGGCCAGGCCCCCCUGCACCCCCCACGCUACGCCACUGGAGGUAACACAGCUGCCACUGAGAAUUGGAUAAAAUGAACUAGUGGGCCAGAGUUAUUGGUCUGAUCUAGAGAGAACUUUUACGAAUGUACAUUUUAAAACUGGAUCUGAAUCAAGCCACAUUUCCUAGGAAAGGAACAGUUGGCAUCUAGCUCAUUAAGGGAAACAGAACUUUCUCCGAUUAUUUUAUAAUUGACCUGGGUAGGUCACUUUGCCUCACCACUAUAGUUGAGAGUGGAGGGUGGGCAGCAUACCUGGCAAAAAUCCUCCUUCUACACAACACAUGAAAAGCACGCAAACCCCUCAAAGUCUGAACACACACAACAGCCUCAAAUCCAGUCAGUUUCUUAAUGUUGCUCUGAAUAUAAGGCAGCUUGGCAAACAAGAGAAAGUUGGCCUAUUAAAAUAUGCCAUCUUUUCUUCGCUGUCUCUCACAUUUAAGGCCAAUGCAGCAGCAACAGACAGCUCCUACACACACACACACACACACACACACACACACAAAACCCUACGUUUUUUAAAAUAAAUAUUCUGCCUCCUCUCUCUGAGAAAGGCUUCUCCCUGCAGAAGCCACCAGAGGUCACUGCUACAUUCUUUUGACAAAUCCCAGUAUGUUGGGAGUUAGAAUUUCGGAGGAGACAGCAAUCUUUUUAUUGGUGGAAAAUGUUACUACUUCUGUUUUAGCUACAACACCCGAAAGGGGUGGGGGAGUCGAGGUCAACGGCGACAUAAUUUCUGCUCAGCAAGGCCUUUUAAAAAUAAUAAUAAUAAUAAUAAAGAAAUAAGCCAAUCCCAGUCUGCCUUUCAGUUAUCUCCUUUCUGUUCUGUUCUGUUAAACCCCUUAAUCCAUCAUGCAGGGAGCCAUUGAUCACGGGAAGAAGAGGGUUUAGGCUGUUAUUGCCAUGUGAAAGGAUUUGGUGCCCUAGAUCUGAAUAUUUCUGAACCUAUCCUGCACAAGUUUCACUCAAAAGGAACGUGUUCAGUGAGGGCUGAUCCACAACCGUCCGUUGGGACGUAGCCAUAAAGGCGGUGGUUCAAUUAUACAAUAUCAUAACAUUACAGUGGUACCUUGGGUUAAGUACUUAAUUCGUUCCGGAGGUCCGUUCUUAACCUGAAACUGUUCUUAACCUGAAGCACCACUUUAGCUAAUGGGGCCUCCUGCUGCCACUGCGCCGCUGCUGCACGAUUUCUGUUCUCAUCCUGAAGCAAAGUUCUUAACCCGAGGUAAUAUUUCUGGGUUAGCGGAGUCUGUAACCUGAAGCAUAUGUAACCUGAAGCGUAUGUAACCCGAGGUACCACUGUAAUUGUCAUGCCAUUUUCACACGCUGCAUAUAUAUCAACCCAAAAUGCAAAGGUGAAUUGGGGAGGACAGGAAUCUGAAAACAAGCAUGACAAGAGCCCAUCUGGACCAUGUGAAGGAAUCAGCUCCUUGACCUGAAGUGCCAAAGGGCACAUUCAAAGUAAUGGAAAGGCUGGACACAGACCUAGAACUAAGUCUAACUCAACAUCCAUAGCAUCAGGCUGUGGCCUGAUAUGUGCUUCUUCAAUUGGGAAGAAGUCCUGCUGAACUCAGUAGGCUUUUCCGAGUAAACAGGUCAAAGAUUAGGCUGCAAGAAUGCCUCUUGGCUUACAUUGUGCCACUUAUCAACAUUAUUAAUUCAAGAGGAGAGAAAGCAGAACAGAAAGCCAUUUGGAAAAUCAAAUGUACAUCAUAGCCAGUGGUCAAUGUUGUGGUUUUGCUUGAAAACUGCAAAGGCAGCACAGGUGAUUAAUAAAAUGUGCCGUAUGUUUUGAAAGUGGUCCAGGAUAACAAAGCACCCUAACAUUGCUGCCCGACAGGUGGGCUUUGCCCAUGAACAGGAGAUCUUCCCACUGCAGGAGGGAACCUUCAAACUAGGAGAGGCCCCUCAUCCCAGUAAUUAGCCAAAUGAUAACAUAAUAUGGGAAACUGGACCACAUGUGCAUUGCAGUCAGCUUGUAGUUCUAAGUAACAAUGCAAACCUAUGCACAUUUUCCAAAAAGCAUGUCCUGUUUUAUUCAGUGUGACUCCAGCUGCAGUCAUACACACAACUGGGAACAAGUUUUAUAGAGCUCGGUGGAACUUCCUUCCAGGGUUUCGCCAUUACACCCAAAGAUGCAUACACAGAAUUCCACCUGGAUCUUGCAAUUUUACCUGGGAGCUUACAUCACUAGGAAUUAGAGAUCAGGGAUGCAUUUGGGAUGGGUGGAAAUCCAAAGUGGCCCAUUACAGGCAAGUAGAUGGUUCUCUCUCUCUCUCUCUCUCUCUCUCUCUCACACACACACACACACACACACACUCCCCUAACAGCACAUUGGAACCUCAUUUCCCCUAUUUGUGUGUCCUUUAGAAUCUUGUUAAUGGGGAACAGAAAGCAGAAGGUAGCUGUUUCUAAACAUGGUACCUACUUUGGUCAGAUUUACCUUUGCAUUAUAGGUGUGGGGAAAAUGAGAGGUAGCAUUGUGCAAAGAUGACCUAGGUGCCAAUCCUGUACCCAUUUACCUGGGAGUAGGCUCUACUGAACUCAAUGAGACUUACUUCUGGGUAGGCAUGCAUAGGACUGUGCUGCUAAGUGGCUUAUCUGACUUGCGAUUUCAUAGGCAGUACCUUCACAUCUAAUGAAGUAGGCUGUUGCCAGGUUCUUUCCUCCAGCUAAAUCAGGUAUGGGGAAUCUUUAGCUCUCCAAAUAUUACUGGACUACACCUCCUGUCAUUCCUGGCCAUUAGGCAUGCUUGCUAGGGCUGAUGGGAAUUGUAGUUCAUUAACAUGGGGGGGACGACACAAAGCUUCUCCACACCUAUGCUAAAUAAACCAGUUCCUCUAUUAUUACAGGCCUAGUGAAGACAACAACAAAACUAAGGGAGAGCCUUGACUCUCUGAAUGCACUCUUGCGAUUCUUACUUCCUAGUAACUCUGAUCAGAAACAGAGUAGAAAGCUGAGAUUUAGCUUAUCAUUUCUGUAUGAUUGGAGCACUUGCUUAUUUAUACAUCCUGAAAUAAGAAAGUGCUCUGUAUUCAUUUUGCACGCGAUCUAACCAACGUUAAGCACUUAAAAAAAGAGAAAACAUUCAUAUAUUUGGGCAAAGAUGUAAGCAGGUGCUUCAUUCUCCUGUUGAAAACCAUGGGACCUUCAGACCACAAUCCUGUCUGUAAUUAAUGUAAACGGCCCUUAUUUCUGCAGAUAUCAUGUGUGUUCACGAUUAAGGUUUAAUUCUCUGAAAUUAACUCAGUAACAUUCUAGGCUAGUCCCUUCUGCCUCCCUUUGGAGACACAGAUCUGCUCUGCAAUAAAUAGCACAAAGAGGCAGGUUGUCUAAUUUGAGGACAACCCACUCCAGUGGUUUGGGGUUUUGCCUUUCACUUUUCCAGCCAAAUUAGAGUAAGCAUCAAAAGAUGAACAACGCCAACUUGACUCCUCUUUCCUCCACCCCCUCCCUAUCCAGUUUAUUAUAUUUAACCGGUUGUGGACAUGAUCCACAGGGAAAUUCUCCUACACACGACAUCCAAACGAAUGCGGGCCGAUUUUCAUUUGGGGAGAAGUUGGAAGCCCUUAAACUAGCGCACGCCGUCUUGGUAUAGUCUUUUCCAUCUGUCUGCUCUGCCUCUCGCUCUCUAUCUCCAAACUAACAUGACUUUCCAGAAAACACUGAACACUUUUUCUUUUGUCUCCUUCUGGAAAAAAAAGUGCUCUGUUUUAAGAGCGAUUUUCUAGGGAGGGUUGCUUUGUUCCUUGAAAAAGGAGGGAGAGAGAGAGAGAGAGAGAGAGAGAGAGAGAGAGAGAGACGCUCUGAAGCGAAAAGGAAUGAUCGCAACGAAUCCGAUGCUCCCAAGCCUUUAACGAAAGUUGCCCAAGGCAGGAACUUAAGCCUUCACUGAAAUCAACUAUUUUCAAACAACAGGGGGUCGUGAUUCUGGUGUGGGAGGAAAAUGGUACAAUCCAACCUGGUCGAAUCACUUUGAUGGCUUCUGAAGUCCUACGUACUUUUUUACAUGAGAGUAAUAUAUGAUUCUUUUUUCUGAAUAGACGCGCAUAGGAUUGCGCUGUUCGGCAGCGGAUUUACUCGGAAGGAAAAUGUCACUGUGUUCUACUGGAAAGUAGACCCAGGCACAAGAUUGCAACGGAAAGCUCCUCCGUACUGGGGCUUUAAAAAAAUGUUUCCAUUUCUGCUGGAUCGUGGCCCACUCCUGUUCAAAAGAUAGCUAGGAUUCUCUGUCUGGCAAAUAUGUUUUGGGGUCGUUCGGAGCUGGGCAGUUGCAGGAUUUUUUUUUUUCCCGAGCGGGCAAAGUAAAACCUUGAAAUUAAGGAGCAGUCUACGUUUUCAGUGGGAAGACCCGUACCGUUUGCCUCCUGUCUCCGGUUCUACAAAUGCAAUAAACUUAAUAAUUUUUCAGAGUAAAAGCUAGAAAAUGGAGGGUUGAGGGAUAUGGUUUAAGGUGAGGGGCAACAGGAUUGCAGCCCAACCCCACGAUUUCUGCCCGUUCCAAGAUUGUGUGCAUGCAUUGUUUGAAAUCUAUAUUCCAUAUAUUGGCUGGAGUUCUGUUAGUUUGGGGUGGGAUGAAUACGCAUAACGCUCUGAAAGCAAUCCCAGUGCCUUGCCCAGCCCCCCAGCCCUUCCUUCAGUCCCCCCCCCCUCCUUCUGCCCAGCCCCCUUGGAGAGGAGAGGCGCCUCAGCGCGCGCUCUCGCUUCGCCUUCCUACAUCUCGCCUAGCCUAGAAGCGGCUCCGCUGCCAGAGAUUCCAGUGUCAUCUCCAAUUAACAGCCAACAAUUAAAACUCGGCUUCCUCCUCUUCUAGCUCCCCCCUCCCUCCGCAUCAGAGGACACGAAAUUGCCUCGCUCUUCCUUGCCAAAGGUGGGGGGGGGCGAGGAAAGAAGGAGAGGCUUCGUGCCUCCAGCUAGCGCGGGAGAGUGAAAUCCGGAGCAAGGCGCUUUCCAGUAGACAAGCAAGCAAAACUCGCUUAGCGCGGAUUGGAGCAGGAGCGCACUGGCACAGCAUCUGUCUGCUUUGCAGGCAGGAGGUCCCGGGUUCAGGCCUCGGCAUCUCCAGGCAGGGCUGGGAAUGCCCUCCAUCUGAAGCCCUGGGGGAGCAGCUGCCAGUCUUAGUGGACAAUAGAUGGCAGAAUGAGGCAGAUUCCCAUGUUCGUUAGGAGAGCGGAGCGCAUCAUUUCAGGUUAAUCCGUAUUGCAAAACAGAAACCCCGGGCCCUGACUUUGUUUUCCCUGAGAAUGGUCCAGAUUCAACAGGGUCAACUCUCCCCCACCCACCCAAUUUCAAAUUUUUUUCUAUGAGCUCAGAUUCUCUCAAACAUACAUCCAGCUCUGUGUUUAGCUUUAGUUGCGCGCAUUCACCAUCCAGCCAGGGACAAAGCAACGCGGAGCGCCUCUAUUCGAGCAAACCACAAAUUUCAUGCUCAGGGACCUCCUCCGAGGGGGCGAUUUCACGGCUAAAUUGGAGGUCGCGGCACAGUCUGCGGGGGCUUGCGCUCCCUUUUACGCAUCCGACGGGCAGCCGUCUAGGUUUCGAAUUGAGGCCAAUAUAUCCUGAAACCUGGAAGGACUCUAGGCUCUUAGAAAGGGGACUAGACCCGGCAGAAAAUGGGGUUGGGCUGUGCGUCCUGAUGAUGGUCACACUAUCACCAGAAAAUAAUUCUCACUUGCGUUUCAGGCGGAUUGCGAGGGUUGUUUCCCUCCCAAACAACACCCAGUAAUAUGAUAUGGCUGAUAUUUCAGCAAGUAUAAUUGAUCGGGCCGCCUAAUUCUCAGCCAGCCAUGAGAAGGGAAAUGGCUGAGAAAUGGACUUUUCGUUGCUGUAGCCUAGUGCGUAAAUUUACGCGCGUCUUCUCCUGGGUCGGUCCCGUUGAGUUCAGCGAGGCGCGCCAUGCGCAUUUAGCCGAGAGUAAAGCCCGUUUAACACUGGUGAACCUGCUUCUGAACAGAGAUUCAGAGGAUCCCGUCGUAAGAAACAUAUCCGAUUCCCCAGCCCCGAUCUCUCCUCUGCCACACAAACUUUAAGGGGCUUCAAGGAAAUCCCCCUCUCCUUCGCUUUUAUCUGUCACCUGGGGAUCAUAAUAGUGGCCUACCUUACAGGGCUGGUUCAAGGAUUACAACGAAGUAAUAUGCGGAGUACUUUGGACAUUCGGAACCACUAAAAAUUAGCCCCCCAGCCGCCGCCGCCACCUCUAUGGAAAGCAAGCUGCUUCUGUUCUGAUUCAAACUAAACUCUCGUGUCUCAGUGAAGUCGAGUUAAAUUAAAUCAAAAGGUAUUUGUGUCCUAUCUUUAAAGUCAAAGUACGGUAGGUCAUAAUUCGGUCCUCUAGGAGCAAAAACAGAGCGUUCUAGAGAAAAUAAGAAAGAUCCCGGUAGUUUCCCCUCCUUAGGUCAGUGAGCUUCUUGGGAUUUUUUUUUCUCUGUGCGGAAUCCUUAACCUAAAUCUGAAAAUAAAUGCCAAGGGCGGGAGGGAAUUCAAUGGAGCACACGUUGCGUCAGAAGAACUAAGUCCCAUGGAGUUGAAUGGGACGUACCCUCUUUACAUCGAAUAUUUUACAGUACCUACACUGCAUCUGAUUCUCUCUAGCCCACAAAAAGCUCAUGCAAGCCAGUUUGCUAACCUUUAAGAUGCCACCCCUUCCCCGCCUUUCUUCUCUGGAACUAAGCACUUCCCAGGGGGGGUUCAGAGAGGCAGAAACCCGUGGGAAAUCGAGCGAGUUUGCCACCCUCCCCGUGUCGGCGGCGUGUCACGUGUGAAUCGGCCUUUAUAGGCGUGUAGGGCGAGUUUGAGGCCCACGCCCAACCCAGUGAGGCGACUGAUUCCUCGAGGAAGGCUGACCCGUCCCUUCCCCCCGCGGCAGCCCCGGAGGCUAGUUGCGGGGUAGCCACCCACCUGAAUUGUAACUGACGAGGUCCACGCCCAAGGCCGGGCUCUUCCUCUUCCUGGGCCGGCCUUUCUGGACCGUGCCGGUGCCGUUGAAGUAAGGCAGCGCCAGGCCUCCUCCCUUGGCCGCCAGCUCGGUGUAGCUCAGCUGCGGAGGCGGGUAGGAGGCAGGAUCGGUGCCCUGCAGCAGGCUCUCGAAGUGCGCCCGGCAGUAGACCACGUUGUCCUUCAUGCCGAAGUGGUCGCCCGUCGUCAGCGUCUUGUUGCACGUGGUGCAGGUGAAGCAGCUCAGGUGGUACACCGAGUCCCGGGCGCGCAUCACCAUCUCCGAGGCCGAGAUGCCCAGGUGGCAGCGGGCACAGCGCUGCACGGAGAACCUUCUGAAGGGAAGAGCGCACAGCGUUAGAGCCAGCGGGCGGCAGGAGGGGCCAGCGGGCAAGCUGAGCCCAUCCACCCGACCACGCUUGCGGACCUGGUGUCGCGUCAAGCGGCCUGCGAACGCUCAGGAGGCCGAGAGGGGAAGAUGCGCGUAGUUUUCACAAGAAACCAACCGACGUGGUCGUCUGCAUGGGCUACACGCGUCAAGGGCUGGCGAAGUUGUGGCGAAGGAGAAACGGGGGUCUUGGUUGGGCAACGGAUGGCAAGGGUUUCGUUUUUCGUUUAUUUUUUAUUUUAUUUUUUUUAAAGCUUUUGCAAGAGUGGCCUGGCCCUCUUCUAAAUCCGGAUAGCAAGGACUUUAAAAAAAAAAUCAGACAGAGAAACGAGACUUCAGCUGCCCCAUUUCAAAUAUGGAAGGAGAGAGAGACGAUAAAUCAGUGUUUUUUGUUUUUGAAGACAGAAGGAAAGUUAAAUUGAAAAAACACACACAGUAGAGUGGUUAUGAUCUAGCUCAAGGGGAGGGUGAUUUUUCCGGUUCUCCUGCUCCUCCCGGGGCGCCCCGUUACCUGCGAUUACGCCCCAUUGAACCCAACAGUCUUUCCUUCUUCGUCCACAGGUAGAGGAGGGAGAGGGGUGCAGAAUAAGGCCACAGUUCAGUUCCACAGGGACCUGGAGAGGUUAAAUCUCUCCUUUGGAAUUAACCGGACUUCUAAGCCAUUCCUUUGGGCCGGAUCCUGCCCCCAAACCGUCACAGCAAGCUCUCUUAACAUGCUCCGGGGUCCCCACCUGUCUCCCCCGUUAUCUCAUGUGCCUGCCUGAGUUCCCCAUUCCUCCGAGCGAUUGUAGCGAGACUAUCCAGAUGGCAAAAAUGGCGGGAUCCUCCCCCGCCCCCGCAUUUUUAAGGAGCAAAUAUGCUUUAUGCCCUUGGCACACGUGCUGGUUCCUACGGUUGUCACCCGAUUAAAAGGACCGUCCCUCGAUUGAUCACACUUUCAAAUCGGCAUGCAUUGGAAAGGAAUAAACUGAAGGGGAGGGAACGAAGUGUGCCAGUGUGGUUGCUGCAGGCAUCACCCGAGAAUGAAAAAUAUAUAAUACAGUACUAUAUAUGAAUAUUUUUGUUAUUGGAAACCCUAGCACCAAUGUAUAUAGGCAUGCAUCUUUCAAGCGUUUCAACGAUUCAUCUAACCAGUUGAUCGACUAAACUUUUGAGGUUUACUUAGCACGUCAGCCCAUAUCUCCGUUUUCUUAAUAAAAGAGGGAGACAGCCCACAGAACCAAAUAUUAUGACGCCCCCCAUCAGGCAAGGAGUCAACUCAUACACGUUGCUGGGAGGGGGUCGAGGAGUCUCUGGGAUUCAAACCUCAGAUUUGAUAGUUCCAUGGUUGCCUUUUUAGUGGCAACAGCACUUUGCACGCAUUCAGACGUUCUCUUUACGACAGUUUAAGCUGACAGGUUCAAUUAAGAUGAGACUUCUAAGUGGGAAACCUAAAAAAGCUCUGAAUCUAGAUAUACUGGAAGUUCCUCCUGACAAAUCUCCAUAGCUCUCGAAACCCAAAUCUGAUGCUCCGGGACAUUUCGCUAUCAACCCCCCUGGAUCCGUUGCGUCCCUUUUCGACUGGAAGAGGGAGGUAGAGAGCAGGGAGCCGGCUCCGAGUUGACAACCGCAGGACCUCCAAACGAAGGCAUUCUGUCCCCAAGGGCGGAGGAACACGCUUCCUCCUGCCCUGCUCCGAAAUAGGCUAACUUUGCUCAUUCCAUCCCGAGAGAGGAAGAGUUUCACACAUUGCACCGGUAUACACUGAUCAUGCUCUCCGGGGAGGAGCUCUGUGGAGCCGGGAAGCUGGUGUGAUUCUAGGCACGGAUAUUUAUUUAUCUAUCAGGAUCAUCUGAGCCUUUUAGCAAAUUCCUUUUGCGGAAAGGCUGCGAAAUAAAGCUGAGAAUACAGCGGGACAUCGUCUUUAAGUUUAGGUUUCCUAGGUUUCUCAAAAGCUGUCCAAAGGAAAGGAAAGGGAGAAGGGGGGAGGGGGCAAGUAAACAAUACCCUUUCCCAUAAUUUUUGGAAGAUUUCAUUAACUGCAACCCUAUGCCCCAUCCCUUCGAAGUCGGUCAGUGGCACUGACUCCGGAUUGCACCUCUGCUUCCAGGCGCACGUCUCUUGGAGUCCGUUUCUCUUGGUUGGAAAUCAAUGGGCAAUUGUUCUAGCUUCGGGCCGGGGUGUAAACAGGAGUGUUAUAAUUCACUCGGAAAGGCUGGGAGGGACCUGGCGAAAUCCGGAUGCGUCUCUUUAAGCAAGGGGGGGCGGUCACACACAAACAAGGCUUGUCUGAGGGCAGCUCAGCGCUAACAAGAGCGCGCGGCCAGGCUGCCCAGCGGGAGGGCCGGAUCCGGUUCAACAGCGAGGGGCUGGCGGAGCUGCAGGAUGGAGAGCCAAGCCAGGCCAGGCCAAGCUGCCGCCCGCCUGCUGCGGGCUCAGGAGAGCGUCUCCUCCGGACCAGCAGUGUGGCCCGCGCCGCUGGUUUCAAGGCCCGCAGUAUAUGACACAGCCGGUUUAAUGAGGGCAGUAGCCUUGCUGCUCAACAGGGACUAGCAGCGCGAUCCUAACGGUUGAAUCGUGCGAUGGGGCUUCCUUCCAAGCAAGCCCAGCAAAUCUCACUGAAAUUCAACGCAAGGAGACUUGGCUUCUUGAGCUGCAAAACGGCGACCCGAUUCAGGUUUGGAAGCAAACUCGGAUGAACACACAGCUUAGUGUGUGUGUGUGUUGGAGGGGUGUUUUUGGCAGGAAUGUUUUGGGAAGGAUAUAGCCCACCUAGGCCUAGGACCGUUUUUCAAGCGCCCCUCCCGCUGCUUUGAAUUGUAUCCCAAUGCUCUGGAAGAGGAGGCACUUUCUCUGCCAGCGUCCCAUGCGAAAGUGAGAGAGCUAAGGCUGCCCUUCCUCUACUAGCAAGGAGUUAUUGGGGCGAGGGGGGUGAUAGCUGAAUUUGCACUCUCCCAGCCCUCUUCUAGGCUCUCCUUUGCACUCAAGCCGAGGCCUUUGAGGGCGUAUUUACACGUGCGCAACUCGAGGGGCGAUUAUUUUGCACGUGUGAAUGGUCCCCUAGCAGACCAAGCGCUGCCACCCGCGCUUUCUUUCACACUCACCCAAUUGAUGCACGUUCUGAAAUCUAGAGCAGGACUUUUAUAUGACCCGAUGUUUGUUCGUUUCGCGCCGCAACAUUUCACACACACACGCUCAGUGCUACACGCGGGCAUCACGUGCGUCACUUUGAUUUCUCCACCCCAGCAGCUAAACGCCUGAAGCGACGCCCUCGAAAACCACAACAAUCGGGGAGGACAUGAAAGCUCUUGCUGAGCUUCCCACAUUGGGGGGGGGGGGUUCCACCAUUCACACGUGAAAGUCAUUUUCAGCGGAGCAGUUGAACCCCAGUGUGUAAGCAGUUGAGCCAGCGCAGACUGAUAAACCCGUAUCUGUGCGAAGGCGACCCAAGUGGAAAUCAUGCACGUGUGAAGUGCUCCUCGGCUCCUGGUUGAUUUCUCCCAGGAAAAUCCAAUUGAGCCAGGAUUGUGGAGGCACCUUUUCUGGUCGGGAGGAGUGGGGGGCGGCCUUUUGCAGUCCCAGAGGGCCACGUGGCGCUCCCCAAACGGGGUCCCUUCUUCCCCCCUCCCUGGGGUGCUUUACCUGUAAUAAUCCUCCUUGCAGUAAAUGCUGCCGUCCUUGGCGAAGCAGGUGAGCUCGGACUCCAGCGCCAGUUUACAUUCACAGCACUUAAGACACCGCAGGUGCCACUGCUUGUCCACCGCCAGCAGGUAGUAUCUGUCGGAGAUCUUCCCUCCGCAGCCGGCGCACAAGGCAGGCUUCUCCGGGCUCAGCGGGGGCAUAUUCUGCGGAAGGAGAGCCACACUCAACAACAACUCCGGGAGGGAUGGGAACAAAGCGGGGCUGCGGGAUCAGACCCACCCAGGAUCUCCACAAACCCCCAUUAAGGCCAUACGCAGUGGGUCUCAAGGGGGGCAACCCCUAAAUAACUUUUGCCAGGAGAAUCUGCAGGGGUUUCGCCGUCUCCAGCACCCAAAGCCUCCCUAUAGCUUAGCCAUGGCCUCAUUUCCGACUACAAGGCGGUUUGAGUGGGUUUUGCGUCGCGUUUUUCCAGGCUUUCUGCGCUUUCCAAGGACCCAGACUUGGGACUUUCAGCCGGACGGCCUUAGAAAUGCGAAGAAGCCGCUCUUUUACCGCGGAAGAUCUGGACUUAGGGAGCGGAUUGCAAUGCAAGGUUUUACUUCUGAGAUUUUCUGUGCUCCAAAGAUACCGAGUUUAACUCCCCCCUCCCUGUUGUAGUGCCCACCGCCAGGAUCUUUUUAUUUCCCUCAUUUUUAUUUUUAUUUUAUUUUAUUUUUAUUUUUUUGCCUCCUACAAAGAAGCUUCUUCCCAAGCAAGACCUGAAGGCGGCAAACCGAAAGCAGCUCCGUUCUCUUGCAAAUAAUCAGAGGCGAAGCCUUAAAAAAUACUUGGUCUGUAAGACUUCAUUACCAGAAAAAGGGGGGGGGAGCUGAAGGGCGGCUUCCCCGAGGAAGUCUGGCUCCAGUUUAAAAGUAGGAUUUUAAAAGCUCCAUCCAAACCAUGUUUACUGGAAAGAAAAUCCCUUUUAUCACACCGGGCCUAACAUCUCUGAGUUGGACCGGAUUGCAGAAGUUUGGAAAGAAAGAUCAAAUUCUUCAGAGUGGUGGAAAUGCCAAAUAAAGACGAAAUGCCCUGCUAAAACGUCGUUUCCCACCCAUCUCCCACUUCUAUAUAAUAUAUAUAAAAAUAUAUUAUAUAAUCGCCUGGAUUUUUGCAUCCAAAAUGCGAUCAGUCAGGAAGGCGGGAGAAGCUCUCCCAAGCCGACGACAUCUUAUGAAAAUCUGAAUGGAUGCAGGGGGUUUGUGUGUUGCUUUUGUUUUCUCCAAAAGUUUAUCUUUUGAAAGAAAGAAAAAAAGAAAAUCAGAGGAGUGCAGAGAAAGGAUUCUUCGGGAGACGCCACUAAGCCUCCGGCUGAUUAAAAAUACGAAUACCGUUGAAUCCCAAAAAGAGAAGAAGGGGAAAUCAUCUGCCUACCCCACCCCCCAAAAAGCCCUGGGAGGAGGGAAGCGCUUGAAAUGCCAAGCAGAGCCUCCCCCCCACCCCAGCCUGCUCCAAUUCCUUAAUGAACUUGGUGGGGGAUGGGGAGAGGACCCAGAAGCCAGUUCAAAGAGGCGAGGCUGAGUUUUCUGCAGGCCUUUCCUUCGGUUCAUUGUGGGUGCUCAACGGAAGCUCUGAGAUUUAGGAGCAAAAGGAAACUUCCUUCAUCUCUCUCACACACAGAGAGUUCUCGGGGAAUUAAACCAUCUGAAAGGAAGCGGCUUAGCCUGCGUGCAGCUCUGGAUUUACUUCAUGCUCCUCAAUGCAAUUCCGGUGAAAAUUAUGAGACAUUUUUACUACCAUUUCCGGAAGCUGGGGGGGGGGGCGGCGGCGGAGAGAACCAGCCCUUUCUCUAAACUUAAUAUCACUACCAAUUUCUGUUCUGUUUGGGUGUGGUACUCCCCACCUCCCCGCCCGAGCUGCGCCGUUAGGGAUGAAAAGCGAAAGUAAUCUAUAUAUUAGCCGAAAAGAAUUCCUUUCCAGCAUUCGAAGUGUUUAGAAAGAGAAUAUUUCGUUUUAAGUCGGGUCUCUUCACCCUCUCCACAAACACUGUGUGUUGAUAGUUAUGUUGGACUUUAAAUGGGCCUUUGCAGUUUGUUCGGGAGGAAAUCUUGUCCGAAUCUUUUUUGGGGAAAAAGUCAAAGGAAAUGCGUUUAUACUAGUACUAAGAUGUUGGUUAUGCGGAUGGGAGUUAAACUCCGCCAAGGUGUAGAAAUUACGGCAGCGCGCAAAUUACUGCCUCCGCUUCUUGCUAGACACGGCGAUAUUAAACAUUACUUCCAGCCCUGUUGCAAUCAGAUUUAAUCCAUAACAUAACAAAAGGCAAAUGCCCCUGGACUUGCUUCGGAAUAAAUGCGUUUUAUUAGGACCCGGCUGCUAAGCGUAUACUGGACUGUAUAUAUAAGUGCAUGCAUGCAUGCGUGUGAUAAAUAUAUGGUUUUAACCGCAACCUGCAAUGAUCCAUAACAAAUUUGUUCGACCCCCGAGAUUCUUUACUUGGAAGUAAGUCCCACUCAACUCUAGGGGAGCGUCUUCUCCAGUAAAUUUCUAUAUUUUUACUUAAUUCAGACGGGCUAGACUUUUUGAUUGGAUCCCGCUUUCGUUUUUAUUUGCAUCACUUUUUUUUUUUAAAAAACGAAACAAAAACAAACAAACAAAACCACGACGAACAGGACUGAACUCUUCCUUGACCUUACUUGGAAUGAAAACUCAAGCUGAUUUCACAAUAUUCGUAGGCUUUUGCUGCAAUAUAUAGAUGGUGAAAUGUGGCUAUUCAAACCGCCGAAUAAAAAUCCUCCCGAAUUUCAAAGUGGAGAAAUGCUCUUUUUAAAACGGCAACUUUCUCAGAGUUCAGGGAAGCCCGCGAUCUGGGCAAGCUCGGCUUGGAUGUAAACAAGCAGAAAGCUGACUUUGAGAGGAGAAACUGUCGGGAAUGGGAACAUGAGGCUCCGAUGCCUCUGCAAUAUUUGGGUUGAUUGAUUCUUCUAGCUACACUUUAAUUUUUCCUCCCGCUCUGCCUCUUCCAUUCUCUUCCCGUCCCUCAGGCUGGCGACCCGCGUCUUCCCCCGACACCCCCUAUGCCCCGCGCCUAUGACUCCUUACCGCUUCCCGGCCGUUCAUCUGCGCGCCUUUGGCCAGGCGUGACUCGGUCUUGGACCUCCUCUCCAUCUCCUCCAUGAUGCCUUGGAUGUGGCCUCCGGAGAUGCCGUGGAAAAGCAUGGCUGGGGAGCGGAAGGGGCAAGCGGUUCCUUCGGCUCGACACCCCACUAUUUCCAUAUACAGGCCCCAGAGUCUUGGGCUAGAGCAUCCGAAGCGCCGGGAGGCGGAGGCGGCGGCGGCGGCAGAAGAGGCGAGACAGCCCGCGGAGAAGCAGCGUCGCGGCUCCGGGCCCGGAAGGCAGGCGAGGUGGGACGGACGGACGGACGGCGAGCAGCAGGAGGAGGAGGAGGAGGAGGAGGGUCUCUUGCGGGGCUGCCCCCCGCCUCGUGGCGCAAGGAGAAGGCGCCUUCCUGGGCGGGCAAGGAGGGAAACGACGCCGGACCCCCAAAAAAGGGAGGAAGGAGAGAAAAAAGUGUGAAGAAGAAGAAAUAAAAGGGGGAAAGGAGGGAUUGGGCAGAGCAGAGACGAAGCAAAAACCCACGAAGCGGAGACUUGUCUUGCAGCUUCCUGAACUAGAAAAACGGGAGUUUUUUGUUUUUUUUGUAGGAGGGGGACGUGAGCAAAAGCUAUUAUGGCCCCCAAAAGGGGAGAUUAAUAUACUUAUAAAAAUCAAAUAAAUACACAAAUUAAAACCAAAGAAGGGUUUGUAAGGGGGGUGCAGGGGAAGGGGGGGUCGGUUAUUUCUCCAAGCAGCGAUCCCUGGUUGCUUGAAAAGUUCCCACUUGCCUCUAGGUCGGAUUUGGGACUGCUGCUCUCUGCGGCUCCGUCCAAUUUGUUGGAGGCGAAAGCCAACCCAUUUUGGAUAAUUCAGGAGGAGGAGUUCUCGCCCGCGAGCUGCCACCAGCUCCCCCCCCCAACUCUCCCUCCCUCCCCGCAAACUCCCUUCUUAUACAGACAACAAAGAGCUGUCAAACUCCUCUCAGCCCCCACAGAGAUGGGGAAGAGCGGUGACAAAUAUUCCUAGGGAGGGGGAGAGCCAGACCCCCCCUGCAACCACGAGGAGGGAGGGGGCCUUUUUUUUUAGGGGGCUGGCUUGUGUGGGCCCAGAUUGUAUUCCUGAUCCUCCCACCCUCACCCCCACCCCCUCCUCCCCCAGUCCAUCUCCCUUCCUCAAAUCCCCAUCCGGCGUUCAGUACUCAAGUUCAAAACGUAUUUUAACAAUGGGAAAGUGUGUGUGUGUGUAAGUGAGAGAGAAAUAAGGCGGAUUUCUUUGAAUGAAUCUGGGCUUUGGAGGGACUUCGCUGGAAAGAAAGAAAGAGGCACCAUCUUCUCCACCUUAAGCAAAUCCCCAAGUCCCACCUUGAGCUGAGCAAGCCGGGGAAGCACGUGGCUGCCAUCCUGCGCGCGCCUUCUUGGGAGGGAGGGAGGAUUUUAAGAUCAAUUCACUGACCGACUUCCUGGCCAAGGUCCACAGGAUCGCACUGCGCACAUUUUGACGCGGUUAGCAAUCUCCCAGAUGCUUCCGUUGAGCGGGAUCGCGCCCCCAAGAGUGGCAAGCCGGUUACUCCGGAGGGAGCCCCUGAUCGCUUCCAUGGCCCCCAAUUCCACGCGAAAGAACCGAGGGAGCAGAUUUAAGAAAUCUCGCAGGUUGGGGAUCGGGAAGCGGGACUUUGCGCGUACUGGGAGAUGCCUUUUCUGGAGGAGCCCUUUUCAUCUCUCGUAGGCAGACCCGAAAGAAGAAACUUCUCUGUUUCUUACCGUUUUAGUGUUUAAAAGUAUGGGUUUGAUCUAAUUCCAGACCUCCUAAGAUAAAAAAGGCAGGGGACGCGUGGUAUAAUGUUAGAGUAAGGGGACAACUGAACCUAGAAAGACAUUAACCUCAGUUUGAGAACAUAUUUGAAGUAAGGAAUAGCAGGUUUAGGGAACUCCCUAAUGGGGUGGGGUUUAGUAGUUGAGGAUUCAACUCUUUAAUGGCUUUCAGCCAUUAUCAUGUGAUCGAGAAAACCCCUUUCGUUGGAUCAGCGGAGUUGCUCAGCUGUGGGACGCAAGCUUCCAGUCCCACAGCGCUCUUCUCCAGGCAGAAAGGAAAGCGCACCUGGGAAGCCAGCUGUUUCCGCCCUCCGGACACAGCUUGGUCCAUGGCAGGUGCUGGACCUUUCCACCUUGGGAGAAUCCUAUAGGUUUGGGGCCAGCACAGGAAUCCUCAUCUCCUCUUUCUCUCUCCUCUCUUUGGUUUCCCUUUUUCGCCUCCCUGUUGACUUUUCACACCGCUGCCCCGACCGGCUGUUUCCUGACCUCCCCUGAAGCAAGUCUCCCUUCAGAAAUACCCGCCGCAGAGUCUAGUGUGACUCCUGAAAUGGCAUCACUAGCCUCCACUGCCUUCCCCCCAAACACUUCCCUUCCAAGCCACGGACCUUACAGGGCUGGAAGAGAUAACCUUCCUUCCCCGUACUGUUUGUUAGUGGUUCUUUAGUCGUGGGGCGCGAGGGUGGGAUGGAAAAGGGCGCCCUUUGCGUCUGGAUAGGUCUCUCCCUCUGCAUCAGCCGGUCGAAAGGCAUAAAGCAACUCAGAAAACACAUUCGAACCGAGAAGAGAAAGCCAAUCAAGUGAAAUAAGCUUGGAUUAUAAUUUUUUGAAACACACACACACAAAGAAUUCCUCUCUUUCUGUUGGCACGCCACAGCCCAGAACAGCAGGGCUGUCUAUUUACUGUAAGUAAUGCAAUUAGGAGAGAAAUCUCCCAUUGAAAGGGGAAUCUAAGACGCAGAAACCGGUGGAGGAACAGAGAGAGAGAGAAAGAGAGAGAGAAAGGACAGACCUAGGACUUUUCACGGAUCAAGCUUGUUUGUGGCAGGACCUACACACACACACACACACACACACAGAGAGGGGGGGGAGAGAAUGAGAUUGGAUGGCCGGAAAAGGUUGCAGUGGAAAGACUUUCCUUGGGCGCAAUGCCGCCCCUCUGGAAUCCUAGAGGAGAAUUGCGAUGGCUUUGAAUGGAGCAGAACCUGCAGCCCUAUGAGCUCGUUCCGGUGAAUCCCUCGGAAAUCCCACUGUGGGUCAAGCCUCUCCGGACCCAAGUAUAAGUGUGGCUGCGGCCUCCGCUCUCAGCGGUAGUCAGGCACGUCUCUUGAGAAACAUGUCCACUUGAACGCCAUGAACAGGCUCUUCCGUGGGCGUAGGAUUGCAGCCUAAGCGCGCAACCUCAAGCGCGUUUUCUGAAAAAGCCCCACUGCAUUAGAUGGGGCUGGCUCCCCGGGAAGCGCGUACAGGAUGGCAGCCUACGACUGGAGCUGUGUUCUGAGCAGACACGGAUAGGGUUAAGCUGAUCUACAGGAAUGUGAGGCUAGGAGUGAAAAAGAGGGGCAGUUUAGGAUUUGCUCGUUGACUGGACGGAUCAGAUUUUGUUGGCAGGAAAAGUGCGGAUCGCUCUGUCGUUUGGAUGUUACCUGAACCGCCAGGUCUAAAACCGUUUAGUAGGUGAUAAAAACCGCACUUGUUCUCGUUGUUUUAAACACCUUUACAGAUCCAGGGUCAAAAGAGGGUAUGUGGAUAUUUAAGAGGUCGGAGCUGUGGAGUCAAAAGGAGCUUCGUUCUAAAGCUCCAUAAGGUUUUACUGUCAAGCGCCUUUGGCACUCCAGCUGAAAGGCGAUAUGCACUAAAAACAACAGCAACCGUGAAAUUCAUUUCCAUUUGAUGUAAUGGAAGGGCGGGUUAAUACUGGCAACUGACAAGCAAGAAGGCAAGUUUGACUCUCACUAGGAGAGCCACUUUCACAGAGUCAGGACAGGAUACCGAAUGAUUCAGUCACAUGAUGCCCAUUGGUGGGAUAAAUGGUUUUUACAUAUACUGUAUAUAUUAUCUUCACAUUUAUUUGUUUGUUUGUUUGUUAUUAUUUGCUAAAAUUAAAGCCAGCUAGGGGCAACAGCAAAAUGGAACAGGCCCCCGUCUCUCUCGCGCUUCUUGAACGCGAAGAGGCACUUGGCCGAGCGCAGUUGGAGACAGAAUGCUGGGCUCCAAUAACGGGCCGGGACCUAAAGCCAUGUUCCUCACUGGGGCGCUGGGCUAGGCCUCGUCCUCGCCGCCCUCUUCAGCGACCCUCCUCUAGUGACACGAACCAUACUUUGCAUUCUCUCCAGAGAGAGAGAGACUCCUAGGCUGCUUCUGCGCAUAAGGGUCGGCGACUCGAAGUUCUGCUGCGCUCGAAGUCAGGGCGCCGAGGGCUCUACCAGGUCCAGCUUGCGGGCUUCCCAGAGUCAUCUAGAUUGCCAUUGUGAGAGCAGGCUGCUGGCUUUGGGUGGUCGCUGGCGCGAUGUCCAGGAGGACUCUUCUUAGGUCUCCAAGCACACUUACAGGGUUGCCGUUAAGUGAACAUGUUUAGGGUGCAACACUAAGGUUGCAGACCGGGACGGGUACCUACAGUUUAAACCAUAAACGCGCAGUAGAUCUCCUGGUUCCCAAAUGAUGACGGUCUAACUAUACUGCCUGUCUGCCUAUCUUUGCUUUCGCCUUUAUAUCUUUCUGUCUUGGAACUGGAGGUUCCGAUGGAAAAAGUGAUCUCUAGAAAGGUGAUUUCUCCAGGUGAGCGCUCUGGAAAGGAUUUGAAGGCUCCCUCUUCUCUUCUGGAAGCGGGUCAGAAGAACCCCAGAAAAAACCAUUUCCGGGCUGAAGCUCUUUUGCUUCCUGGGUCUGGAAUCAAAAGCGAGAGCACUUGGGAAGUUGCUUGCUUCCCUUCCCUUCCCCCUCCAGACUCCUUUGCUUGUUCUUGAAGGUAAAGCCGGAACGGCGGCAGGAGCAGAACGAAAAACGCUGGGUCCUUCCGAGACGCUGCAGCCGCUAGGUGCUUCCAAUCUUAAGGCGCAAAACUGAAAACUGAAAACUGAAAAGCCCAGGGAGAGUUCUCCCCUUGAAACCAAUGAGGAUCUUGACAGAGCUUCACUUUGGCUGGAUCGUGUCCUAAAUUUAGACGGGAGGGGAAGCGAAAUAAUAACGUAACCAAAACCCCGCCUCCUUUUCUCUAGAGUUGGGCACGCACACUUCAUUCAUGAAAAGCAACCCUAAAGUUGCUCUGGGUCAAGUUUUGAUAGUUUUGAGACGACUCCCUUCGGUGCCUGAUCCUUCACACAAAACCUACCUCGCGGUGUUGUUGCAAGGGGGUGGGGGGAAUAAACACCUACAGAAAUGACAACAACGUGUUUUCUUUUCCUGCAAUAACUCAGCCAAGGAGACCUGAGUGUCCCCACCUUAUCUAAACACACUCAUCCAAAACCCACCGUCCUCGGAAGCACCCCCAAACACUGCUGCUGCUCUUGCGCAACCCGAUCCCAUGCUUCUCUGCCCAAAAACGAACCCCACACCGACUUUAAUGGGGGUUUCCUCACAGGUCAAGGGCGAAAAGGAUUCUCGCCAUAAGGCGUGUUGUGUUGGACAGCAGCACCUCCCGGGUCUUCCCCCGGAGAAAGGAUGUUGAGGAGUUUCCUGCGAAGAGCCGGCGAGUUUCCGAAGGCCUUUCUUUCAGCAGUCAAGGUGAAUCUUCUUCAAUUUCUUUUUACCAGAUCUCCCUUUUUUUCCCUCGAGAAGCUGGAAAGGGCUGCCGCUUGCAGGAAGGCUGGAGGGGGCGAAGGAGGCGUCUCGGAGGAAGAGCUGGCAAAAUACCCCCCGGGUAUGUGAGCAAUUGGGGGCAGGAGGAGACAAGUUGCUGGUGGGAGAGACGGAGAGAUACAACCGCGCUCGGGAAAUCCUAGAGGACGCGCAAGGUGAAAGCCAGCGGCUAAAGGAGGGUUGCCUGUUUGUUGGCAUAUACUUUGGGUUUGGAAGAGAAGGCCCUUCCCUGUUUGGACCUGCAGGGAAACAGAGCUUGUAGACGCCCCAAAUUAGGAAAAACAUUUUUUGGGGGGUGUCAAGCAUUGUGGAGCCACUGGGCGCAGAAGCUCCCGGACGCUCUGUAUAAACGCGGAUUUAUUUAUUAUCAUAAUUAUUGCCACCAUCAUAAUGAAUAACAAAUAGAGUGGAUUCCUAUCGUUGUUGCAUUUGUUAUCAUAAUUAUCGUUUCGUAUAGAUGAAGCGCCAAAGGGGAGCGAACCAAGCCUGUUCUUACAACAGAAUCUGAAUAUAACAGAUAAUCGGCGCUCCUUGUCGGAGCGUUAAAUGGUAGAUAGUGACAAGCGUCGUUUUCACACGGCCACCAUGCUUGUCCAUUGUCGUAGGAGGAGAAGGGUUUUUUUGGGGGGAGGGAGCGGAAUACGGGGGUGUAGUGAAACACAAAGCUCCAGAUUUUGCACUCCGCGCUUCAAGGCGCGUGGAGGAUGGAUGGGGGCGAUUUGUUCGGCUCGGGCUAAUCCCCCGGUAAACGGCUCCCCCAGCCUCUGCAACAAAACCGUUGGCGGCGAGCCUGCGAAGCAGCCGGGCUUUGGCACAGGCGAGGAACAUGCUCCGGCGAGAGGGUUUAAAGAAAUAAAAUAGAAAUCCAAGCGAUUAUCAAGAGAAGAGAGGAGAUGGGGAGGGGAGCCACUGGAACCCUCCGUCCGGCCCCUGUUCCGCCACAGGCGAGGGUCUAAAGCCUAUUACAGCGUGAAGGGGGCUUGUCUUUGGCUCUAGGACAAAGUAUCCACGUGCGGAUUAAUAACUGACCAACAAAUAAUUAGACAGAGGAAGGAUAAGGAAACCCGAAAGCGGAGGCGGCUAAUCAUUUUGCUCUACGCACUGGCUCCCUCUGAACAGAAAGUGGCCGGGCUUCGUUUUAAUAGAGCAGUGGGGACCUGAAAGUGUGUGUGUGUGUGUGUGUGUGUGUGUGAGAGAGAGAGAGAGAGAGAGAGAGAGAGAGAGAGAGAGAGAGAGAGAGAGAGAGAGAGAGAGAGAGAAACUCAGAAGGGUGACUGAUUCUAUCCACAUCAUUGCGUAAAGGGACAAGGCGAGUCACUCUUCAUCGUGUGAGUGACUGUGGACCAAAAGUCACCAACAGAUUCCUCCUUUCAGGGGAAUCUUGGAUCUCAGACGUCCCCCAGCCUUUCAAAAGACACCGCUUCCUGGUCUUCUCCUCUGCCAGAGGGAGCUAACGAUAGAUCUAGCUAUGCUUGGAACGUUAUAAUCCCUGUUCGGGGCCUCCAGAGCUGGCUGGCGAUGAAACAUAACUGUCUCCAGGUUGGCUCCAGAGUGUGAUGAUGGCAUCGAGAAAGCAAAAGGUCCCAGGGUGUCUUCAGUGGGGCUUACUCUCAUCUGAGUUGGCAAAGGAUUGCACUCUUAAUCAUAGAUGUAUAGGCUGAAGGGACCAAUAAUAUUAUGGUUAAGGGUGCAAGCCUAGGCACACUUCCAUGGGAGUGAGCUCCACUGAAGAUGCAUCUUACAGGCACCUAGUGAGCACAAGGCUGCCAAAAGUUCAGGGCUUCCUUGGAUUCAACGAAGCACGUGCUCAGAUCCUUUCCUUGACAUCAGUGGGACUUGCUUAAGCGAGCCUCGUUCAAGCCCAUUGUAUUGAAGAGCGCGUUUUUCUAUAUUUUGGAAAAACAAAGGAAGCGCCCAGAAGGAGCAGAAUUGUUUUGGUAAUCGCCUCCUGAAUCUCACACGCACAUCAAGCGCCGGACCGGAAUCAAAAUGUCAAACGAGGCAAAAGUCCCUCCAAGAUAAGUCUCCCCUUUUUAUUAGUCUUUAUUGGGGACUCCGUUUCAGGGAUGUUGUUUUUUCAAUUUCAGGUUCCAGAGGUACCAAGCGUCAGCUCGCCUGCCUUCCCCUGUCUGUUUCCUCCGGCUGUCUCAAGAACCACUUUUUUGCUGUUAAAAAGGUUCCCUCAUCUUUUUUUUUUUUUUUAAACUAUUACUCAUUUGUGCCGGGACCACGGGCAAGAAGCAAAAGAAACCUUCCAAGGAUGCCCAUAUUCAGAUGAGAAAGAGAAAUAAAACUUUUCUCCUACCCGAUUAAACUGAAAGGGAAAAAAGGAUGAUUUGGAGCAAAGAAACGAGGAGCUUUUAAAGAAGCGGACAGAAAAGCCCCUGGCGCCGGAUUGCAGGUCUCCAGCCCCCAGCUAGAGAAAGCGAAGCGUAAAAAGGGGGGAGGCGGCGGUCGGGUCUCUAACGCGAAGGGGGUUUCAAGAGAAGGGCUUCUGGAGCUAAUAAUGGAAGCUCGCCUUGUAUACCUCGCCCGCCUGCGACUUAAGCCAGUUUGCCGGCGAGGCGAGGCGAACCGAGGUAGGGAAAAGGCGCACGGAGAGCGCGUAAAAAUUCACAUUGCCAAAGGAGGGCUGGUUUUAUUUCUGGCGAGCCCAGAUGCAAAACCCCCCGACUCAAAGAAACCCCUUCUUCCCUUGAAGCAGCCCUCAAACCUGCCAGCUUGACUUCUAAGCUCCACAACCGACCGGUUCCUGUCCAGAUAAGGCACCCGCACACCCACUCAAAACACGUCUCCAUGCCUCCAAUGGGAACACACCUGAGGAAAUGCAGGUUGCUGUUAUAAAAGUUACUGUUCUUAUUUUUAUCGCCAUCAUCAUCGUUAUUAGCAGCAACAACCCUGAGAUCCGUAGCAAACGUUCAAGGCAGCGUCUUACCUGAAGAGCUCUAGAAAGGGGUGUUUAUUUGGGGGCCCCCAAAGUGGUUCCUCCUUAAGGGGUAAGAAAGGGGGAUGGGUUUGGGGAUGGAGGAACGGAAGGGAGAGACGCGGUGAUGUAACCAAGAGGAGGAGGUUGGUCUUCUCGCAAAGGAUUCCUGCGUUAAUUAAAAUAAACAAGCUAAUUGGGGGGUGGGGGUGGGGAAUGAGAGUUCCGCUCUUUCUCUUUCCUUUCUCUCUCUUCCCGUCCCCUGCCCCCAAUCCCAAUCUCCACCGCACCUCUAUGGAGAACCGGCGCAAAUGUCUAACCUCUGGCAUCUUACCACAGCGCCUUGCUUUUGAGGGGUUCUAUAACCCCAUGUAGAAAUGCGGCUAGUAGUAAUACUAAUAGAUAGAAAUUCCCCUUCCCAGCAAAUGAAAAGCAAUCAUAAUAAAUUAAUUAAUAAUAAUAAUAAUGAACUCGGACCCUACCUGCCAGUAUUCGCAAAGCUGCGAGGUCUGCCUGCUUAGCACUCCAUCAGUGAUCAGGUGAGGGAGACCUUGCGGUAAAGAAAAACGAGGGAGCCAAGAGCGUGAUUGGAAACGAGGGAUGAAGGGAGCUGCCAAACGUCUCCUCCCCACCCCACCCCCACCCCCCGCUCCCCAAUAGACGCAUGAAGGAGGAGGGGAGACGCUGUUUGGCGCACAAUGCAACCUUCCUUCGCUUUGCCAGGAUUGAGGUCUAGGUGGAUAGAUUUACAAGAGCGCCUCAGCCUCGAUUCCUGCGCGCUCCUCUUCUGGUCUGAAAGUGCGCGCUCUGUGUGUUUGUGUAUAUUGAAAUACACAUAUAUAUAUAUAUAUAUAAAGGGGGGAAAAGACCACUGUUGCUAGCCUACGGGAUGUCUGAUGCCUUCCCAUUAAAGAUAACUCCUCUCUCUUCUCUAUCUCUCUUUCUCUCUCUCAAUCGUCAACUUGAUGUGAUCUGAUCUGAUCCGCGGAUGCGGAGAGAAGACCUGGCUUGGCCAGCUAAAAAGGAACUUGAAACACACAGGAUUAUUCUAAGGAAAGCAGGGAGGAUUGCAGAAGCACGGGCCCCAUCUUAACUCAAUUAAAUAAAGAAUCAGGUGCUUGUAGGGACGGGAUUCACUCUUGCUGCUCUUUCCUUCCUUCCUUUCUUAGUAUGACAGCAAUGCUCCUGAAAUUGCGAUCCACCGAGGCCAAAGAAACAGGGGAGACAAGGCGAGGGUUGGAAAUCACCUUGUAAAGACUUGGGGAGAAUCACUGCACAGACUUUAUUCCCAGAGUUGAAAAGGGCAAGGACGCAAUCGACGCGGGGGAAAGUCUCCUGCGCAAGCCCCCGCCCCUUCGCCCAGAAAGGAAUGAGGUUAGUGGUUUUGCUCGGCUGAUGGCGCCCAUUUCAACCGAGCUGCCUCCGCAGGUGAAGUUCCUAGUCGAUUGUCUAGCUAAGCACAUCUUCCUCUUGCACAGGAAUGUCAACUUGAGUAAAAUAUUUGAAUGGCAAUGCCCAUCAACUUGGGGGGGGGGAAUCAAAUAUUUUAUGGGGGGGGGGGGGGCGAAGGGACCUCGGCCCUUAGGAAUGAGCUCCUUUGCUCCUGCAGCUGGGUAUUUGCAGCCCAACUCUAUGAACGCCUUAUACUUGGAAUUUCGAUGCCAUUCAGUUAAAAACAGGAACUAGGAGUGGAAUAAAAAUUAAUCCCCAAAGUUACAUGUUUACGAUCAACCACCAAAAAAAUCGCGGUUUCUAUCCACAACAGGAGGGAGGCGGGAACUGAUCGCUGAUCAAUAAUGAGAAACCGCGGUCGCUCUUCUCUCGUCUGCUUUUAUCUCUUGUGCAACCUUUCUCAGUUCAGUUCCACCUCAUAAUUCUCUGUGAUCAGCUCCUUCAUCGACUGACGAUGAUGGGAUGAUCAACUUUGUUCAUAUCUGGGAGGAAUGGCUUUUAAACAACAACAACAACACAGAACGUGAAUAUAUUUAAUCAGAGUUGAGUGGGAAAGAAAUCUGUCUCACGCGAGUGGGCGAGACAGCGCAUAAACUUCUUCACAGCACGUAAACUUCUUGUUUAUUUUUCUCUUUUUCCAAAAAUAAAAAAAUAAAACAUCCUGUAUUUUAGACACUAAAUAAAUCGUGCCACCGAGCCACCGAACCACCGUCACUUUCCAGUUGUCAAAAAUACUGGGCAAGAUCUCGCCCUUCUAAGACUCAUCGAUUUCAGCGAGUGGCGUGUAUAUGUGUUUGUGAGAGAGGGGAAAGUCUUUGUGCCGAGGCACAGAAGAGAGUGGCAUAUGGCCACCUUUCCAAAGGGAAUGGGGGGUGGGAUGUGGCGAGACAAGCGUGGUCCCACUUUAGUUGGAGGAACUAAGUUGGUUUGGCUUUAAAAGCACCUCACAAAGUGUUUUCCCUACUGCUGGAAUAAGAGCUUCGAGUAGCCCCCGAGGUCUCCAUUUAUGCUCCAAAGACAAGUAGCAAACCUCCGAGCAGAGGUCUCCUCCGCCCUACUAAGCGCCGUCCUAUACGCCUCAGAGCAGCUAAAGAGUAGGGUACCCCCUCGGCUCCAUCUCUUUACGCACGAUAAAUUCGACGCAUUAGGCAGAACGAGGUGCUUGGAUUGUGGACUGUACCACUUCAGGUGUGUGCAUCCGGCGCGGUAUUGUGGACAUAGCCUCCGAUGUUUACACAACCCCCCUAAAAAAACAACUUCCUUAACCUCUUCUCCAUUGUGUACUAAUGUGCUCCGCGCAGAGUCCUUUGUAGGGGGGGUGGAUUUCUUCUCAAAUCCGAUUCCGCCCCCCUCACCAGCAAUCUGAAGUGGUCCUUCCCCAAAAGGAACCACCUUAAGUCUGCCACUUCAUCUUGCCUAAUAGCGUGGUGGAUGCAGUGUGUUACUCACGUGGUCUUUUAAAUAAUAAUAAUAAUAAUCUUCUGAGGUUUUUUUAGUAGUGGGGAGAAGCCUUGCAGUGGACCUGCCGGAGGUUAUAGCGCUUGGAGUCUCUCUCUCUCUCUCUAUCCCCCACCCCACCCUGCCUUCUGUUUGUGGGAUAACCAGAUGCUCCGGGUUUUCUUCUGGCGUCAGAGGUUCCUUAAAGUUAAAGCGGGGCGCGGAGGUAGAGAAUAAGAAGAACCGGGAGAGAAAGAGGGCAGAACCUUAUGGGCCGAAUCCUCAUUGCUCUGUUUUGUUUUCGAAGAGAGCAGGGAGGCUUUUCAGCAUGCAGAAAAAUACAAAAGGCAUCUACAUCUACAUCCUUCUCCAAAGCGCCUGACGUUAAAACAAAUCCUACACAAUCUAAAGGUUAACAAGAUAAGACCAGUUCUCGGAUUACUCGUUCUUACUUCUUGUAGUGCCCCCUUUCACCCCACCCCACCCUUCGCUACUGUUUGGGGAAAGGCAAUGAUUUGGCUAAAAUUGAAGACAGCCACGGAGGAGCGGGGCUUGUGGAUUUCAUUAGGGGCUCCUCGACCUUUCCCACUCGCCCUUCCCGCUACGCGCCCCCAAUAAUUGAAGCAUUGGGAAGAACAGCAAAACAAGCUAUUUAGAAGGGGGAGCGGGACAGCGGCACCAUCACGAGAUGUCCUGUCUCAGUUAAAAGCGGGACAGUCUCUACAAGCUGCGGAAUAGCCAACAUUCAAAUCUUGCUUUCAAAGAGGCUUCAACAGCCGUCUAAAAAAGGAAACGUGCGGAGUCUCUGCAGGAAGGGCGUUCCAAAAAUUGAGCGGCCGCGGCGCCACCACCAAAGAGGCGCAGUUUUGUGCCUCUCAGUCCUACUUAGCAUAGGAGCCAAUUUCAGGGAGCUGUGGGUGCUUGGGCAGCCACAAUAAUAUAAUUGUGGGGGCCAGGCACCCACAAAGUCAAUGACAAAAGCCAGCAGGGAGAGAAGCAGUUCAGCUCUGUCCUUCGCAGCCAGCGAGGGAGGCAUUUUUUUCUGGGUGGUGGGGCUGGGGAGGGGAAGCAGAGUCUCUGUGCCUCCAAGUCCGAGUCCCUCACCGCAUAGAAGGGUGCCUCGCUGGCUGUUGGCUGCAUGACAUCACACGCAUUAGGUGCAGAUGUGUCCGUGUGAUGUUGCACAUCCAUGUGCGGCAGCGGGCACCCACAAUCCUGAGGGCAAGAUGGCGCCCCUGCUACUUGGAGAUGCCGGGAAUUGAUCAUGGGACCCUCUUAAUGCGAAGCAGACGCUCUGCCACUGAGUUAGAGCCCUUCCCCGUUUGCAUUCUCCAGGCAAUGUGAGGGUUAGGGAGGGAGGGAGAAGGACUUCCGUACGCCGGCUCUCUCACUGUUCCAAACCCUUGCAAAUUGUUUCGUUCAUUUCACUCGCCCGGGGGCGCAGUCUAUGCAAAGCUACGACAGAGGCCGCAGCUGCCCACCUGCAAGGCAAGGAGGCGAGCAGGUGACCAGGGCAGCAGACGCUGAUCGAAGCGCUGCGUCUAGCUUCAAGCAGCUCUUUGAGGAAAGGCUGGCAGAUGGUUUUGCGCAAGGAGAAUAUAAUGGGAAACGAAGAGAGUUGCUCUCCCGACUGUGGACGGCGUCAGAAAUUGGGUGCCACGGGCUGCAAACCUGACGCCAUGCUAAAUCUGCUGAUGUUUAGGGUGUCUCGAGACUCAUUGCUGCGGCAGGUUGGAGGGGCUCCGUUUCUGGAAACGCCAUGCACACCGUUUCCUAGCAUCGAGUCCCACACGGGCAUCGGUGGAGCUUGCUUGCGCGGGACUGGGCAACCUUGCGCUCCUUCCCUAAAAGUUCCCUUUGAACUCAUUUUGACAUGAAGGGGAAAGGUGUGUGUAGCAGCCACCCAGCUACAAGACAGCUCCUUCUGUGCUCGCUUUACUAGGGAAGUGGGUCUUACUUUUGAGUAAACAGCAACAGGACUACGCUGCAUCCGUGCGAUGUGCAGAUCCAUGGGAGCGUCUGCCUCCUGCGGGGCUUACAGAAAAGGAACCUCGGAGCCAGAGAGAACACGGCCCUUCAAUGCACUAGAUGUGGCCCUCAACCUGCUUCCCAGGCUAAGCGCCCUUCUUAUGCCACGGACCCUGCUCUUGAUCCUCCUGGGGCGCUUCUGCCUGGCUCUAAAGUCUCCUUGAACUGUCAUCAUGCAUUUUGCAGGUGGUGGAGAAACGUUUUUCCGUGUGGACUGAGCUAACUCCGACUUCUGGCCGCUUGCAAUGGGGAAUGACCCCUUCCUUGCUCCGCCCACUUGUUGCUUCUGGCCCCACCCACCAUUGAUUGGCAUGUGGCCUCCCGAAAGCAAUGCGGCCCCCUGGGCUAAGAAAAACGCCCCCUCCCUGCUUUCUAAGCAAACCGUCUAAACCACAUAGCCAAAUUGAAGUGGGGUUUGCUCCGAAGUCAGUCUCACGGUAUCAAUUCCUAUGUGAAGAUGGCAGUCCAGGUCUGGCAGGAAACGGAACCCUUUGCGGUGAUCUGGAGGAGCUGAACUUGCUGGAUCCUUUGCUUGCGCAAAGCAAUUCUGAACCCUCCCUCCCCACAGAAACGUCUUUCCUUUGACCUAAAGGUGGAUAGAACUAUCAUCAAACUUACCGCAGUGCCCACACAACCAUGUGGCAAGAUCAGGAAAGGUGCAUUCACACAUGCACGGGAUGCUUGCAGCACCAGUCCGGAAAACUACAGAAAAGCUUCCUGAUUAUUACGCACAAUCUAAAAUGCGUCCUCUCCCACAGAGAGCGUUUACACCUUGUUUAGCGAACAGUCACCAAACGUUGAGACCUGUAUGUGUGGAUCGGGGCUCUUUAACGUCCUGCCAGACCGUAGGAAGAAUGGCUAAAACCAUUAGGUAUGGCGAAACCACCCAUUAACACAGUCAGGUCACUUUAACACUUCGGAGUUGCUUCUUGCAAUGAACCCGCGCUGCAUUUCCUUCUUUCAAAAUGACACCGAUUUCCAAGGCAGCCUUGGGCAAGCCACUUUUUUAUUGAAUUCUCCAUUUCCUAGAUGUCAGACGCCGCUCAUAGCGCCCUGGGAUUGCGGAGAGGCCGAGCAAGAUAAGUUGCUCUCCGUGGGAACAGAUGCAGCGAGCAAGGCUCCGAUCCGAAGCUCAUCUUUCCCCUUCAUCUGAAGGCAACCCAGUUCAGGGAAGUAUUUAGUGCGUGGUGUUGUAUUGUGCUUUUACUGUUUUUUGUUGGGAGCCGCCCAGAAUGGCUGGGGCAACCCAGUCAGAUGGACGGCAUCAUCAUCAACGUAGGAAGAAUUUAGCAAGGGCUGGGAUUUCCUAUUAAAGGCAGCUGAAGCCUGCUGCAAUCCUAUAUAGCACUUCCCUUACUUCAGAGUAGACACGCGUAAAAGGCUUUCGCUAUGUAUUUCUUCUUCUUUUCCUCGGUUUAAUUAAUUGCUCAGAAGGGAGAAAGGAAACGCAGCCUGCCGCCAAUGCCACCUGCUGCGGCCGGCCUCAGUAAUGGACUGCUCCUCCUUGUUUGUCCCUGGAAGCUGAGGAAGUGACCUCAGUAAGACUCGUGCAGGGGAUCCAUCCAAGGACGGGAGAUGUCCUGGGCUGGAAUCCGGGAGGGGGAGACGUUGCUGCUGUUAUACUAAGCUGGAUCGUGAGUAAGCAGUGCAUUUUAAGUAUCUAUUAACCCGUCGAAAAUCUUCACUGAAUGCAGUGACUUGCUUCUGGUGGGGUUGCUCAAAGAGAGCCAGUGUUGCCCAGUGGUUAGAGCGCUGGACUAGAGCGCGGAGUUCAAAUCCGCAAGUGGCCGUGAAGUUCAGGGGAUGAUCUUGAGCCAGCCACCAGCUCUUAGCCUGAUCUACCUAACCGAGUGAUGGCGAGGGUCAUGCGGAAGAGGAGCGGGAGCUAUGUAACCACCUUGAGCCCCCUGGAGGAAAGGGGCGGGAUGCAAUAAGAAGUAAAGUUUUCUCUGGAGAGAAAAGUGCUGAGGAUGACGCCUCCUUACCGAAGAGGUAACUUCCGCAGGCUGCAAUGGCGCGCGCUUCUCGGAUGCACCUCCAACCUGUUGUUGUUGUUUAGUCGUUUAGUCCUGUCUGACUCUUCGUGACCCCAUGGACCAGAGCACGCCAGGCACUCCUGUCUUCCACUGCCUCCCGCAGUUUGGUCAAACUCAUGCUGGUAGCUUCGAGAACACUGUCCAACCAUCUCGUCCUCUGUCGUCUCCUUCUCCUUGUGCCCUCAAUCUUUCUCAACAUCAGGGUCUUUUCCAGAGAGUUUUCUCUUCUCAUGAGGUGGCCAAAGUAUUGGAGCCUCAGCUUCAGGAUCUGUCCUUCCAGUGAGCACUCAGGGCUGAUUUCCUUCAGAAUGGAUAGGUUUGGUCUUCUUGCAGUCCAUGGGACUCUCAAGAGUCUCCUCCAGCACCAUAAUUCAAAAGCAUCAAUUCUUCGGCGAUCAGCCUUCUUUAUGGCCCAGCUCUCAUAAAGAAGGCUGAUCGCCGAAGAAUUGACUAAACGCGACUAAAAAAAUAAAUUUGAAAACCUCGGAAGCGCGCCCCCUGGCGUUCAGUUCCAAGGGGAACCGGGCAAGGUGUGUUACAGGCCCCAUGUAGUCCACCAUCUCGUUCUCCCAGUGGCCAGCCAAAGGUCGGUGGGAAACUUGCAAGCAGGACCUGAGCCCAACAGCACUCUUCCCCCCAGGCCACCUGUGAUUCCCAGCGACUGGUAUUCAUAGAAUCAUAGAGCUGGAAGGGCCCAGCCCCCUGCAAUGCAGGAAUCUUUUGCUCAACAUGGGGCUUGAACCCACAACCUUGAGAUUAAGAGUCCCAUGCUGUGGGGGACUCUCUGGUCCUGAAUGGGGUGACUGUGCCCCUGAAGGACCAGGUGUGCAGCCUGGGAGUCAUUUUGGACUCACAGCUGUCCAUGGAGGCGCAGGUUAAUUCUGUGCCCAGGGCGGCUGUCUACCAGCUCCACCUGGUACACAGGCUGAGACCCUAACUGCCCAUGGACUGUCUUGCCAGAGUGGUGCAUGCUCUGGUUAUCUCCCGCUUGGACUACUGCAAUGCACUCUACGUGGGGCUACCUUUGAAGGUGACUCGGAAACUGCAAUUAAUCCAGAAUGCGGCAGCUAGACUGGUGACUGGGAGCGGCCGCCGGGACCACAUAGCACCGGUUCUGAGAGAUCUGCAUUGGCUCCCAGUACGUUUCCGAGCACAAUUCAAAGUGUUGGUGCUGACCUUUAAAGCCCUAAACGGCCUCGGUCCAGUAUACCUGAAGGAGCAUCUCCACCCCCAUCGUUCAGCCCGGACACUGAGAUCCAGUGUCGAGGGCCUUCUGGCGGUUCCCUCAUUGCGAGAAGUGAGGUUACAGGGAACCAGACAGAGGGCCUUCUCAGUAGUGGCGCCCGCCCUGUGGAAUGCUCUCCCUUCAGAUGUGAAGGAAAUAAACAGCUAUCUUCUUUUUAAAAGACAUCUGAAGGCAGCCCUGUUUAGGGAAGUUUUUAAUAUUUAAUGCUGUAUUGUUUUUAACACUUGAUUGGAAGCCACCCAGAGUGGCUGGGGAAACUCAGCCAGAUGGGUGGGGUAUAAAUUAUUAUUAUUAUUAUUAUUAUUAUUGGAGAUUCUGAACCAGAGGUGGAGAAUCUGUGGCCCACCAGUUGUUCCCAUCAUCCCUGACAAUCUCUGACCAUUAGCCAAGCUGGCGGGGGCAGCUGGGAGUUGUAGUUCAUCAGAGACCCAGUGUGCUGCUGUGGGAAGAGUGCUGGACUAGGACCUGGGAAAUCAGGGAUCACAUCCCCUCUAGCCAGUGAAGCUCACUGGGCGGCCUUGGGCCUCCGAAGAGGCGGAUUUAUUUUCCCCAAAGCCUCCCUUUGCAUUUUCAACGGGAUACAUAUGCAGAGAGAUGGCAGAAUUCAGAGAUGGCAGAAUAGACUUAAUACAGUGGACGCUCGGGUUGCGAACGCAACCCGCAGUGUCCGCAACUCGCAGCGGCGUGUCUGCGCACACACAGGUUGCGAUUUAGCGCUUCUGCGCAUGCGCGACCGCCAAAACCCAGAAGUAACCCGGUUUCGGCGGUCUGUAACCCGAAAAAACACAACUUGAAGCGUCUGCAACCCGAGGUAUGACUGUAAUGGGAACAUCACGUUUUUGAAUGUUGCAGCAAGUUAACUAGUUCCUACUUGCAGGAAGGGAAGUAGAUAUACUCUGUAAUUGGGAAGGGCAUGUAAGCUGUAGGGAGGUUGUUGUGUAAGGGGGGGGGGGAGCAUGCAAGAGGGACACCGCUGCCCCCCUAUCCUGAAGUGGCACAGUCCAUUCUACCACUGCAGGAUUUCACCUGAUUGUGCUAUGUUUGUUAAUCAGGUUCAAACGAAUAAGCACAACAAAAGCUGAAAUGCAUCAAAGGUCACACAUCUCCCCCCCUCCCAGCCUCUUCCCUCUUGAGCUGUGGAGGCAAGAAGUCUGAUAUUGCAAAAUGUGCCCUGCUUUGUAUGGCAUGUGUGAGUUUGAUUGCAGCCAUAAUCAAUUCCAAAAUAAUUCAGGAAGAUAAGACAUUUUACAGGAAGGUGGAAGCAGUAACCACCCCUUCCAUUUUGGGUGCAACAGCAGCUCACAAUGAACUAUUGUCUCACUUUUCUUUGAAUAAGGAGGGAAGGUGUGUACAACCGUGGAGUUUAUUUCUAUUUUUAUGUGUGUUAGAAAUUAUAGAUCUCAACUUUUUUAAAAAAAUUAAUGAAUCCCGGUUUGUAUAUUCAUCAACCACUGUCUUUUCCAAGGUCUAUAAGAGAUACCGGCAAUUGGAUCCAUAAUUUAUUGAAGCCACAUUUCACAGUGGCAGCACUAAGGGGAAAAAAUCUGGGGGUACACAGAAAGGGCAAAAAGUGAUGUGUGUUGUAUUCUGCCCAGAGUGGCUGGGGCAACUCAGACAGAUGGGUGGGAUAUGAUGAUGAUGAUGAUGAUGUUAAGCUCUCUGAAACAACAAAAAAAGUAUUUGUUAAUGACCAAAGUCUAGCCUUAGGGACGCGGGUGGCGCUGUGGGUAAAACCUCAGCGCCUAGGACUUCAUAGAAUCAUAGAAUCAUAGAGUUGGAAGAGACCACAAGGGCCAUCGAGUCCAAUCCCCUGCCAAGCAGGAAACACUAUCAGAGCACUCCUGACAUAUGGUUGUCAAGCCUCUGCUUAAAGACCUCCAAAGAAGGAGACUCUACCACACUCCUUGGCAGCAAAUUCCACUGUCGAACAGCUCUUACUGUCAGGAAGUUCUUCCUAAUGUUUAGGUGGAAUCUUCUUUCUUGUAGUUUGGAUCCAUUGCUCCGUGUCCGCUUCUCUGGAGCAGCAGAAAACAACCUUUCUCCCUCCUCUAUGUGACAUCCUUUUCUAUAUUUGAACAUGGCUAUCAUAUCACCCCUUAACCUCCUCUUCUCCAGGAUAAACAUGCCCAGCUCCCUUAGCCGUUCCUCAUAAGGCAUCGUUUCCAGGCCUUUGACCAUUUUGGUUGCCCUCCUCUGGACACGUUCCAGUUUGUCAGUGUCUUUCUUGAAAUGUGGUGCCCAGAACUGGACACAGUACUCCAGGUGAGGUCUGACCAGAGCAGAAUACAGUGGCACUAUUACUUCCCUUGAUCUAGAUGCUAUACUCCUAUUGAUGCAGCCCAGAAUUGCAUUGGCUUUUUAGCUGCCGCGUCACACUGUUGGCUUAUGUCAAGUUUGUGGUCAACCAAGACUCCUAGAUCCUUUUCACAUAUACUGCUCUCAAGCCAGGUGUCACCCAUCUUGUAUUUGUGCCUCUCAUUUUUUUUGCCCAAGUGCAGUACUUUACAUUUCUCCCUGUUAAAAUUCAUCUUGUUUGUUUUUGCCCAGUUCUCUAAUCUGUCAAGGUCGUUUUGAAGUGUGAUCCUGUCCUCUGGGGUGUUAGCCACCCCUCCCAGUUUGGUGUCAUCUGCAAAUUUGAUCAGGAUGCCCUUGAGUCCAUCAUCCAAGUCGUUGAUAAAGAUGUUGAAUAAGACCGGGCCCAAGACAGAACCCUGUGGCACCCCACUAGUCACUCUUCUCCAGGAUGAAGAGGAACCAUUGAUGAGCACCCUUUGGGUUCGGUCAGUCAGCCAGUUACAAAUCCACUGAGUGGUAGCAUAGUCAAGACCGCAUUUUACCAGCUUCUUUACAAGAAUAUCAUGGGGCACCUUGUCAAAUGCCUUGCUGAAAUCAAGGUAGGCUACAUCCACUGCGUUCCCUUCAUCUACCAGGCUUGUAAUUCUGUCAAAAAAUGAGAUCAGGUUAGUCUGACAUGACUUAUUUUUCAGAAAUCCAUGCUGACUAUUGGUGAUCACAGCAUGCUCACUAGGGGCUCACAGACUGUUUGCUUAAUGAUCUGCUCCAGAAUCUUCCCUGGUAUUGAUGUCAGACUGACUGGGCGGUAAUUAUUUGGGUCCUCUCUUUUCCCCAUUUUGAAAAUAGGGACAACAUUUGCCCUCCUCCAGUCUGCCGGGACUUCGCCUGUUCUCCAGGAAUUCUCAAAGAUGACUGCCAGUGGUUCUGAGAUCACAUCUGCCAGUUCUUUUAAUACUCUUGGAUGCAGUUCAUCUGGACCUGGAGACUUGAAUACAUCUAAACUAGCCAAGUAUUCUUGUACUAUCUCCUUAGUUAUUCUGGGCUGUGUUUCCUCUGCUGAAUCAUUUGCUCCAAAUUCUUCAGGUCGGGCAUUAUUUUCUUUAUCGGAGAAGACUGAGGCAAAGAAGGCAUUGAGGAGUUCAGCCCUUUCUGUGUCCCCUGUUUGCAUUUCACCAUCUUCUCCUCUGAGUGACCCCACUGUUUCUUUGUUCUUCCUUUUGCUACUGAACAUACCCAUAAAAGCCUUUUUUGUUGCUUUUAACCUCUCUAGCAAGCCUGAGUUCAUUCUGUGCUUUAGCUUUUCUGACUUUGUGUCUACACGUGCUGGCUAUUUGUUUGAAUUCCUCUUUGGUGGUUUCCCCCCUUUUCCAUUUUCUUGCCGAUCGUAUGGUUGGUAGUUCGAAUCCCCGCGGCGGGGUGAGCUCCCGUCGUUCGGUCCCAGCUCCUGCCCACCUAGCAGUUCGAAAGCACCCUUAAGUGCAAGUAGAUAAAUAGGUACCGCUUUAUAGCGGGAAGGUAAACGGCGUUCCAUGUGCUGCUCUGGUGCCGGUUCGCCAGAGCAGCUUCGUCACGCUGGCCACGUGACCCAGAAGUGUCUGCGGACAGCGCUGGCUCCCGGCCUCUAGAGUGAGAUGAGCGCACAACCCUAGAGUCUGUCAAGACUGGCCCGUACGGGCAGGGGUACAUUUACCUUUACCUUUAAAGUCUAGCAAACUAAUAAUAAUAAUAGGUGGGUGGGAAUGAACUCCUAGUUUGUGGGGGAGGCACUUGCACCCUGCUCCUGCUCUGACACCACCCAUGUUGCAACAUACAUCCUGCUCAUGAAAAGAGUGAUUUGGAAGCCAGCCUUACUGACUUCCACGAAGCGUCCAAGCCACACAAGUGUGUGUUGAACAUUUCCAGCCAGGCAUCCCAAUCCUGAGGCAGUUGAGCUGAUUGACUGAAGCAUUAAGACAGGUCUCAACAGUGAAAUGGCUUGGGCUUAAAUCCAAGAAUGUCAGCUGAAGACUGGCUUGUGUGUGUGUUCAUCAGUGCAGCAUCAAAAGAGCAGGGAUGGGGAGUCUGUGGCCUAAAUCUGGCCAGCCGUGUCUCUCACUCUGCCCCCACCCUGCACGGGCCACACACUUUCUUCCUCUGCAUCGAUUCCACUUGCCCUCACCAACUGUUACAUGGCUUUUGUGGUAAUUGUGGCAGUCGCUGCCACUUGCAGGUGAGAGGAAGUGCCACUGCUGAGAGGGCAGGACCAAGCUGGCUAUGUAGGCAAAAGUCACUCUCUUCCUGCAGUACCAGUUCACCUGGCAUCCUGCCUGUGCACUGAGAAAGGGGAACCCUUUUCUCAACAUGCAGAGAGGAAACCUGCAGAGUCUUCCUGUUUUGCAAGCUUGCUGUGGUUCCUCUCAACAUAGCUGAGGAAGCAGGAAGGGGGGUCUUUUUCUUAGCAAAGCUUGCAAGUGGAGGUAAAUGCCAAACACACUCCUUUACAGUCUUCCUGUCCGUUUUGUACAUUAAGCCUUCUGUCUUUCCCUUGGUGCACAAAUUCGUUGACCCUAACAUGUGUGAGUUAAGGGACACGGGUGGCGCUGUGGGUUAAAUCACAGAGCCUAGGACUUGCUGAUCUGACGGUCGGCGGUUCGAAUCCCCGCGACGGGGUGAGCUCCCGUCACUCGGUCCCUGCUCCUGCCAACCUAGCAGUUCGAAAGCACCUCAAAGUGCAAGUAGAUAAAUAGGUACCGCUCUGGCGCAAAGGUAAACGGCAUUUCCGUGCGCUGCUCUGGUUCGCCAGAAGUGGCUUAGUCAUGCCGCCCACAUGACCCGGAAAAACUGUCUGCGGACAAACAUUGGCUCCCUCAGCCAGUAUAGCGAGAUGAGCGCCACAACCUCAGAGUCGUUCAUGACUGGACUUAACUGUCAGGGGUCCUUUACCUUUACCUUUAACGUGUGUGAAUGUCAUGUCCAGGAUGUGUCAGUAGGUUUAGCCUCUGCCUGCAGGUGGUAGGUGGCCCCAGGACCCAGGGAAUUUGCCCCUCAAGGAGCAAAAUAGUUCCCUGCCCAUGCAUGUGCAAAUGAGCAGGCAGUGAUCCAACUUGACAGGCAGAACUUUCCUAUCACUUCAGACAAGAUGCUUUUCAGUAGAAUUCAUACAUUCAGCGGCUAGGCAGGAAUGGGUGGGUCACCUAGACGUGCUCUCUCUUUCUCUCUUGGAAGAUGCAAGAUCUGCUGAUGACUUUCAUAUGGGAGUAGGCACCACCUCUUUCUCACCUUGAUGCCAAUUUUUCCCAACUGUGUCAUAUCCAGUUGCCGUUCAUCAAGUGUAGAAUAAUCUGGUGUAACAAAAUCAGGUGAUAUAUACAUGCAGGGGAGCUGGUCUAUUAGUGCAAGCGCAGUGUCUCACCAAGCUCUGCCUCCACCUGGUUCCUACUUUACUUACAACCAGUCUAUGGGGUGACACUGACUGUCAGCCCCUCCUUCUUAGUCUCAGUCUCCUCCUCUUAACACAGCAGGGAGAAGAAUGAGAACAAAACCAGAAUGACUCUGCCUAUCAUUGGCUCUGGCUCCCCCUGCUGUUGACCUCCCCCCUGCUUCUGCCCUACGAGUCCUAAUGGGCACCAGCUUCCACCGCUUACACGUCCAAACAAGCCUGCAGUUGCUUAAGAAUAUCUUGUUGAGCUUGCAGCCAAACAAACACACAUUUGCAGAGCAAAUAUAGCUAGAUCAUUCAGGACAAAGAUGCUAAUCCAAUGAUAGUGUUAUGGAUCAGUUUGGAGACUUUCUUUCAGCCUUGUGCUAGAAGAGAACCUGUCUUUUAAAGUCGCCUUUAAAUGUUUCUCGAAGAGUAGCUCAGCACCACCAAGCGAAACAAAGCUAACCUGAGCGUGGCUGGUUUCUCCUCUCCAGCCUGAUAACUCUGGAAGGCAAACCAACCAUCUCUUCCCAGCCAGCCACUUAUAACACCAGAGAAAGGGAAAGCCUUGUCAAUGGCUCAGCGCCACUGGAGCACACAUGGGGUUUUUAUUUUAUUGCAAUUGGAAAAUAUUCAGGAUGCAGAACAGCAGAGGUCAAAGGAACGGCAUUAUGCAAAAUAUGGAAGCUGUAGGGGGCAGAAAAGAAGGAAGAAAUGGGAGUGAUGGCUGACUCCCCCUCCCCUUCAUGGUAUGAUGCAAAAGGCUUCGAUCGUCAAGCGUAGAAAAAGGAAUUGAACCGCUUCUUUUUGGAAGGAUCUUUAACAUUCAUCUGACCAUAUGGACACUGGAGAAAGAGAGAGAGAGAUGGAAUAAGUCAUUCUUGAUGAGGCCUCAACAUUGCCCGUGCUUAAAGACAAAAUUAAUGAUGUCCUAUAAAUCAUUUGUGGCCUCGGGACUUGAAAAGAGAGCGAGCAAGAGGAAAGGAGGAGGAGGAAUUGAGCCAUGGACCCCCCUUUUCCUUGCCCUCUCCCCAAACAAAUGGUCCUAAUUAUUGUCCAAGAAACCUCCUUGCUAGAUAUGUCCCUACUCAUUAUACAGUAUCUGAGUCAACCGCUCCUCUCCCCACUCUGCAUGCAAUCCUGUAUGCUUACCAAAGUGGAGGAAAAGAAAUCUCAUUGAAGUCAAGAGAUCUCACUUCCUGAAACCUCACAUAAGAUGGGGAGACUAGAUUUCUCUAGUCACAAAACACAAAGUGAAAGCCAGAAUCUUUUGUAGCCAGAUCCUACUUGGAAUUUGGAAAUCAAUCCAACUGUGUUCAAUGAGGCUUACUCCCAGGGAAGCGUGCACAGGACUGCAGCAUUAAAACUCACAAUUCAAGAGUGUUUUGGAGAGCAAUGUGAAGAGAGUGACACAGGUCCCAUACACUAUAGAUGCAGCGAGGUAUUUAAUCACUUUCAGAUGACUGAAUAAGACUGGAAAAAGGCUGGAGGCUGGAGGUGUUUACUUUCUUCUGAACAGUUAAUAAUAAUAAUAAUAAUAAUAUUGUUAUACCUCACCCUUCUUUGUUGAGAGUCCAGGGUUGCUAACAAUAAAAUUACAGCACUAAAACAAAAUUAAAACCGCAAUACAAAAUAUAUAAACAAUCAAUGUUAAAUUAUGGUAGAUGCACUGAACUGUUUUUUUUUGGUCAAUGAUCUGUGUACUAUAAUUGCUCAGGCCAAUGUUGGUUACUUUGCAGUACUGAUCUAUGGUUGGACAGGAUGCCAGUUGCUUUUUAUUUCUCUGCAACCCACCAGGUGUAGAGUUGCAAUGCUUAGAGGGUUCAUCAGUCACAUUAAUUCAUUGCAACCCUUUUCAGGGAUUAAAAAGAUGCUUCUGGUGUAUUAUGCAGGAGCCUGAAUGGUGAAAGUUAAAAUAUUUUGUAGACAAGUGCUUAAACCUGGGGUGGGAAACCUGUGACUCUGCAGAUGUUGGACCCCAACCUCUAUCUAGCCAAUCGUCAGGAUACAAGUUGGCCAUCCCUGACUUAAACAAACCUCAGGUGGUCUGCAUCAUUGUAUAACAUAGCUUUCUCCUUUCCUCACACAGAAGAGAAUGCCUCUUCCACAAUGGGGCCUAUCACAACUCUUCCAUAUAUACUCUGCUGGAAGGCAGGCCUUUUUCUGCAGAAAUAUUGAUUUAUUAAUAUGUAAGCUGAACUGAUUAAUUAUUAGCAGUAACCUAUAGAACAGCCCAUCUGCCGUCUCUCAAAUUAUGGAAGGGGAAAAUUUGGAAUAAGAUGGUGAUGAAUAAAAUGGGAGGGAAGAAGUAACUCAGAAGACACAUUUCAAAGGAAUUGGACACUAUUUAUCCAAUAUUGGAACAGAUAUAGAACUGAGAAGCGAGCGUCAAUGGACAUUUUGACAAUGUGCUAAAAUUGAUUAGCUGACAUUGAAGCUGUAAGAUGCGAUUCCCCCCUCCUUUUCACUCAAUAUGGUCUUUUUCAAUAUGAUUUUUUUAAUAUGAAGAAAAUAAAUGUAUAUCAAAUAAUUUAUUUUAAAAUAAAUAACUCAUAUGGAGGUAAUUAAGAUUUCCUUAACGAGAUGACAGGCCAGUGUGGAUAAAUGAAUGGAUUUAGAUGUUUUAAUAUUUUUAAUGAUGUAUUUUAUUGUUUGAACUCUGUUCAAGAGGACUUGUGUUGACUGCGCAGGCAACAAAAAAAUAAUUUAUGAAAAACUGGUGUGCUGAGGACUGUGAAAUUUGGGUGCAGGGAAAGUGGAGCCAUUGACUUAUGACAUCCCAUAAGCUACUCCGUUGUUACCCCUCCUUUCCAGAACAACAUUUCUGGGUAAGAGUCUGGAAGCAGCUCUGACAUUUGCUAUAAUGAAAUUCACAUGGAAAAGUUAAAGCAGUAAUAAUCAGUUUGAGAAGGACCGUCGGGAUGAUAAAUGCCCUCUCUGAAAAUGUUUUACAUAUCCUAGUGCUGAAUGUUUUACUUGGGGUGGGGCCUAUUGAUUUUAGUGGGCAUUACACCCAAGUGGUGGGUUCAAGGUUGGGGGGGGCGGAUUCAGACCAAGUUAUUAUGAUCUGUUACUGUCAAAUGUGGAAGCAAUAAACUUGCUAGUGUGUUAAGGAUUUUUUUUAAAAAAAGAAGCCGAAAAGGGGAAUUGACGCUACUUAGUAAGGUAUUCAAGGCAGUUGCUGGCACUUAAACUGAUUAGAUCUCCUAUUUUAUUUCUCUUCUGUAAAAAAAACAUUUUUUAACAGCAACUCCAAAACCAAGGUCAUAAAGAUCAGAGGCUAUACAAAGAGCACGGCUACAUCUUAAAUCUACAGUAUGCCCGAUCGGUUCACCAUAGCUAUUUCUGUUCACCCAAGCACAUCUCUCCAGAAGCAUCUGUAGGAAUUUGGAGGUCGUCUUCAAGGUUAGCUGUGUUUGCAAACCUAAUCGCUGGCUGCCUAGAACGUGUUCAGGUUUGUUUCUUGACACCAGCAGAAACAGAUAAAACACCCUUCUUAGCCACACUGGUUUAUGAGGAAGUUAAAUCCACCGAAUUAACUGAGUGAACAUGUGCAGGAUCAUAUAUACAAACAAUGUGUACAUUUUUUGAGGGGACAAAAACAACUGCAACUUCCUUCUGUCCCUGGCAAUUCAACUGCCUUCCCCAGAGAGGCCUUCAUAUGUAUCCUUUUAAGGGAACAGGUGUGUCAUUUACCACUUAAAUUCAUUUUAAAACUGACUGAUUUGUUGAUGGAGCGCCUUCCUCAUGGGAGUCAACAAGGUUUAAUACUCACAUGUCUGCAGGAAGUACCACAGCAGUGUCCUCUCUGCAAAUGGGCCACUUUGGUGAACACUAGGUAGCCAGUGACUGGAUCUAUGUAGUUAUGCUUCCCAGCCUAUUUAAAACACAAAGAGAGAACAGCAGACCUUACUUCUUGUUCCCGUGAUUAAAGGCAAAGGAUAAAGGGACUCCUGACCAUUAGGUCCAGUCGUGGCCAACUCUGGGGUUGGGGCGCUCAUCUCGCUUUACUGGCCGAGGGAGCCGGAGUACAGCUUCCGGGUCAUGUGGCCAGCAUGACUAAGCCGCUUCUGGCAAACCAGAGCAGCGCACGGAAACGCCAUUUACCUUCCCGCUGGAGCGGUACCUAUUUAUCUACUUGCACUUUGACGUGCUUUCGAACUGCUAGGUUGGCAGGAGCAGGAACCAAGCAACGGGAGCUCACCCCGUCGUGGGGAUUCAAACCGCCAACCUUCUAAUCAGCAAGUCCUAGGCUCUGUGGUUUAACCCACAGCGCCACCCGCAUCCCUUGUUCCUGUGAUUACCACUUGACAAAUGCACACGGAACACCCAUUGUUAUUGGAGUAGGGGUCGUGGGGGAAGCCAAGCAAGCCAGCAGAACAAUGGGAUGCCGUCUUUAGUGCAGUCAGAUGUUUCUUUGUUUAUUUAUGACGCACUUCACCCUACCCAUUCUUCCAGCUUUAUUCUUUUUCUGAGUCUGCAUGGCCAGCCCAACAGCCAACUUUUAGGGCGCUUCCGGACUGUCACCAUUUCGCAGUGGGGUUCCAGUCACAUACAGGCAAAUGCAGGUUGUGCAAUUAUAGCUGAAUUGGGAGGUCUCGAGUUAACAAACUUGCUUCUGCCAAAAGUUCAGAUUUUUGUGUGAUAACGAGAGCGAUGGUGAAACGCACUGGCCUCUAUUCUCCCUGCAAACAAAUCAGGAUGAGUGCUCAAUAGGCAGGUUGUCUGGGAGAGCCCUAAAAAACAAUAGCAGGUACAGCCCAUGGCAUCACUCCAGAGACUCCCAGUAUAGUGAUGGAGAGGAGGAGGGAUGUGAGGAGCGGAAGAGGCAAGGGAACAUUGCAGGGUGUGCGUGAGCGAGUUUGUGUAGAGCCAGGGCAUCCCGCUUCACUUUUGGAAGAUGGCUUCGCACAUGUGUGUCAGACGGUUGGCAACAUUCAUCUGCCCUCCGCAAAAUUCUGAAAUCCCUUCGUUUCACUAUGAUUUGCAGACAGCAGUGUCUUAGUGUAAGAUGGGAUAGCAAAAAGGAAUCUCUCUUGGAGCAGCUAACCGUCUUGAGCCAGCCCAGCGCAUUUGCCUGCUUUUCAAAGCAUUUCAGAUUGGUAAAAGGAAAGCCAGCUAAUUUUUGUCCAAGUGACAGACGCCUUUCUAGCUUGGACGCAGCAUUGCCAAUUGUAAAUGGAUGUGAAGGGAUUUGUGCCUCGGAAGAGAGGUGUAAAGCAAAGUCACAGCUCUAUGGGCUCAGAGAAUAGGAAUGUUCUGCAGAUGAGUUGUUUUCCAGUUGUGGGGAACUCUGGGGUACCCCAGUGAGAAGGCCUGUGGUGGCAGACAAACCUGGUGCAGUUUGUGCACCAUUUUUAUUUUAUUUUUACUCUGCAAUAUGCAAACACAGGGAAGUGCUGGGUGUAUUUCAGGUAGUGAUGGCGAAGAAUGAGCUCAGGAUGUGAAUUUCCCCAGCUCAUGGUGCCCGCACAUAUUCCAAGGAGAGCAUCCUUGUCCUAAAAUUAUUCCUCUGUUCAUAACUGAGACAAUAGACAUUUGCUAUGUAACCCAAAUUUUGCACACGAAGCUGAAUGGUGUGACCUGCAUAAAUUAUGCAGAUCAAGUAUAUUUGUGCAUGGCUGUUUAUUUUGUAUGAUUUAUUCUGCCUCUGCUCAUUGUGAAAAGAGGUAUGGAAUGAUUACAGGCUCACCCAUCCAUGGCCCUCAAAACCUUAGUCACAUUUCUGGCUUCUGCAACUACACACAUGCUAAAGUAUCUUCCGUCAUAACUGUAAGUUCUAGAAUCUUGUAUUAAAGAAAUAAAUAAAGCAGAGUUCCUUUUCAACAAGCCAAAUUCUGCAACCAUUACACAUCCCUGCCACCCACCACCCACCCCAGUUAAAAACAUACAGGUUUCCUUGGUGAAUCAGACCCAGGGCUAACCAGCCUAGCAUUCUGUUUUAGCCAGGUGUCUCAGCACUUGCAAGCAGGGUGCAAAAAGCAACAGGCCUGGUAUACUGCCUCUCUCCAUGCAGGUUCUAUUUAUCUAUAAUAGCUAAUAACAACAGUGUUCGUGGGUGAAAAUAAGAGGGUGUGAUGCUUACCAUUAUAUACCUCAGAUAUGCAGAUGACACAACAUUGAUGGCAGAAAGUGAGGAGGAAUUAAAGAACCUUUAAAUGAGGGUGAAAGAGGAGAGUGCAAAAUAUGGUUUGAAGCUCAACAUCAAAAAACCGAAGAUCAUGGCCCCUGGUCCCAUCACCUCCUGGCAAAUAGAAGGGGAAGAAAUGGAGGCAGUGAGUGAUUUUACUUUCUUGGGCUCCAUGAUCACUGCAGAUGGUGACAGCAGCCACGAAAUUAAAAGACGCCUGCUUCUUGGGAGAAAAGCAAUGACAAACCUAGACAGCAUCUUAAAAAGCAGAGACAUCACCUUGCCAACAAAGGUCCAUAUAGUCAAAGCCAUGGUUUUCCCAGUACAGUGGUGCCUCGCAAGACGAAAUUAAUCCGUUCCGCAAGAGUCUUCGUCUAGCGGUUUUUUCGUCUUGCGAAGCAAGCCCAUUGACGGAUUAGCGCUAUUAGCGCUAUCAGCUGUUUAGCGGCUAUUAAAGGCUUAAAGGCUUAGGGGAUUAGCUGCUAAAAGGCUAUUAAAGGCUAUUAAAGGCUUAGCAGAUUAGAUAAAGGGGGAAAAGCGAAAAAAAUCUCAAGACUCGCAAGGUAUUUUCGUCUUGCGAAGCAAGCCCAUAGGGGAAUUCGUCCUGCGAAGCAACUUCAAAACGGAAAACCCUUUCGUCUAGCGGUUUUUCCGUCUUGCGAGGCAUUCGUCUUGCGGGGCACCACUGUAGUGAUGUACAGAAGUGAGAGCUGGACCAUAAAGAAGGCUGAUCGCUGAAGAAUUGAUGCUUUUGAAUUAUGGUGCUGGAGGAGACUCUUGAGAGUCCCAUGGACUGCAAGAAGAUCAAACCUAUCCAUUCUGAAGGAAAUCAGCCCUGAGUGCUCACUGGAAGGACAGAUCGUGAAGCUGAGGCUCCAAUACUUUGGCCACCUCAUGAGAAGAGAAGACUCCCUGGAAAAGACCCUGAUGUUGGGAAAGAUGGAGGGCACAAGGAGAAGGAGACGACAGAGGACGAGAUGUUGGACAGUGUUCUCGAAGCUACCAGCAUGAGUUUGACCAAACUGCGGGAGGCAGUGGAAGAUGGGAGUGCCUGGCGUGUUCUGGUCCAUGGGGUCACGAAGAGUCGGACACGACUAAACAACAAAAGUGCUUACAAAUACAGUACUGGCCAAACAAUAGCUAAAGUGACAAAACACGCAGCAAGAGCAAGGCGUGGCAAUCUGGGCUUGCUAAACGGAUGCCCUUGCCAGUUCCGAAGCGUCCCUAGCACCGAAAAAGACCACACCUUUGCUAACAGAAAAAGACAACUCUCAAGUCUGGCACUCGCCCCGGUUUGCAGAGCAGCAGCCGCCGCAAAAACCCGGAGCACCAAGGCGGCUGCGCCAAGGCGAGGCAAAAGCGAAGCGGACUCACCGCGCAUGCCUCCUCGUGGAGAGCCACCACCCUCUUCUCCGCUUCAGUUAACCCUUCCCUGCCCUCGCAGGUGCCAGCUUCCCCGGAGCGCUGGGCCGCGGAGCAACCGCCGCCGUCGGGGAGACCUCCUUCCCCGUCCGCCUGGCCGUGGCUCAGCGGCCUUCUGCCCCGCUGCCCCGGGGGCUUGCAGGGGAUCGUCCUGCUGCUGGUGGUGCAGCAGCGCGCAAGCGACGUGGCCGCCAUGAGCGGGACGGAUCCAGCCCCGGUUCCCCCCUUGGGCAGGAGCCGCGGCCACUUCCUUGCCCAAGAAGCCGCGUCGGGCUCCACCCACCACCUCUCUCUCUCUCUCUCUCUCUCUUUCUCUCUGGGUCGCUUUAGGAAACGCUCCGGGAGCCACGCAGGAUCGGGGCCCUUUCCUUUAACGCCGUGGUGCGGCAGGAGAGGGUGGCAAGUGUGGCGGGAAGAUUGAAGGACAAUCAAAGGAGCAUUUAAAUAUUUCACUGUAGUGUAGCAUGAAAUUUAUUAUUAUUAUUAUUUGCAGAAUGUGGCUAGGUGUCUUUUCAAUAAGAGAGCAAGGGCACCAAGUGAUUGGGUUUGCACACAUACUUACGGUACAUGCAUAUGUAAGAGGCUCAUUUGUAAUUAUAUUUUGGGGGAGAUUUUUAGGAAAACUGCUUUGUUUUAUACCUUCUGGGUGUCCCGUGAGCAUAUUAUAAAGUAGUUGUGUUCUACGUUAUAAAUCCAGCCCUGCUAAGUUUUUAUUUUUUGUUUCCAAUGUACUUCUUAUUAAUAAAAAAAUGGUAUGGGGCGAGCAAAUUUUUAUUCUAAAAGUGAGGCCCAGCAAAAAAAAAGUGUAAGAACCACGGCCUUUAUGCUCAUAGAAUUUGUCAGGUUGGAAGGGGUUCCAAGGGUUAUUUAGCCUAACCCUGAGAUUCCUGCAUUGCAGGUGGUUGGACUAGAUGGCACUUGUGGUUGGGGCAGCCAUAUGUCUGGGAUUUCCUGGACAUAUCCAGGGUUAAUCCAUCAGAAACAGUGUCCAGGCGGAAUUUCUGAAAAUCGGUAUAAAUGUCCUGGAACCUGAUCAUAUGGCAACCCAUGUUGGAAGUGGGUGGUGGGUUUUUUGAGGGGGGGGGUUGAAUUUCCUUAAAAAUAGCUGAACCACUUUGGCCCCCCAAAAACAAGAUGGCAACCCUACUUGUGGUAUCUUCCACCUCUAUUAUUCAAUGUUAUUUUAAAAUUUAUACAUUUGUAAGGUGGCGCUGUGGGUUAAACCACAGAGCCAAGACUUGCCGAUCAGAAAGUCGGCGGUUCGAAUCCCCGCGACGGGUUGAGCUCCCGUUGCUCGGUCCCAGCUCCUGCCAACCUAGCAAUUCGAAAGCACAUCAAAGUGCAAGUAGAUAAAUAGGUACCGCUCCAGCGGGAAGGUAAACGGCGUUUCCGUGCGCUGCUCUGGCUCACCAGAAGCGGCUUAGUCAUGCUGGCCACAUGACCCGGAAGCUGUAUGCCAGCUCCCUCGGCCAAUAAAGCGAGAUGAGCGCCGCAACCUCAGAGUCAGUCACGACUGGAUCUAAUGGUCAGGGGUCCCCUUUACCUUUACAAGCAGUAUCCGUAAGAAAUAAUACCAUCCAUUAUCAAAUAAUAAAAGUGCACCUAGCUGGAUUAUGUGUCUUGAUAGGCUUGCAAAAAGAAGCAGCAGCUUUUUAAGGAGCAUCUGAAACAGUACAAUGAGGGUGCUUGCCUAAUAUGAAUCAGCAGGGAGUAAAUUCCCACCAUGACACACACAUGCAGCAUGAACAGAGCUGGAGACACACCUUAAACACUCCCAACUGAAAACCCAGUCCUCUGCUCCCACUUCGGAUCUCUAGUGACAUAAGAUGUCCACAGAUCCCACAGCUUUGCUCCCUGCACCUGUCCAUAGUCUGCCUCAAGCUGCAAGCUUUGCAUGCAGGAACAUUGUCCCUCCCUCUGGCCCAGAGGGAACGGACUGGGAGAUCUGGAUGAGUCAUCUCCAGCCAUCACCUAGCCUUCUUGUUCCCAUGGCAACACAUCACAGGGCUAUUAACACUCUUUUGUCAAGUCCAGGUAUUGCCACAUGGAGAACUAUACUCAGAAAGCUAAUAGGAAACCUCCCCACCCAUAUAUAUAUAUGUGCAUAUAGUUUACACACACACACAUACAAACACAUAUAUCAUACAUCCAUACAUACCUUCAAUAAGCUGUGGAAACAGCGGAAUUCCCUCUCCACAGUUGUAGCUUUCCUCGGAUGCUGAAGACACACCUCUUUGCCCAGCCACUCUCUUAAUGGCAAUUCCUUUCAAGCCGAUUUUAAUAUGGUAUUUUUCCAUUGUUGUAACCUGCUCUGGGACCACAUGGUGAAGGACAGGUAACAAAUCUUAACAACAACAACACAUAAAUACAUACACACACAUUUGGAACCUGCCUUUAAAACACAUUCUUUUCCCUCAAAGAAUUCUGGGCAGUAUAGUUUUUAUGCCUCACAGAGUUACACUUCCCUUAAUGAACUACAGUGCCCAGAAUUCUUUAGGGGGGGGGAUGUGCUUCAGAAGAUACAGUGGUACCUUGGUUCUUGAACUUAAUCUGUUCUGGGAGUCCAUUCAACUUCCAAAACGGUUCAAAAACCAAGGCACAGCUUCCGAUUGGCUGCAGGAGCUUCCUGCACUCAAGCGGAAGCCGCGUCAGACGUUCGGCUUCCAAAAAGCAUUCAAAAACCAGAACACUUCCUUCCGGGUUUGCGGCAUUCUGGAGCUGAUUUGUUCGGAAGCCAAGCCGUUUGAGUACCAAGGUACCAUUGUAUAGUGGGUACACAGCCUAAAGUCAUCUACCCAGAACGAUCGUGUCUAUUGGCAACAGUCUCAGGAUCUUUCCCAGCAACUUCUACCACCUGAUACUUAACUGAAGUUGCCCCAGGGGGGGAACUUGCAUGCAACAUAUAUUUUUCCACAGAAAAUGGAGACAUCCUAUUCCUUAAAGAUAAAGGUAAAGGACCCCUGACAGUUAAGUCCAGUCGUGACUGACUCUGGGGUUGCGGCGCUCAUCUCGCUUUAUUGGCCAAGGGAGCCGGCAUACAGCUUCCGGGUCACUAAGCCGCUUCUGGUGAACCAGAGCAGCGCACGGAAACAACGUUUACCUUCCCGCCGGAGCAGAUCCUAUUUAUCUACUUGCACUUUGACGUGCUUUUGAACUACUAGGUUGGCAGGAGCAGGGACCGAGCAACGGAAGCUCACCCCGUUGUGGGGAUUCAAACCACCGACCUUCUGAUUGGCAAGUCCUAGGUUCUGUGGUAUAACCCACAGCGCCACAAGCUUGCUAUUUAUACUCUGCUCUGCUCAUUUGACUGGGCUGCUGCAGCAGCUCUAACCACAUAUAAAAACAUAAUAAAACAUUAAAUAUUUUAAAACUCCCUUACAGAGAUGUCUUCUAAAGGGUGUGUAGUUAUUUCCUUGGCCCCAGGGGUCAGAUAGCGUCGUCCCCUCCAACAUUUCUCCAAUAAAAUAGGAAAAGUGGGGCAUUUCGGGAUCGAAUCAGAAACCGAGAUGACUUCUGUAAAUCUGGGACUUUCCCUGGAAAAUAGGGACACUUGGAGGGUUUGAUAUAUGCAUGUCUUCCACCAUCAAAUUGUAGCCCUUUCCUCUUAAUGUGGGACACGGGUGGCACUGUGGUCUAAACCACAGGGCCUAGGGCUUGCACAACAGAGUGAGCUCGUGUUGCUCGGUCCCUGCUCCUGCCAACCUAGCAGUUCAAAAGCAUGUCAAAGUGCAAGUAGUUAAAUAGGUACCGCUCUGGUGGGAAGGUAAAUGGAAUUUCUGUGCGCUGCUCUGGUUUCGCCAGAAGCGGCUUAGUCAUGCUGGCCACAUGACCUGGAAGCUGUCUGCAGACAAACGCCGGCUCCCUCGGCCAGUAAAGCGAGAUGAGUGUCGCAACCCCAGAGUCAUCUGCGACUGGACUUAACGGUCAGGGUCCCUUUACCUUUAUCUCCUCUUAAUAUGGAAGAGGAAGGUCGUGCAAAGUGAAUCCUUUAGUGUUGUCUAUGGUCUUCAAACCUAUCCAUUCUAUGGUCUUCAAACCUAUCCAUUCUUAAGGAAAUCAGCCCUGAGUGCUCACUGGAAGGACAGAUCCUGAAGCUGAGGCUCCAAUACUUUGGCCACCUCAUGAGAAGAGAAGACUCCCUGGAAAAGACCCUGAUGCUGGGAAAGAUUGAGGGCACAAGGAGAAGGGGAUGACAGAGGACAAGAUGGUUGGACAGUGCUCCCGAAGCUACCAGCAUGAGUCUGACCAAACUGCGGGAGGCAGUGGAAAACAGAAGUGCCUGGCGUGCUCUGGCCCAUGGGGUCACAAAGAGUCGGACUCAACUAAACGACAACAACAACAACAACAACAUGGUCUUCAGAGAAUGCCAACGCUCUCAGGGCCCUUUGCCAGACUUGCUUUUCCUCAGGAACUAGCCCUGCCUGGUGUUUAUUUCUCUCUAAGGCUAUUACUAUAUUCCUUUCUGUAAGGGCAACACUGUAAGGUUUUGAGAAUAAAACCCAGGCUUCCAUAGUCGGAAUGCUUCAGAAGUGAAGGGUUUAGAAAAUUUAAAUACCUCCCUUCCCCACUUCAGCAACAGAUGGGGACAUAUAGCUUCUCGUCACAAACAUUUUAAAAGCUGGAAAUCUUGGCACCCAUUUGAAUUCACACAGAAAGGAGGCUAAGAAAUGGGAGCAGUUUGAAAACCUAAUCAGGUUGUAGAAUGAUCCCCAGGGGAGAUUCUAUGCAUUUGUUGUCAUAUAAGAGCCUCAUUAAGGCCUCUCCAUUGUGAUAAUCACAUAGGGAAACUAUGAGUAGGGUGUAUUGGCUAGCGUCAGGUAAGUGUUAUUAAUAGAGACGGACUAUCAGCAAAGUUUGAAGUAAAUAUGUGCGUGAUUCUUUUUUUCUUUUCUUUUUUUGAUAACCAAGUAAGCUUUCUCUGGGUAUUUCUCUCCCUCCUUCCAUUUAUACACAUAUCUGCUAGGAAAUCUUAGAUUCUAGCUCACAGGUUUGCAAUAGGUGUGCACCCCCCUUAUACCGUACAUUCUGUGGUAAGAAAAAUCUGUUUCGCUGUAGAAGUUUUGUUUGUACAAUAAUAAGUUGGUUUGGAUUAGAAGGGAGAGGAGGGGAGGGGUAGUUAAAUAAAACUUUUAAAGAAUAGAAGCACAGAGUAUGCCGCUAGAUGUACAAUUUAACUUACUGAGAAUGUCACCUUUGGUUUUGUUUGCUUGUUAAAAGCUGCUGCCUAGCCGUUUUUUCUGUAAAAUGAAAAUUGACAAUGGGUGAGCAAUGCCUUCUGCAAUCUCAGAAGCUAGGGCUAGCCAGAUAAGAGUUGCAAUUGUUUAGGGAAGUUUUUAAUGUAUGAUGUUUUAUCGUGUUUUUAAUAUUCUGUUGGAAGCUGCCCAGAGUGGCUGGGGAAACCCAGCCAGAUGGGCAGGGUAUAAAUAAAUUUGUUGUUGUUGUUGUUGUUGUUGUUGUUGUUACUAUUAUUAGCUGGGGUUCCAUUGUCUGCAUAGCUUCUUGCCAUUUUCUGUGCCUAGCAACACCAGAAUAAAUUAUGCAAAAUAGUAAUAAUAUAGAAUAAAUCAAACAACAUAAGAUAACAUUAGCAAACUUACCCGUUUUGUAUUUGGGCUGCGUGUGCACAUUUAAAUCACUCCCCCCCCCCAAAAAAAGAAUCCUAGGAAUUGUAGUUUACUCUUCACAGAGCUACUAUUCUCAGCACCCUUAUCAAACUACAGUUCCCAAUAUUCUUUUGGAGGGGAACACUCUUUAAAUAUGCUGUAAACAUAUGGUGUAUAUAUGUGGCCAAGGUAGGCUGAUCACCAAAGUCAGCUUUUAUUACUGCAGAACUGAAGGAAGUGUCCGCACCUCCUUGGAAAGACAACCCACUCACAUUCUGGCUUUAAAGCGUUCUUCAUCAUUGCUAAUCUUGAAAAUUCUGUCAGCUAAAAAUAGGCAGGGGGAAGAAAAUAUCUAAUACCAAGGAGGUGAAGAAAUGCAUUAGACACUCCUGAAAGCAACUCCAUAAAGAGGCUAUUUUACUACAAUAGUCGCAGACUGAGAAGAUGGGAAGCAGAGGUAAAUACUAUUGAAGUACAACUAGAUUUGCACACAGGAUGCAUGCAGCUAUGGGCAGAGCAGAGUGUCAGAAAAAGGGAAACGUACACCCAGGACUGGUUCUCCAAAAGGCAAAACGAUCACAUCAGAACAGAUGGAUUCCUGCUGGUGUUGUAACAUGAUCAACUGUAGUCAAGGAAAAAGAGAUGUUAUAAUACAAGCACAGAGCCAUUCUAUCGCACCAGUAUCCAAUAUAAAAACACAUCUGUUCAGCUGUAAAUUCCUAGUGAAAGAGGCUGGAGGGCUGGAACGUCGGAUAAUUCAAGGUUUAACUUCUCUUCCUGAGCAUGUGUAAAUCAACCCUUGAUUUGUUUGGGGAAGCCAUCAUAGGGACUUCAGUUCCUCUUAAGGAACUAGGGUCAUGGUGAAGAAUCUCAGUUGUUUCUCUGCAGAUCGAGGUCUUCGUUGCAUGACUUGUGAACGUGCAGAAACUCCAGGGACGUGGUGGUUGCUCUGAAUGGAGCUUCUCAGCUUGUGACGAGCUGAUGGGAGAGUUAAGAAGUUUCUCCAAAACUUAGACCCGUUACGAAGAUGCAUGGCUUCAUUCUGACAAGGCCCAAGAGCGUCACUGGGCUUGUCCAUUCCUCUCCCUACGAUUUAGUUUGUUCUCUGUGAGCAGUUGUGCAGGACUCACUCUAAAAAUGGUGUUUUACAUAGCAGUAAGGUUGGGUUUAAUGGGACGCGGGUGGCGCUGUGGUCUAAACCACUGAGCCUAGGGGUUGCUGAUCAGAAGGUCGGCGGUUCGAAUCCCCGCGACGGGAUGAGCUCCCAUUGCUCGGUCCCAGCUCCUGCCAACCCAGCAGUUUGAAAGCAUGCCAGUGCAAGUAGAUAAAUAGGUACCGCUCUGGCGGGAAGGUAAAUGGCAUUUCUGUGCGCUGCUCUGGUUUCACCAGAAGCAGCUUAGCCAUGCUCACCACAUAACGGUCAGGGGUCCCAUUACCUUUUUAAGGUUGGGUUUGCCCAAUACAUGUUGGCACCUGAGGUGUACCACAAAAUGGUUCGCCCCUGCCAGGGAAAAAGGGGUGAGUGAAGAUCUGCAAUGUGAACAAAGCGGAGAGUCAAAUCAAGCUUCCCUGGUGAUUGAAGUGGGAACUAGAGGCCACCAUGGAGGGGGAAGGGGUUUGCUCUGAAUCGCGCGUACAACCCAGGAGACCACCGAGAGCAGCCCCAGCCAUUUCCUUCCUAGGGGUGGAAAGAAACCACCAGCACCUCCUAUUUGUCAAGAUCCUGCUUCAGGGGAGGCACUGGGGUGGCUGCUAAAGAAGCGUCAGAUCUGGCCUCCAAUGAGACCACAGCAGCAGCAGUGGGCAAUGCAUUCCCUGGAUGUCAGAUGCCCCCAUUCAUCCUGCUCCCCAAGGCCUAACCUUGUCUCAUGGGUGGGCUGGCCCUGGUUUGUGUAUUCCCCACCACCACUCUGUCUAAAAUUUUCUGGACAGAUCCCUUGGAGGAAGAGGAGAAUGCCCGAAAUUUGCAUACCACUGGGUUGGAAAACAUAGAUGUUACAGGCAACAGGAAUGCUGCUGGAUCUCCUACUGAAAGCAAUAGGAAGCGAAAAUGAUUGCAAGGAAGGAAAACAAAUGAAUAAUGAAACAAAUGUGGAUUUUAACAAAUUACUAAGGCAGGGGCCCACAAGCGGCCCAUGGGGGUCGUUUAACCGGCCCACGAGCCGCCCACGAACCAAGCCGUCCGCUUCGCAAGUCCCGGUGCGCUGCACUAAAUCAGCGCAGUGCGGCACAGGGACUUGCUUCAGCGGUGUCAGAAAUCAUGACUGCGCAUAUGCGUAGAUGCCGGAAAUCACUUCUGCAAAUGCGCAGAUUCUGGAAAUCGUGUCUGCGCAGACACAGAAACUGGAAAUCACAUCUGUGCAGAUGCAGACACCGGAAAUCGCAGGUACGCACACUCACAAGUGCGCACAAUCCAGCCUAUGGAGGGAUCUCCGCUGGAGUGAAGCAGUCCAGACAAGGUAAACCUUGCUGACCCCUGUACUAAGGCAAUGAAUGAGUUUUUUAGUAAGGAAAACUAAUGGAAUGAUGGACCAUUUAAAAAAAUGCAUAGCACCCCUAGUUGGUACAAAGUGGCAGUUGUACAAGAGAACCUAUGUAUAAUGUGUGCCACCCCCAGCCUGAGUUUAUGCAAGCAGGUCAAUUCUGCAUGUGGCAAACCCUACCUGUGACUAGCUCACUGUGAGCAGGGAAGUCCUGCCUGUCUGGGCAGUGUUCAUGUAUGCAAACUGGUCAUGAGAAAUCUUUAGAGGAAGAGAUUAUGUCCCUAAGAGAUGCGAGUAAGGUUGACAGUUGCCAAGGUGACUAGUUGUGUUGCUUCAGGCAAGUUGCCGGAAUAGCAAGAGGCUCGGCCAUUUUUAAAGCCAAAUAUCAUUGGUUUGGCGGGAUGAGGGUGGCGCUGUGGUCUAAACAACUGAGCCUAGGGCUUGCCGAUCGGAAGGUCGGUGGCAGUGGCAGAGCUUCAUGCUCUGGCACCGGGGGGCGGAGAGCAGGUGGGGGCGGGGCUGGCACAUGUCCCGAAGGUGGGGCGUGCCGCCCACAGGGGCGGGGCAUGCGUUCUGAGGGCGGGGGGCGCCGCCUGCGGGGGCAGGACGCCCAGCGCAGGUGGGGGGCAGCCGCAAUGGAACCCCAAUGGGAUCGCGUUGCCGGGGUGGUGUGCUCCCCCCGCACUCCUCUUCCUCCGCCAGUGGUCAGGGGUUCAAAUCCCUGUGACAGGGUGAGCUCCCGUUGCUCGGUCCCAGCUCCUGCCAACCUAGCAGUUCAAAAGCACGUCAAAGUGCAAGCAGAUAAAUAGAUACUGCUCCGGUAGGAAGGUAAACAGUGUUUCUGUGCGCUGCUCUGGUUUCGCCAGAAGCGGCUUAGUCAUGCUGGCCACAUGACCUGGAAAAACUGUCUGCAUACAAACGUCGGCUCCUUCGGCCAGUAAAGCAAGAUGAGCGCCGCAACCCCAGAGUCAUUUGCGACUGGACUUAACUGUCAGGGGUCCUUUACCUUUAUCUUUUUAUCAUUGGCUUGAUCCUCAGAGCCUCCCAAAAACUACUGGGCUUGUGCUUCAACCAGGUGCUCAGUUGAUCAUCACAUGAUACAAUCAGACCACCUAGAAGAACGUCAUAUGCACACAGUAGAGUUUAGGCAUGGUGAGGGGGCAAGGAUGGAUAAGGGAUAUAAAAAGGGGAUAGUUCUUGUGAGCUAGGGAAUCCUUUGACAUCCAGCUUCUGGGAUUGAGGCUUCCUGAGGGAAAGCCUCCACAGAAACAUGAGCUCACAGUUGCAUAGGGUGGUAGGGAAGACAUUUUGGGCAAUGCGAUCUCCAAAGUGUACAUGUCAGUGCUUGCAAAAGGAAUAGUGACUGAAAUAUGUCACUUGCUUUGAUUAGGGGUAGCAAAGAAAGGACCGAUUUAGAUUCCUUGGGGUGGGGACCAUGUAUACUCCUUGGACAAAGAGCUGGGUGAAUUGUGUAAUGGCUUUAAAAAAUAAUAAUUUGAACCUGCUGUUGAAGUUUGCAUAGAGUGAGGCUGGAAAUGCAAUAAGGAUGUACCGUAUUGUUUGCUCUAUGAGACUCACUUUUUCCCUCCUAAAAAGUGAGGGGAAAUGUGUGUGCGUCUUAUGGAGCGAAUGCAGGCUGCGCAGCUAUCCCAGAAGCCAGAACAGCAAGAGGGAUUGCUGCUUUCACUGCGCAGUGAUCCCUCUUGCUGUUCUGGCUUCUGAGAUUCAGAAUAUUUUUUUUCUUGUUUUCCUCCUCCAAAAACUAGGUGUGUCUUGUGGUCAGGUGCAUCUUAUAGAGCGAAAAAUAUGGUACCUAUUACUAUAGCCACCCUGAUUGCCCUGCUUUGCAAGUUCUCCACUAUGAAUUCAUCCUUCUUGAAUAUGAACCUGAUCCUUGAAUAUGAACCUUGAAAGUGAACCUACCUAGACCCUGAGAUCAUCUUCUGAGGCUCUUCUUCAUGUGCCGCCUCAGUGAGAGGUCCAGAGGGUGGCAACAUGAGAACGGGCCUUUUCUGCAGUGGCUCCCCAUUUGCAGAAUGCUUUCCCCAGGGAAGUUCAGCUGGCACCUUCAUUAUAAAACUUUAGGCACCAGGCAAAAAUGUUCCUCUUCAACCAGACCUUGGGCUGAUUGAUAUCUGAUGCCCUUUUAAAUGUGUUGUGGGCGGUAUUGGUUUGUUUUUAUUAUGUAUUUUGUGUGUUUUCUAUCUCGUAUUUCUGUGUUGUGAAAUGAAGGCCGGUAUGCAAAUCUAAAUGAUAAUAAUGAAGGAAGAUUAUUUGUUUAAUUACGGGUAAUAUGUAGCCCUCCCUUCCUCCUGAAGGAGCCCAGGGCAGCAAACACACAAUGAAAACAUCUAAAAACAAUUCCAGUACAAAUACAAAAGCAGACUGGGAAAGAUUUCUAUAGCAGUAUGUGGCAGGGAAUUCCAAGGGGUAGCUAUAAAUAAGACUAAAGACCCAAAUCCUACACUGUGUGGAACGGACCUCUAGAUGAGAUCGCAUCUGCAGGAGGCCCUGUAGACACACAGUUCUAGACAUGAUAUGACCAGUCUGUUGUGUAAAAGGUACCAUUAAUUUAUUAUCCUGCAUUGCAGAGGGAUUGACCCUUGUGGUCCUUUCCAACUUUACAAUUCUAUGAUUCCAAGUCACUGUGUGCUUAAGAAACAAUUAAAAAUAUACCCCAUGGUAAGCCCAAGAGUGGGGGUACCACUCUGCAAUGGUUUGGUUUUUUCUGCAUAAUUUAUUCCGCAUCUGCCACUUUUGGAGAGAGGCACCAAAAACCCCACUCUCUGGUCACUGAAAAUCAUAUUCAACAACUCCUCUGGCUUUUGAGAUUUCGCCAGAUAUUGCCCCUAGACUUUCAAACAUAUCUUUACAAUUUAAGGGUUAGAAAAGUUUGUGUGUGUGUGUGUUUUUAAUGAAAGGUGAGGUCAAUUCUUGAAGUCACAUCUCCCCCAAGCAUUUGCAGUGCCUCCUAGCUUGAUGUCAUGAGCAGACCUCAUCAAUACACUACUAUUUCCUUCCCCCUGGUAAUGAAUGAAAUAUUGAACGAAGUAGGCCGACGGCUGAUCCCAGGGGGAGUUCCACUGGCUACUCCUCUCCAAUUUGAAAAUGUUGCCUUUUAGCAAAAUACUUUGUACUCCGUUACGUGGCUGAACAACCCCUCCUGUCCAAGUCAAUGGGAUUUAAGCAGUCUUAACUGUUCAUAGGUUGGCAGCGCCCGUCUCUGCUCUUUAACCAGUUCCUUACCUCCCUGACAAUACGCAAGGUUGAUUCCAAAUAGACCAGUUUGAAUACUGUACUAGCUCAUUGUGUAUGCUAUAUCAACAGUGUUACUAAAAUACAAAUGGUCUAGAUUUGCUGUACAGUUGCCUUGAGUUUUCCUUUUCCCUUUUUUAAUAUAUGAAAAUGUGGUGCCUCGGUUUCUUAAGCAGAUAUUUUCUCAUCUUCCUAAUACAGUUGUUUUCUUCACAAGAAAGGGUAUCAGUAGGUCAGCAUUAUAGAGUUGUAGUGCUCUUAAAAGAUAAAGGGACCCCUGACCGUUAGGUCCAGUUGCGGAUGACUCUGGGGUUGUGGCGCUCAUCACGCUUUACUGGCUAUGGGAGCUGGCAUACAGCUUCCGGGUCAUGUGGCCAGCAUGACUAAGCGGCUUCUGGCGAACCAGAGCAGCGCACGGAAACACCAUUUACCUUCCCGCCGGAGCGGUACCUAUUUAUCUACUUGCACUUCAUGCUUUUGAACUGCUAGGUUAGCAGGAGCAGGGACCGAGCAACGAGAGCUCACCCCGUCGCGGGGAUUCGAACUGCUGACCUUCUGAUCGGCAAGCCCUAGGCUCAGUGGUUUAACCCACAGCGGCACCUGUGUAGUGCUCUUACGUGCACCCAAUCUGCACUUCUUCUUCCAUAUUAUGAAUUGUACAUUCUUUUAGCCUUCAUUUUAAACAGAAGUAUUUUUAUUGAAAGUUUUCAAUGUAAAAUACAAUAAAAAUCAAACUAAUCCAAAUAACAGAAAUGAUAAGAAAACAAGAAAUGAAAAGAAAGGAGGAAAAAGAAAAGACAGAAAGAGAAAAAGAAAGAGAAAGGAGGGGGAAAAUAACCAUAAGGGCCCUUUAUCACAUCUAUAUCAGAUAUCAUAUCAUUUAGCCACACACAGGAAAAUAGACCUUUCCAGCGCCAACCUGGGAGCCUACUUUUCCCAGUCUCUACCUUUCCUGCAGGGAACACCUUUCUCCAACUAUCCCCUUCCUAUGUGUGUCCUCAAUCCAAAAUAAAGGGCUUCUAAUAGUGAAAAUAGGGACGCGGGUGGCUCUGUGGGUUAAACCACAGAGCCUAGGGCUUGCCGAGCAGAAGGUUGGCGGUUUGAAUCCCCGUGACGGGGUGAGCUCCCGUUGCUCGGUCCCUGCUCCUGCCAACCUAGCAGUUCAAAAGCACCUCAAAGUGCAAGUAGAUAAAUAGGUACCGCUCCGGCGGGAAGGUAAACGGCGUUUCCGUGCGCUGCUCUGGUUCGCGAGAAGCGGCUUAGUCAUGCUGGCCACAUGACCCGGAAGCUGUACGCCAGCUCCCUCGGCCAAUAAAGCGAGAUGAGCAUCGCAACCCCAGAGUCAGUCACGACUGGACCAAAUGGUCAGGGGUCCCUUUACCUUUACCUUAAUAGUGAAAAUGAAAUGAAAUGAAAUGAAAUGAAAUGAAACAGCAGUUCUUCCCCCUCUCUGUCACUUACAUUAUUUUAGCCUUCAGAUGAUGUUGUAUGCAAUAGUAGCUAUUUUCCAGUCACAAUAUUCUCCCUCCUCCUUUCUCCAUUGAGUUGAUGGAUUGAAAUUUCUGCUAGUGGGACUACCAGUUCAUUUGCCAAUGAACUUCAGCAGAGAUUAUACCCUGGAUUUAAAGAAGGUUGACUUGGGGGUUUUUCAGAUAUUACACGAUGCCAGGGAUACAAGAAGCAGAAGUGACUUGUACUUUGUAUUCUUCACAACGCCUUAAUUGGAAAAUGUGCAUUUCCUCCCAGGGUAAUGUGUUAAUCCCCCUGCCCUCUUAAUCAGAGGACUGCUUGCACACCGCUCACCAUAAAGUGAGGUCCAUAAAUUCUCUGCCUGGUUGCCUGUAACCUCACUUCUCGCAGUGAGGGAACCAGCAGAGGACCCUUGGAGGAGGACUUCAGUGUCUGGGCUGAAUGAUGGGGGUAGAGAUGCUCCUUCAGGUAUACUGGGCCGAGGCUGUUUAGGGCUUUAAAGGUCAGCACCAACACUUUGAAUUGUGCUCGGAAACGUACUGGGAGCCAAUGUAGGUAUUUCAGGACCGGUGUUAUAUGGUCUCGGCGGCCGCCCCCAGUCACCAGCCUAGCUGCCACAUUCUGGGUUAGUUGUAGUUUCUGGAUCACCUUCAACGGUAGCCCCACGUGGAGUGCAUCGCAGUAGUCCAAGCAAGAGAUAACUAGAGCAUGCACCACUCUGGCAAGACAGUCCAUGGGCAGGUAGGGUCUCAGCCUGCGUACCAGAUGGAGCUGGUAGGCAGCUUCCCUGGACACAGAACUGACCUGCACCCCCAUGGACAGCUGUGAGUCCAAAAUUAUUCCCAGGCUGCACACCUGGUCCUUCGGGAGCACAGUUACCCCAUUCAGGACCAGGGAGUCCCCCACACCUGCCUGUCCCCCAAAGAGUACUUCUGUACUUCUUAAACCUAGCCACCAUCCAUCCUCCAACUGCCUCCAGACACUCACACAGGACAUUCACCGCCUUCAGUGGUUCUGAUUUUAAAGAGAGGUAGAGCUGGGUAUCAUCCACAUACUGAUGAACACCCAGCCCCAAAUGGUUGAUGUUUUCUUGUGUUUUAGUUUUUGUCGGGAGCUGCCCAGAGUGGCUGGGGCAACCCUGUCAGAUGGGCAGCAUAUAAAUAAUAAAUAAAAUUAUUAUUAUUAUCCAGUCCAACCCCCUGCAAUGUAGGGAUCCUGUCCACAGCUGAUCCUGGUGGGCUCAAACCACCAACCUUCUGAUGAACAGCUAGACGCACUGACCCAUUGCUCUGUGGUUAUUAUGCAAUCUUCUUAACUGUACAUGCCUGUUUAAAAGCUGCUGAGCAGCUUGGCACCAGCCAGUCAUUGUCUGGCUCUUGUCUCUGGGUCUUGAUCUCCUACUGCUUUCCCUUCCAGACCCCGUGCUUCCCUGGUGACAGUUCACCUUUCUCGCCUCUUCAUUUGGCUCUUGUUUCCAGCUCCUCAUUUAGCAUGUCACCUUAGUUUCAAAUUCAGGGCUCCACUGUCAGAUUCCAGUUAACUUGACGGUUGGCCAGGACAUUCUAUGUGACUGGAAAGCUCCAGAAAUAUACUUUGCAGAGUGGCUUCAUUCAGUAACAAAGGAAUCAAAUACAGUGGUGCCUUGGUUUAAGAACAGCUUAGUUUAUGAACAACUUGGAUUAGGAACGCUGCAAACCCAGAAGUAGGUGUUUUGGUUUGUGAACUUUGCCUUGGAAGCAGAACAUGUUCCGCUUCCUGUUGAGUGUAAAUUGAGUCACCUGUUGCUAUGGGAAAACACACCUUGGUUUAAGAACGCUUUGGUUUAAGGACGGACUUCUGGAACGGAUUAAGUUCAUAAACCAAGGUACCACUGUAUUUACGUGUAUGUGACUAUAGAGUGCUUAGAUUUGUGCUAAGCACAAAAAUAAAGACACAAUCGAAAAUAUUUGAUACAAAAAGAGGGGGGGAAUUGGAGAGACUCUCAACAAAGGAUGGGGGAUAAAUUAAGUUCAGUUUGCAUUUAAAGGUUGACUUGCUGAAUCACACUUUCCAUAGCAGUUUUCAAACUGAAACCCAGGAAAGGUGGCAAGGGCACUGGAUUAGUGUCUAUGGGGCUACUGCUGCACUGAUCCAAGGAGGCUGGAACAUAGGCCACCAGAUCCCAUAUUACACCCUGUUUCUGGGCAGAUGAGGAUGCCUCCCUUUCACAGAAGGGAUAAACUCUGCACAUGAACAGAAACCCUUGGACCAAAUGUUCCACAUUUUUUUGGGGGGGGGGGGAAUAGAAAGAAAGCAAAAAAAGAGGGAAAAUGGCAGCCCUAUUGUGAACAUGGUCUAUUAUUCAAAUAUGGUCUGUUACAUUUUUAAUAUCCUACAUGGUAGGAUGAUAGAUGCUCUUAGUUGAACUAAAGGCUGCAGUGUAAUCAGAUUCAACUGAUAGGAAUAGGAAAAAGUCUAGUCCAAGCGCUAAUAAUCUGCUUUGGAAUCUGCACAGGCACCGGGUUUUGAUGCUACAUCUGCUGUUUUAAUGUAAUCAGAGAGGGAUGAUUAAAAUGUAAGGGAGCCUUAGUUAAGUGAUUAAUAUAGGUGGCUUUCAGAUAGAAAAGACAAUUUUUUUCAUUUGCUUAUGCCAGUACUUUUAGGUAUAUAUAAAUACAGCAUCCAGCCACGCCUUUCUAUAUGAAUCUUGCCAGAUCAUAGGGCAGCAAACUAGAAUUCUGAUAGCCAAAGCGGAAUUUUAUUCACUUGGAAAAGCACAAUGUUCAAGCCAUACAUAUUCUAGAUUUCAGUCCUGUCUCUGGGACUGGAUUUACACACAGUUCAGAACACGAAGUCUCAUUCUGAGAAAGAGGGACUGAAUUCCUUCAGCCUCUGUGAUAAUGCCCUGUAUCCAUACAGCUACCGUGUAUAAAAGCUGUGCUACUUCUCUUCGCUUAGAACACCCUUAAUCAAGGGUGCCAACUUGAAUAAAAUAUGGGGGUGGGGGUGGGCUAGGUAAGCCCCGCCCCGCAUCAUCAAUCACAUGAUGUGGUGCACACACACUAUUUGAAUGGCAAUGCCAAUCAACGGGGGGGGGCAGACCCCUCAAAUAUUUUAUUGGGGGCCCCAAAGACCCUUCGGCUCCUAGGAGUUGGCUCCCAUGCCUUUAAUGCUAUAUGCUCAGAAUCCUUUGUCCUUGCAGAGCAGCCAACCAGUUACAAGCUAAUUGAAAGCAAUAUCUGAAAGCUCCACUUUAAACAGCCAACCAGAUACUUGGAGCCGCAUCCUUGUUCAAUAGGAUGCCCCUUAAAAACAAUCUAUCUACAGUGGCACCUUGGGUUAAAGACACUUCAGGUUACAUACGCUUCAGGUUACAGACUCCGCUAACCCAGAAAUAGUACCUUGGGUUAAGAACUUUGCUUCAGGAUGAGAACAGAAAUCGUGCGGCGACGGCGUGGCAGCAGCGGGAGGCCCCAUUAGCUAAAGUGGUGCUUCAGGUUAAGAACAGUUUCAGGUUAGUAACGGACCUCCGGGACGAAUUAAGUACGUAACCAGAGGUACCACUGUACUUUCUAGAUUUAGAAAAGACUCAAAUGGAUUUUUUAAAUAAAAAAAUAUUGCUAGUAUUACAAAAAUGGCCAAAGCACUUUUAAUUACUAGCUUUCUCUUUGCAGCUUCUGCCCCUUAUUGCUUCCCGUUCAGUGUGGCAGCAGCAUCCCUCCUUAAUAGCUGCUUAAUUGUCCUUUAAUUAGUUUCUGUUUCCCACAGGGAGCGAGUGGAGAGGGGCCUUUUAUAACUGGUUCCUUCUCAUGUUGUGUUGCAAAAUAGUAAUAUUAAAUAAUUAAGGGUGCUGCAAUUGUGGAUUAUUAUUUUUUAAGUCGCCGCAGAUCUAGUCUGAAAAAAAGGAAGGACAACAGAGAAAACACGAGUGCAACAAAUUGGCAAAAGUGGUAUCUAGAUCUGAAGGCAUCCCUGCAUCAGGAAGUUAUCAAUAUCUGAUGUUUCAUUGUAUUUACAUUCUGUUGGAAGCUGCCCAAAUGGUGUGUGUGUGUGCCUUGUCAUGCAAUUGAUUAUGUAGGUUGGGGCUUACCUGGGACCCCCCAAUGUUUUAUUCAAGUUGGCACUCCUGGAUGAAUGCCAACCAACCAAACAAACCCAAGUAUGACAAGUGUUCUGCCUGCACAAGCAGUUUAGCUUGCCAGAGAGAACAAGACACCCCUCUUCCCCCGACUGCACACUGUUCUGGGGAUUCUCCUGACUCCUUCCCAAAGACAACACCUGAGGGUGGGGGCAGCAUCUGAUGUGCCCAAUCUUUGCAAAGCUAGGUCUGCUAUGACCCCCCCCCUUCUCGCUGCCAGCUGUGCCUCUGCUUCUUAGGGCAACCCCACCCCUUGCCACCUGUCUGCUACUUGCCAUGCCUGGGUGGGAGGUCUGCUGCUAUGCUCUCCUCCUCUGCCUGUUUGGGGCUGGGGACUCAUUUCUGUCACUCAAACAAAUAACAUUCCAAGCACUGUUUUCCCUGGUUCCAUGUGGCUCUGCGGUUUGUUGGUAUGUGCAUGAACCAGGCAGCAUGCCAUACGGGGUUCGGCCGGCGCUGAGGGGUGUGGCCUCUGUGAACAUGCAAUGCUGUUCCCACCGCCGCCAUCACAUGUGUUUGUUCAUGGUGGGUGGAAUACAUUUAGGUGCCUGCACUGACCAUGUGUAGGUGGGCGGAUGAGAUGGCUGUGCAUGAUGGGAGCUGGGUCCGGAUGGGCUGCCCUGUGCAGCAUGGCUGUGGACACCACAUGCAGAUCAGCGCUUCUUUCCCUGCACACCCCACCCCUUUCCCCAGCACUAAUGAAUCCAGUAUUAUACCCGCAAAACAAAAAGAGCCACAUUUUUCUAGAUGACACUACAUCAAGACGUUCUUCGAUUAAACAUCAAGUUUAGGAUGUGCAACUUCUCUGCAAGACAGAUGGCUCGUCCACCAAGGAGCAUGAAGCUGAAAAUGCACCUUAUUGACGUUUUGUAUGAACACCACCACAUUUUGUAACUGGGUCAUCUGCCCAUUAAUUCAUGCUCUUUGUUGCUGAGUGAUAUUAAUCUACAUAGUUUUAUAUAGGCUUAAUCCUUCAUAAUGCUUUGUAAUUUAACUUAAGGGGAAUAAGAUCCAUUAAAUGCUCACUAUUUCAUAUAGUAAUACCAUAGAAGCUGGUAAUGUGAUGAAAUAAGUUUUAAUCUGAUAAUGGUGCACAAUGGAUGCUUUUGCUGGGCACUGCUAUUUUGAUAUAUGGGGAAGGUGGUACUAUUAUUUUAUCCUCCAGUCUUCCCUUUCACAGAACUCCCAAAUUCUUGGCACCAUUUUUGGCAACAGAUUAGCUGAAUCUGUGAGAUAGUUUGCAUAUGCAAAUUAUACUUGCAAUUAUUUUUCUGUAGCAGUCACAGCAGACGUAGGUGACAAUACAACUGCCUUCAAGUUUUUGCCAAAAUGUAAAUCCAUCCCACUGCAUUUGGUGAGGGAGUGCAUAUGUCUUUCGCAACUUGUGCCCAGAAGGAGCUAGUAAAAUUAGAAUGGCAAAGCAAUAUGGGACACUGAUUGCUGUCUCUUAAGUCCUGACGUAUAAAUGGGAUGCAUCAAACCCCCAACCCCCAACUUUAAAAAUCAAGCUGGUGAUUUUCACUUAUCUACCUUCAGCUGUUUACUACUAACAUAACAGAACUGAUGCUGUCACUUCGGCAAUAUUUCUGGGCAAGAGGUGUGAAAGAGAGGCACAAUAUAAUAUCCAAUGUCUCUGUUGACUUUUUUUGGGGAGGCCAGAGCCAGCGCAAACAAAAAGUUAAAAAUAGAAUGUGCAAGAAUGACCUUGGCAUUUCCAGUGCACUAUGCGCCUUCCUUAACAAAUAGGUGGUUUUAUUGCCACAGAACUUUUCAGGUUACACUAGAAAACAAGGGCUGUGAGGGCCUUGCACGUAAAUUCACAGACAUCCUUUACAAAUGCCAGUUUGUAAGCCAGGGGAAAGGCAUUCUGGCCCAGCCACACGCAGGCUCCAUUCCAACAAGGUCAGCAGUAAGCAGUGAUGUAGCAUGCAUUGCCAGAGGCUGGGGCAAGGCAAGGAUUGCUCCCUGUAACCUCAGUUACGUAGGAAUCAUCAGGCGGACUUAGCUCGCUGUGCCCCUGAGAAGGUCACCUGCCAGUCACUGUGUUUGCCCUCAUAGGUCAGCAGCCUCCUGGCGGGAGUGCUGGCUGGCACUCCUUGGUGGGCUUGGUGGUGUCCCAGCAGCCUCUCCUCCUCCUCACCUGCUCUCCAUCAGUUGCUGCCCAAGGGAGGAGGCUGGCAGCAGAGGCCACGGAGAGGCAACAGGAUGCUCCCUCACCGCUGCUGCUGCUGCUCAGGACAAGUGCCAGCUCUUCUUCCUUCCCAAGUUCGGCAGUGGUAGCAGCACUGGAGGGGGAAAUAGGGACAUUCCAGGAUCAAAUCAGAAGCCAGGAUGGCUUAUGUAAUUCCAGAAGUGUCUCUGGAAAGUCGGGACACUCAGAGGGUAUGGAAUUUCAUGGGGAGACAAUAGACGUUGAGUGGGCUUCUUUCUUAAUCCUCUAGCUAAGCAACUAUCCAGGAUUGGUUUUACAGUUUUGCUGCUAUGGUCUAGACCUUAACAGCUUUAUUCUGACUUCUCCACUACCUCUUUGCCUGCAAUUUGUUCCUCUGUUAACACAAUCACCAUCUUGCCUAUGACCUCAUCCCUUUCAUCCCUUUCAGCAGUUUAUCCAAUUAUUUCUUACUAAUAAGUCUUCUUCUUCUUUGGCGAUCACUUGUAGCCGAGUAAGAUUGUCUUUCAUGAACAUGGUUUUAACAGUGGGUCUGUAAGUGACUAUGGAGGCCAGUUCUGGAUCCACACGUCCUUCCACAGUGGGGACAAAGGUUUCUGGGCAGGAGUUGAUCAUGGUGAGGGUUUGCCAAGCGUGCCUUCCUCUUAGCACGUUUCUCCCUGCCUUCCUCUUAGCACGUUUCUCCCUUUCAUCCUGAGUUCAAGCAUCUUCAAAGCCCGUGACACCUUUGGUAAAGGCUUUUCUCCAAUUGGAGCACUCGCAGGCCAGUGUUUCCCAGUUGUCGGUGUUUAUAAGACAUUUUUUAAGAUUUGCCUUGAGAGAGUCUUCAAACCUCUUUUGCUGACCACCAGCAUUACGCUUCCCAUUUUUAAGUUUGGAAUAGAGUAGUUGCUUUGGAAGACGAUAGUCAGUCAUCCACACAACAUGACAAGUCCAACAAAGUUGAUGUUGAAGAAUCAUUGCUUUGACACUGGUGAUCUUUGCUUCCUCCAGUACACUGGCAUUGGUUCGCCUGUCUUUCCAAGUGAUGUGUAAAAAUUUUCAGAGACACCGCAGUUCAUCCAAUUAUUUCUUAUUAAUGAGUAUAUAAGCCUUGACCAUUCAGAUAUAAAGCAGCAUUAUAAAUGCAACCCUAAGAGAAAGGAGAAAGGGAUGCAGUUUGUUAUAUCCUACUGUAUAUCAUACUGAAGUACAACUUCCACUCCCUGGUAUUUUGUGGGCCCUACAGGUAAGCUUGUAAGUAGCACCUUUAAAUAAUACUAGCACACGCAGUGUGCAUGCAAAGAGUUCAAAGUGCUUCUCAGAUCUUAUGCUGGCAAACCUUGCGAGGAAGGUCCAGAUCGGCUGGGGCAAUGCAAUCAGAUGGACAGGGUGCAAAUAAUAAAAUCAUUGUUGUUGUUGUUUUCAUCAUACUGCAGAUCGGAACAGAGGCCGAGAGGUGGCUGGCUUGCCUAAGGCCACCUAGCAAGUUGGUGGCCGAGGUCACAUUUCAGCCAGGAUCAGUCAUCAUUAUUUUACACUCAUCUGAAAUCUUCCCUUCAUAUUGGUAGUGGAAAUGAGUAACCUUGUCCUUCAAUCUGAAUGUAUUUUCUGCACUCCUGUGUUGAAAUCCAUACUCGGAACAAAGCUUCCAGGCUUCCAACGCUGUAUAAUGAGGAGUUGAGAACGGGUGUGCUACAUUUGGUACUAAUAUGCAGGGAUUAAAUAAGAGAUGAAUGUCAACUUGCUGCCUAUUACCUGUCCGUUUAUACUAAUUUUCUUUGCAAUCCAGGCAUGGCUGAGUUCUAAUACUCUCCCCAUUUUCUUUUGCUUAAUUAAAAGUGGAAUUCUGAAUGUCAACUGUAUUGGAAACGCUAGGCAAGUUGGGGUUUGCUUACAGUUGUAAAAUCUAGUUUUCCAAAGUUGAUGGAAAUUCAAGGGAAGAUGUUUGUGAGUCUCUCCGGGCUGUGGUUUAUGAUUGCAUUAUCAUUCUCAUGCCCCUGGCAUGCUUUAAGGGACAGUUGCUUGAAUCCCAUAAGAACAUGAACAUUUUAAAUGGCCAAAAGACAUGUCAAGAAAUAUAUAUUCUCUGUUUUUUAAUGAAAUAAUUUGUCCAGGUUUGGGGCAUAGUUAGAAAAGAGGG